CCUCAUUCCAUCCCUGUGAGGCUGCGCGGCCGGCUGCUCCCUGCGCCUGCGCGGGUUGAGGCUCAGUCACACCGUGUGUCCCGGGCUUCGCCGGCAGAGUCUCCUCAGGACAUUGAACGAACCGAGCUGGGAGCCCGAGGCCCGGAGCCACCAAGAUGGCGCAGAUUUUGCCUAUCCGCUUCCAGGAGCACCUCCAGGUAACGGAGACAUGUCCUCCCUGCCCGGGGUCCCCGGCAUUGGAUGGGGGGGGAGAAGAAUGCUGGGAGCCCGUGUGGGGGUAGCUAAUAGCACCAUCAUUACUGGCUGUGUGUACUGCCAAGGGUAUCACAUCAUAUUAUAGAGAGUGGGGGUCAUAGAGCCAGCCUGUCCCUCCCUGUGCCCUGUGUGAGCAAUUAGGGGUCAAUCAUGUAGCAUAGGGCGGGGUAGCAUAGGGCGGGGCUAAGCUGUGUAUUAGGGAUAGCAGUGUGAUGGCAGUAUACUGGCUUCGUACCCUGUGCUGGUGUAUUAGGAUGCGGCGGAUGGCAGUAUACCGGCUGUGCCCCCGUAUGGUGUAUUAGGGGAUAGCAGUGUGAUGGCAGUAUACCGGCUGCAAUUCCCCUGUGGCGCUGGUGUAUUAGGGAUAGCAGUGUGAUGGCAGUAUACUGGCUGUACUCCCCUGUAUGGUGUAUUAGGGGAUAGUAGUGUGAUGGCAGUAUACUUGCUGUACUCCCCUGUAUGGUGUAUUAGGGAUAAGUGGUGCGUGAUGGUGUAUACUGCUGUGCCCCCUGUAUGGUGUAUUGUGGAAUAGUAGUGUGAUGGCAGUAUACUGGCUGUACUCGUAUGGUGUAUUAGGGAUAGCAGUGUGAUGGCAGUAUACUGGCUGUCCUCCCCCUGUAUGGUGUAUUAGGGAUAGCAGUGUGAUGGCAGUAUACUGGCUGUACUCCCCCUGUAUGGUGUAAUAGGGAUAGCAGUGUGAUGGCAGUAUACUGGCUGUACUCCCCCCUGUAUGGUGUAUUAGGGAUAGCAGUGUGAUGGCAGUAUACUGGCUGUACUCCCCCCUGUAUGGUGUAUUAGGAAUAGCAGUGUGAUGGCAGUAUACUGGCUGCGCUCCCCCUGUAUGGUGUAUUAGGGAUAGCAGUGUGAUGGCAGUAUACUGGCUGUACUCUCCCUGUAUGGUGUAUUAGGGAUAGCAGUGUGAUGGCAGUAUACUGAUAGCAGUGUGAGGGCAGUAUACUGGCUGUGCCCCCCCCCUGUAUAGUGUAUUAGGGAUAGCAAUGUGAGGGCAGUAUACUGGCUGUACUCCCCCCUGUAUGGUGUAUUAGGGAUAGCAGUGUGAUGGCAGUAUACUGGCUGUACUCCCCCCUGUAUGGUGUAUUAGGGAUAGCAAUGUGAGGGCAGUAUACUGGCUGUACUCCCCCCUGUAUGGUGUAUUAGGGAUAGCAGUGUGAUGGCAGUAUACUGGCUGUACUCCCCCUGUAUGGUGUAAUAGGGAUAGCAGUGUGAUGGCAGUAUACUGGCUGUACUCCCCCCUGUAUGGUGUAUUAGGGAUAGCAGUGUGAUGGCAGUAUACUGGCUGUACUCCCCCCUGUAUGGUGUAUUAGGAAUAGCAGUGUGAUGGCAGUAUACUGGCUGCGCUCCCCCUGUAUGGUGUAUUAGGGAUAGCAGUGUGAUGGCAGUAUACUGGCUGUACUCUCCCUGUAUGGUGUAUUAGGGAUAGCAGUGUGAUGGCAGUAUACUGGCUGUAUUCCCCCCUGUAUGGUGUAUUAGGGAUAGCAGUGUGAUGGCAGUAUACUGGCUGUACUCCCCCUGUAUUGUGUAUUAGGGAUAGCAGUGUGAUGGCAGUAUACUGGCUGCCCCCCCCUGUAUGGUGUAUUAGGGAUAGCAGUGUGAUGGCAGUAUACCGGCUGCACUCACCCUGUAUGGUGUAUUAGGGAUAGCAGUGUGAUGGCAGUAUACUGUCCGUACUCUCUCUAUAUUAGGGAUGGCAGUAUACUGUAUGUACUCCCUCUAUGGUGUAUAAGGAAUAGCAGUGUGAUGGUAGUAUCUGUUUGUACUCCCUCUAUAUGGUGUUUUAGGGAUAGCAGUGUGAUGGCAGUAUACUGGCUGUACUCCCCCUGUAUGGUGUAUUGGGGAUAGCAGUGUGAUGGCAGUAUACUGGCUGUACUCCCUCUUAUUAGGGAGAGCAGUGUGAUGGCAGUAUACUCUGUUUCAAUGAUGGCUAACCUGCCCCCUCCCACUCCAGAUGUUAAUGCACUACAUUUUCUGUGAUGCUUAGCCAACCUCCACAGUGUUUAUAAUAGUCCAGUGAUGCAGGCUGUCCCUAUGACAAGGAAUCCAGUAUGGUUAUAUAAGACCUUGCUAAGGAUGCAGCUUCCUUGUCACAGGUCCUUCACAAUAAAUAUUGCUCGCUGUGUGUGCAAUAUUGUGUUAGCAUGCUUCAUUAAUCCAGCCAUUUAUUAGUAAGUGUGAAUACACUGAUUGUGGAAUACCCUGAUUGUGUGCUGUGUGAGGUCCCUUUUAAUACUGCAAUGCUGGUUUGGUGCUGUCAUAUGAUGCACUCAGUGCCUGCAACCUUUGCUUUAUUAUAUAUAUUUAUUUAUGUGAUGUUGUGUGCCAGUCCCUACACUUGGCCCGAGCAGGUUGUGGGGGAGCUGCUGGUAUUGCAGAUGUGCGUUUUUCCCUCUCACCCCCUCCUUUUCAGGGUUAUUGAUUUCAGGCAGUGAGAAGGAUGGAGGGGGCGCUGUGAGUAGGGAUGGCCCAGCUCUGCCAUCUCUGAGUACCAGUGGGGGUAGCAGAGAGUUUUGGACUGUGUCAUCCUUUGCACAUCACGAUACAGUUGUCAAAUGCCAGGAUCUUUCCUUUCACAGUGCUAAAGCUGAGCAUCUAUGGAUUGUGCUGGAGGGAGAUCUCUCUCUCUCUCUCUCUCUCUCUAUCUCUCCUGAUAUCAUUUUACAUUGUAUCUGACAGAUAAUAAGUUGGACUGUAGUGAUUUUAACACUGUAUGUAAAGUAAUCUGACUUAACCAAUUAAAAACCCUCUUAAUCCUAAUGUUGGCACAUAUUAAUUAUACAUGUAUUAAUAAUGAGAUUAAAACUAGGCAUUAAAGGAAUGUGUUAAACAAAUGAAUUUAGAACAGGAAGUGCUGACUGUGCUGUCUCCCCCCACCUUCAUUGUAAGAUGGGCUGGGAGUGUCAGCUGGCCUAGCCUUCCUCCUCUCACUAUUUGGAAGAUGUGAAUUAGCUGGCAACCGCAUAUAGCCCUUUAAACAUGUUUGGAGAUAAGUUGCGCCCACGUUUACACUACUCAUCGAUCCUUACAGUGCCCUGACAGUGCAGAUUUGAAUGCUAGUAUAUACUAGACUGGUCCUUACUGCAUAACAAAUUUCAGAAAUUUUUGGGUAGUUGAGCCAAUGGGAGGGAUGUCUCCAAGGUCACAGCACUGCCAGCUUCCUUAUAACUGUAAAGUAGGUUGUGUAAAUGGUCGUGUUUGUGUGCAUGCAGGUGGUGUAUUUGAAUAGAAGCUUCUAUUUGUAUUUUUCUAAUAUUCACGUGCUUGGAUAGAUGCAGUUGAUGUAGUUUAUAGCACUGCAAAAUGAACCUUUGUUUUCCAUUUCCAUUUUUUAAAAUACAUUUUUAAAUCACUUUACUUCCUGUAGAGAGAGAUCCUUUUUAUAAAGCUGCUUUUCUUCAACUGACCAUUGGAUUGGUAUCUGUAUAUAUAUGUGUAGCAUACCACAAUCUAAAACAGAACAGUUUAUAAAUGUUUAGAAUAGACGUAAAAAUACAGUACACAGCAUCAUAUUUUAUUUUUUUUUAAAUCAAAAGCCUGAGUUUUACCACAGUUUCACUACAUUUAUUUAUUUUUUCUCAUUUAUGGAUUUUCGGGUAACUGACAAAAACUGCAUUUCUAGUAUAUUUUGUUUGGCUGGAAGCCCCAACCAUCAAAUAAAAAAAAAAAAACAUUCUCCAUACAACCUCUCAAAAUGAAUGUCCUUUUGAAGUAUUAAAUCCCUUGACAUCAUAUAUCAUUUGCAGACAUGUUUGAAUUGUUCAGUGUACUGUUUCUUAUAAAUACCAUUUACUUUGAACUGCUAGUGACUUUUAUAUGUGAGGCACUUUUUAUCGCAUCCAGUUAAGUUCUUCUGUUGGCUUAACAUAUUCUUUGCACAGUUGUGCGAAACCUCUAAAAAUCUUAUUUUUAGGCAAAUAUUUCAUUUUCAGCUAAUGCACACCCUUCUAACUUGGCUGCACCUGACUCAGCCUCUGUAAUUUCAACUUCAAAAGAUUCUUUACUUUGUCCAUUUGUUCAUUUCUAUAUAGAUCACCUAUGCGUCAUCCCAUUACAAACAUGUGAAUUGCAAGUUUUGUAAUAGUGUACAUCUACAUUUUAUCUCUUGUUUCUAGAAAUUCUCGAACACUCAAUCAUUGCUUUACUUUUGGCCUGACUUUUUCCAAGACUUCCCAGCUAUUAUUCCUCAAAUCUCUUCCUUACAUAUAAAAUUUUCAAUUUUUUAGUGUUCAACACCCACCUGUUCCCUUGAACACUUACUUCUGAGAAUAGAGUUUAUCUACCCAUCUUCAUACCUACAUCAUAAUGGUUUGUGGGAGUACUUGACAACUUGACCGUGUAUUGGUGCACAGCAUUUUGAUGACUCUGCAAUGAAUCACUAUACUGCAAAGAAUUGUGAUGGAUGUGUAAUGUAACACACCAUCAGACUCUUGGACAUUUUGGCAAUUUAUGUAUAGCGGUGUCUCCAAAAUCAGUCCUUGUGUCCCCCCUACCAGUUUGGGAACCACUGUUGUAUAGUGUUCACCAGAACAUUCAUCAACUCGGGAUGCAAUUACUUAAAGUGGAAUUGACAUGUCUUUUUUACAUCACUGAAUAUAACAUUGGAAAUUACUUAUAACUUGUGUUAACCUCUUUUCAUCGGGUUCUUCAAUUUCCUUUUAAAUUUAUAUCAAAUGAAUACUUCAAGCAGCUCCAAGAUUGUGAGAAUUAAGCAGCGAGACUUCAGAGGCAUGAUCUAUACACUAAAACUGCUUUAUUAAGCUAAAGUUGUUUUGGUUACUGUAGUGUCCUUUUAAAUUAAAUGUUGCAUGCACAAAUAUGGAUUACCAAUUGAAAAAGCCCACUGUGGGUGAAACACGUUGUGGAUAAUAUAUUUUACAUUUUAAUUGUCAAAGUAAAGGUUUUUGGUAUCUUUUAUUACUAAUAUUUGUACCGUAUACCUUGGCUUUUUCUUUUUUUUUUUUUACCUGGCAUCAAGUUUUUAUUUUCCCAGUGAGGACCUCACAAAGCAUCCUUGGUGGGUAUUAUACCACCCACGCUGAUUAUAAUGAGCGGGAUAUCUGCUCAGGUAAAUGUGAGUAUUACUCUUUUUUUUAUUUCUCCUACUGGCUAUAUUUUACAGAGAACACUAUCUGAUGUACCUUUGUUUUUACUUUCACAUAUUCCGCUGACAAGAAACAUUUUGGUCUAUACCUCCCAUCAUAUCCCUGAAGUGGGGGAAUAAUACCACUACAAGCAUUUCACACUAGAGCUUGUUUUAAACUCUAUUCCAUGUGAGUAGGCCAUUUGGAUUUGAUUUUACUCUAACCUUUACACUUUUGGAACAUAUUGCACUAUUGGAUCUCUUUUCUUCUUUUAUGUACCUGGACCUCAAUUAUUUGGAAGAACAUACUUACCUGGAGAUAAAGGCAAACUCUUAUAGACUUACCUAUAUACCUUAUUGUGGACUGUGUUGGCCUGUUUGCUUUUAUGUAGUACUGAUUUUAUACUAUCCUACUGACCACGUAUUAUUGUUUUUACUUCAGUUGUUUUUAGUAUCACGUCAUCCCCUGGCGCACCCUACCGUUUUGUAUUGUUGUUAGUUCUUUUUUAGGAGAGAUUUACCCAUUUAGGUGUGCUGCCUGCCUGUCCUUUGACUUAGCGCUAUUCCACUCUUUGUUUUUGUUAACAAAUAUGGCACUGACUGCACUAAAUGCUUGUGUAUGGCAUUAAAUACAUGAGAUGCAUUAUGAGAAGGCAAAGUGACCCUGAAGAUGAAAGUGCAGUGGAGGUGUUCUCUGUUGCAUUAUUAUUAUUUAUAAAGCGCCUACAAAUUCCGCAGCGCUGUACAAUGGAUGGACUAACAGACAUGUAUUUGUAACCAGUUUUACGCACAUGAACAGAAGGGUUUGAGGGCCCUGCUCAAUGAGCUUAUAUGCUAGAAGGUGUGGGGUAUAGUAACACAAAAGGUAAGGGUAGGGUAGAAAAGUAGGUUGCUAGAAUAGUAUUCACUGACGGCUUAGUGGUUUUUUGUUUUGUUUUUUGAAGAAAAAAAGUAUUGAAGGUGGGCAUAAUUAUAGACUGUAACAGGGCACAUUGGGAACAUGCAAGACCACUGAAAAGCGGGUUGCAGUAUCAAGGCAAGAGACUAUAGGGGCAUUGGCCAGCACCCUAGCUUAUCUGCCUUUGGCAUUAAAUAGGGAUGCACGCUAUGUUUUUGAGAUGGAAGCAGCAGGAUUUGGCGAUCGACUGGACAUUUGGGGUGGAGGAGAGGUUGGAGUCAAAAAGAACACCUGGAGUAAUGAUUAGGGUGUUAAAAAUUCAUCAUUUGGGGGGGCGGAGCCUGACAACCAAGAUGGCCGGCCGUGUUUUCUAAGAGCUCCAGCACCGGUGGGCCAAUAAACACUAAUCCUGGCUAAACUACUGACGCUACCGACUCACAGUGACCAGAGAGGGACAAAGGAACAACCGAGUUCCCCCGGGACCACUGCUGUGAGAGCUCCUGGUCGACUCAGGGAGAGUACAGAGAAACCUGCAGAAUGCCACUCAGAGCAAGCUGACUAUACAGCAAGGCUGGAAGCAAUAUUUACAGAUUUUUGGCAGAAGUUUGAAAGGUGCAGGCAACAGCACGCCGAUGCCACACACGGAUUUCGUCCAUCAAAGCGACCACGAGGAGAACACAAAAUGGCUACCGCAUACUCACCUCAGCACUCACAACUCUGGCGCAGACUAGCAAGUAAGCAGCACCAGCCUGUCCGGAACCACCCAGGUUUUCACUCGUGGCACAAGCCGACCCCAGCUACAAAGCAAACGACCGCAGUGACGACACCCAGCCGAGCUCUAUCAGGGCGGCGAGGCGCACAUAGCCACCCGGUAGAUUCCCAGAGGGGUUAAGCCUGCCUUGGGGUUACCCCCCAACAUCAGCAAUGGUACCAGGGGGAGCAGGUUCAUCGUGGGGACGCAACAUCCAUAAUGUCCUGCACAAGCCCAAGAGCAGUGCAAGGGUGUCAAAUAUUGACAAGGGUGGCCCAAGCGGACUCUCCUCCACCCUACAGGGACACCGACACUCACAACACAAGAGGUACCUCAGCCGAAACAGAGGCAUACAGACACCAUCCGCCCACCGCACCGCCGGCUCCACCAAGACAGCCCUGAGUGACAGAGAUACACAGCCACCCGAUACUCUUACAGCCAAAGAUGGAUCCUUGCUACAGCCUGGACCAGAGAUGCCACAGCCGAAAAGUACCCGCAUGUACAAGGUCCAACACCGGCAGCAGAUUCAUACGAUAGCGAAGGAGAUCACAGCUGCACCUCCCACAUACCAGAGGCUCCUGCCGAAAGCCGGAGUCGGGUGAACCCCCGAGACUUUGGGUCCCAGAGACUGUAAGCACCAACCACUGUGGACUCACGAUGCGACUUACUAACGAUACUACCCUCCUCUUUGCUUCUUAGCCUAGGGUGUAUUUCCCUCUAAUCUUGCAGAGUUAUUCCUGUACCUAAUCAGUGUAGCAGGUCUUAAAUAUUUAAAUAUUUCCUAUAUAUCUCUCAUUACAGACAGCUACAGAUGUCCACUUACUGUAUAGGUGCCAUAUACCAACCAGCUACUGCCAUACUGCAAAACUUGCAAUUGCGCUACAAUAACCUAGUAUUGUCAAGCAUCAAUCAUUUUAGUUUUGUACUUCACCUGUAUACCCUCAUACAAGUACAAAAAAAAGUUUUCUUAGCGUUAGAAAUAUAAGUUUCAACUGACAUGCCAUUAUACUGUUGCCCCUGCAGUUUUUUUUUUUUUUUUUUUAAUUCUUUAUUUUUGGUUGUGUCAGGGUUACAGAGCAUCGUAUAAUAUCAUAACAGCAUGUAUGAACACAAUUUUAAUACUUUGGAUCACAAACAUAACAUAGAAAAACAUAGAAAAAGCCACCCCCUCUGGAGUUGCAAGCAAUAGCGGUAGGCGAAAUGAGGUGUCAGGGGGAUGACCACAGUCCAGCCUCAAAUUUAGUCGUCACCCGCGGACCCCCUGCCCUACCACAGUGACAAGGCUGCCCAUUACAAGCCGAGUGUUAACUACUUCUUAUUGUCUGUACAAAUCUCCUGGGGUCGUCCUCUUAUGGGAGGUCAGCGUAGUCUCCGGUGAAAGGCGUCCCCUGCCGGGCAUUGAGGGUCGGUUUACUUGUCAUUGAGGUCUCCCCAACACCUCAGGUGGGGUUUUACAGUGAUUAAAUAAACGUCUGCUUGGGUGGUCUGUCCAUUUAUCAGAUGGUUACCGGUGUAUUUGGCACUAUUUGCUCAAUCCCUGAUGACUGUAGCCUGGGCUGCUAGCUUCUACCAUGAAUUGGUCAUCUAAGGGGUUGUGUUAGUAUCUCCUUGUCUGGUGUUUUACUCUCUGAAGAUUGCGACCCGCCCACCCCGGGAAGUGCCGCAAAAGGCAGGCAGCCACCCAGAGUCAGGGGUAUUGUGUAAACCCGACUUGGUGGGGGUUCCAGAGUGCCAGCAGCUGUAUUGUCUCAGAGAAGCUUCCCUGCGUCGCGUGCUGUGGCACACGCUAGGAGUAUCUGUAGUCAGGUACGUGGGGAUACCCUGUUCCUACUGGGCAUGGGGGGCCCCCUGGCUUGCCCACCAGCUCUCUUUAUGGUUGGGAUCUUGAUAACACCUGCCUUUCUACCAUUCCCCUCUCGCUUACUAUUAUGUUGACCUUAAGGUACUUGAACCAAGCACCGCAGCUCAACCUCGGGGGGGGGAGGGCAAAGCGAGCAGGGUGGGAAAGGGCGGCAGCUGGGGACUAGGAGGGGGGGGGGUAGAGAAAGAAGAGAUCACUUACCACAGCCGGGGGUGGGGGGGGACGUCCUUGCCACCGCAGCACUCGCUCAGCGAUUGGAAUAGUCUUCCCAUUUCUCCCAGGUCUUAAGGAAGAGUGGAUAGGUGUCCCUCACCUGUGCCGUCAGCUUGUCCAUGAGGCACGCCUCCUUAAUGUAGUGUAUCACUCUGUCCAUGUGGGGCAUGUCAAUCUGAAGCCAGGCCUGCGCGAGCGCCCUUCUGGCUGCCAAAUUGAUUUUAUCUACUAAUUUUUGUUCCCUAUGGGUAAAAUUGUCAAGUGGUUUUGCUAUGAGAAAAGUCCAGGGGUCAGGUUUGAUCAGUUUCCCCAUCACCUCUGUCAGUAGCGCUGCUACCCUGUCCCAGUAUGUCACUACCUUAGGACACGUCCACCACAUGUGUAGAUAUGUGCCUUUUUCUCCGCAGCCACGCCAGCAUGUGUCAGAGGGCGACUUCCCCAUUCUGCAGAGUUUGACUGGGGUAGUGUACCAACGCAUGAGCGUCUUGUAGCACUGUUCCUGAUGCAGAACACAUAUGGAAGCUUUUGUCGCCGCCUCCCAUAUGUCCUGCCAUUCCCCGCUUUCUAGCGUCUGAUUAAGUUCUUUCUCCCAUUGUGUGACAUAUGCGGGAGUUUGAUCGGCCCCUGCCGGGGCAGUCAAGUGCGUGUAAAGGCGUGUAAUGAGGCCGCUACGCGGACCUUCAGCAAUACAUAGUGUCUCAAAGAAAGCCCCUGCUGCCGCUCGGAUAACUGAGCUUUUGGCGAAGUCUCUAAGCUGCAGGUACCUGAAGUGGUCCCUUGUGGUGAGUGUGGCUAACGUCCUAAAGUUGUCAUAGGUGCGGAAGGCGCCCUCGUGAUAUAGGUGACCAUAGCGUUGGAUCCCUGUGUCUUCUAAACCCCUAAAGUCUCUAGGGGCCCCUGCAGUUUUGAAGUGACAGAAUACCCUUGAUACCUACACUUUCUUCCCAUCUGCCGCCUAUACAAACUACAGGACUAAACAGGAUGCUAAUUACUGUUGUCUUUAUUUCGAUAUUUUUUUUUUUUUUUUUACUUUUUAUGAAUCUUGCUGUUGUGGCCAGUAUAGCGAGGGGAACAGAAUUAUUCAUAGUCCUUUGCAUUGUUCUUGCAGAAACACUAGCCUACACACUAAAUCUAUGUGGCAUUAACACAUCUUGCUUAAGACUACCUAUAUAUGACUAGAUUUGAUGCCUAUGAGAAUAUAUUGCUAUGUCAGACCUACUGUCUGUGUUUGGCGGUAUUGGCUACGGGGGAACACACUGGGCUUUACUCAUGUCAGCUCAUGCUGAUAAUGGGCUAGCCCAGUUAAGAGACCAUCACCCUUUCUCACUAUUGCUAACAUGUCAGUAUCUAAUAGCAUUUAUGUCAUAGCAACGCUCAUACACCUACUCAGCCCUAGAGGCAAUACUACUCUUGUAGGCUCGAACCAUGAUUAAUGCUUAAUUUCUAUACACAUAUUCCUGAUAGUAUUCAAAUCGUCUACUCUACUCCUCGUGGCUACCGACUUGGUUGCAGCUAAUGUUGAAGCAAAUGUUAUAGAUCUCUUUAAAAAAAUCUCUUAAAAAUUGUGCUGUUAAUUCUUGCCAUGUUACUGAUUAUCUUGUGUUGUUCCAUCAGCUUGUAUCAGCUGUCGUGGCGAUAUAAACUUGUCUGUAAUUCUUAACACAACAAAAAUAAAGAAUUAAAAAAAAAAAAAAACACACCUGGUCCGCAAGCCUGUGAGGUAGGGUAGUGGUAGUGCCGUUGGUUGGAUUGAGACAGACAUGGUAGUAGCAACACUUGAGGGAAGAAAGACCAGAAGUUAUGUUUUGGGCAAGUUAAGUUUAAGGAAGUGAGCAGCUAGAAAUGGCAGAGGGGCAGUCAGAGAUAAGAGUCAGGAGAGGACAGAUAGAUUUGCGUGUCAUCAGCAUAGAAAUUAUAUUGGAAGCUAAAGGAGCUGUUUACCAAGUGAAGCAGAAUAGAUCGAGAACAGUAGGGGACCAAAGACAGAACCUUGGGGAGAAGAGGCAGAGCCAGAGAAAGAAACAUUGAAAGAGUGCUUGGAGAGGUAUGAGGAGCACCAGGAGAGCAGUAACUCGCAUACUGAGAUUAUGGAAGAGGAGAAGAAUAAGCUGUUGAUGAUCAGCAGUGUCAAAAGCAGCAGAAAGGUCAAGGAGAAUAAGGAUAGAAUAGUGACCACAAUAUUUUGUAGCAAUUAAAUCAUUGGAUACUUUGGGCAGAGCUGUUUCGACAGAAUGAUGAACACAGAAUCCAGACUGAAGAGGGUCAAGCAGAGAAUUUGAUUUGAGGAAGUCUGUGAAUCUUGCAUAUACAACUUUCUCAAGGAUCUUGAAGGCAAACGGCAGUAGUGAGAUAGGGCGAUAGUUGCAUGAGGAGUUAGGAUCAAAGUUGUUUUUUUUCAGAGUUUGGGUUACAACUUUGAAGGAUGAAGGAAAUAUGUCAGAGGAGAGGGAGAGAUUGAAUAUUUUAGUGAGAGGCAGAGCAAGGGAAGGAGACAGUGCUGGUGAGAUACAAAAGAAUAGGAUCGAGGAAACAGGUGGGGGGGCCGGAGGAUGGAGCAGAGAAGAAACCUCUUCUGUUGUAGCCGGUGCGAAUGAGCAUAGAACAGCGGAGGGAGAGGGGUUGUUGAGAAGUAUUGGUAGGGGAAAGAGAGAGAUGAGAGAUCUUCGUUGCUGAUUCACCCCCAGUAAACACUUUAAUAUGGUUUACUGAGGUUGAAGAACACUUAAAUAGAAUUUACAAUUUAAAUAAUACUUGACUUAUUUGUGUACUGGACAUAGAUGUGUCAGUCUUUCCAUUCCUGUAUAGUCUCUUACAUAAAACAUAUAUAUUAAAAACAAAAAUGGGAAAUACAGCUAGAAUCUCCAAAAAUAAAUAAAAAUAAAUCCCAAUACUGUAACACCGUUUAGUAGAUGCAUGAAUAUAAACUCACAAGAUAUAAGUAAAAGCAGACCUAUCGGGAGGGCCUCCCCUGGUGAUAUUGAGGGGCUGAAUACUCUCUCAGCAUUUCAGGAUUCUUCUUGUUUCAGCAGAAAGGAUUCAAUACAAAACAAACUCUUAAAAAAAAAAUAAAAAAAAAUUAAAUUUAUAUAUAUAUAUAUAUAUAUAUAUAUAUAUAUAUAAUAAUUUUCACUUUAUGUGGAAUAGGAUUUUUUAUAAAAAAAUUUUUUUAUAGUAACAGUUCUUCAUUCUAUCAUCCAAAUAAAAGGUGUUGAUGCAUUUAUGGAAGUGAGGAGUACUGCAGACAUAAGUAUAAAGCACACUGACCUCUGCAGCACAUCCUCACAUCAUGCGCUAGGAAUGCUCAGACUCGGCAUAUGUGCCUUCAAAGUGCCUUAUGAGAGCAUGUGCGUUCAGGCAUUCCUUCCAUAGUGCCAUAUGGAUGCAUCCACACAUGGAGCUCGCAUGCACAGCACCAUGGUAGUGUAAGAAAUUUCCAUUGCCCUCACAGCUUGGUGUACAAUUUAAGUUAAAGAAAUAGCUAACUUUUAGUUGGCUAAUGAGUUGUACGAAUACUUUUUAUGUGAUAAACAUAAACAUAUAUAUAUAUAUAUAAGCUGAAUAAAAACUUUAUUUUGUUUCGUCUUGACCUGCCUUUUUUACUGUUGCAUCAGUACUCUACCAUAGACUGGGUUUAACACGUGGUUCAAUAGCUACAGUUAUAAACCUAUUCCUAGUUUGAGAUCUGCACAAGGUCUAGUGUGUGCUGUUUAUUCUCUGGAGUUUGUUUCUGUAAUUAAUUUUGAGGAAUGAUGGAGUGCCACUAGAAAGGGACAACACUGAUACCCUUUUUAUGAAUAAGGAGUUACUGAUACUUCAUCUUCUAGUCAUGUUCUUCUUAUAUACAUUUGCAAGAAAAAGUAUGUGAACCCUUUGGAAUGAUAUGGAUUUCAGCACAAAUUGGUCAUAAAAUGUGAUCUGAUCAUCAUCUAAGUCACAACAAUAGACAAUCACAGUCUGCUUAAACUAAUAACACACAAAGAAUGAAAUGUUGCCAUGUUUUUAUUGAACACACCAUGUAAACAUUCACAGUGCAGGUGGAAAAAAGUAUGUGAACCCCUAGACUAAUGACAUCUCCAAGAGCUAAUUGGAGUGAGAUGUCAGCUAACUGGAGUCCAAUCAAUGAGAUGAGAUUGGAGGUGUUGGUUACAGCUGCCCUGCCCUAUAAAAACACACACCAGUUCUGGGUUUGCUUUUCACAAGAAGCAUUGCCUGAUGUGAAUGAUGCCUCGCACAAAAGAGCUCUCAGAAGACCUACGAUUAAGAAUUGUUGACUUGCAUAAAGCUGGAAAGGGUUAUAAAAGUAUCUCCAAAAGCCUUGCUGUUCAUCAGUCCACGGUAAGACAAAUUGUCUAUAAAUAGAGAAAGUUCAGCACUGCUGCUACUCUCCCUAGGAGUGGCCGUCCUGUAAAGAUGACUGCAAGAGCACAGCGCAGACUGUUCAAUGAGGUGAAGAAGAAUCCUAGAGUGUCAGCUAAAGACUUACAAAAGUCACUGGCAAAUGCUCACAUCCCUGUUAGCGAAUCUACAAUACGUAAAACACUAAACAAGAAUGGAUUUCAUGGGAGGAUAUCACACAGGAAGCCACUGCUGUCCAAACAAAACAUUGCUGCACGUUUACAGUUUGCACAAGAGCACCUGGAUGUUCCACAGCAGUACUGGCAAAAUAUUCUGUGAACAGAUGAAACCAAAGUUGAGUUGUUUGGAAGAAACACACAACACUAUGUGUGGCGAAAAAAAGGCACAGCACACCAACAUCAAAACCUCAUCCCAACUGUGAAGUAUGGUGGUGGGGGCAUCAUGGUUUGGGGCUGCUUUGCUGCGUCAGGGCCUGGACGGAUUGCUAUCAUCGAAGGAAAAAUGAAUUCCCAAGUUUACCAAGACAUUUUGCAGGAGAACUUAAGGCCAUCUGUCUACCAGCUGAAGCUUAACAGAAGAUGGGUGUUGCAACAGGACAAUGACCCAAAGCAUAGAAGUAAAUCAACAACAGAAUGGCUUAAACAGAAGAAAAUAAGCCUUCUGAAGUGGCCCAGUCAGAGCCCUGACCUCAACCCGAUUGAGAUGCUGUGGCAUGACCUCAAGAAAGCGAUUCACACCAGACAUCCCAUGAAUAUAGCUGAACUGAAACAGUUCUGUAAAGAGGAAUGGUCAAGAAUUACUCCUGACCCUCGUGCACGUCUGAUCUGCAACUACAGGAAACGUUUGGUUGAAGUUAUUGCUGCCAAUGGAGGUUCAACCAGUUAUUAAAUCCAAGGGUUCACAUACUUUUUCCACAUGCACUGUGAAUGUUUACAUGGUGUGUUCAAUAAAAACAUGGCAACAUUUCAUUCUUUGUGUGUUAUUAGUUUAAGCAGACUGUGAUUGUUUAUUGUUGAGACUUAGAUGAUGAUCAGAUCACAUUUUAUGACCAAUUUGUGCAGAAAUCCGUAUCAUUCCAAAGGGUUCACAUACUUUUUCUUGCAACUGUAUGUACUGUUCAUCUGUUUACCAACAACCUUCUUAGCAAAAAUCAGCAUUUAGAUUUAAUUUCCUCUUCAGUUUUAGUUGUAAACCAUUUUUAAAAAUUGUUAUGAAAAGUUAUUUCUAAAAUGAACCUUUUCCUGUAUAUGCAUAAUCAGGUUGGUUGUAUUUAUCAGUUCACCAGUCCUUAACCAUGCUUCGACUGUAGUCUUUCCAGAACAAAAAGGGAAGUGAUUUAUAUCCUCUGUGAAAUCCAGCCUGCUUUUGCAGAACAGCUAGCUGCAUGAUACAGCAAAAUCUGCAAGGCGGUCAUCCUCUGUUUUAAUACCUUGAGCUAAUCUCUUUAUGUUAAGAAGGGAACCCUUCAAGGCAAUUUUGUAUCUGAAUUUUAAAAAUGUAUAGGAGUUGAUUUAAAAUGCAAAAUAUCUAGAAUACCGUGAUGCUCUUUUGAUGCAGGCCUCGUGAACAGGCAUGUCUCUAUGGCUUACAUGGCAGAAAAAGCUCUGUUAAUUUGAGAGAAACAAUUUCCUAGCCAUUUUGCAGUGCUGUCCGUUUGCAGACCUCCCUCUGGGAGUAAAAUGUUUUGGCAGUGAUCACACCAAAGAACCUUAUGUCAGGCAUAUGUAAGCGACAUUCCUUAGGUUUGAAAAUAAAUCAUUUCCCGCUAUAAAAGAUCAUUUUUUUCUAAGUGCUUGAUAAUUACUCAAAACAUCUUUAUUCAUGCAUUUACAUUAUCAUUACAAUGCAAAUAGUAUCAGUCUCCAAUAUUUGGAAGAAAAGCUGCAUCUUUAAACUUUUUUCUGUUUAGUUUCAGUGUACAGAUUUUUUGCGAGUUGAGAAACCAAAUGAUCUAUUCUGAAGAAUUAUUUCUGUUUUUGCAAUAUGUUAUUGGGGGCUUGAGCUGCUUGUUUAUCGCCUAAUUAGGAGAUGUUUUUGCUGUCAAACCGUUCCUUUCACCCUGUCAUGGAAUAGAUUACUGUUAUUGGAGAUCUGAUGUAGCAUAUGCAUGAGAAGAAUGGACAUAAAGCUGUACUAGGAGUCUCAUGCAGUGGUGUGAGAUCCUUAUGAGUGUCAUGCAGCGGUGUGAAUCCUUAUGAUUUGGUAUAACCGUGAUGGAAUCUAUUCUAGAUUUAAAUAUAUUGGGACUAGUGUGAAUGGCAACUCCCACUUUUAGUCCUAUACAGUGCCAUCUUAACAACAUUAUGGGUCCCCGGGAAAAGUAGUGCACUGGAGCCCUGCCUACACAAAACUCACAGGAAUAAAAAUUUAAAUUAUAGAUAAAAUUAAGCUUAUAUUUAUUAGUACCUCCAACAAAUGCAUAUACAAUACUGUAAGGAAACCUAGUAUAUUCAAUCCUCCUUCGGUAGUUUCCUCCCGAGCCGCCAGAGCAUCAGUGAGUAUAGCUCUCCGUUCGGUAGAUAGAAUAGACUACAUACGAAUACAAAUCACUUUACAAGAUAAUUCCCUUAAUAAAGCAUAUGAAUCCCCAAACAUCAGCCGAAGUCAAGAAGAAGGGUACAACAGAACUGGCUUUUAAUGACCACACACAGGCUUUUAUGCAAGUCUCCAUGCAAGGGGACAUCCCACAGGGAGGGACACAGUAUAACACACCCAGCACAAACAUACAAUUCCCUCCCCUAGUUCUGGAGAUAAUCAAGUCUGAUAAAGUAAUAACUUGAUUAUCUCCAGGCAGAAAAAUCACAAUUUUCCCCAAUAUCCAGAACACCCCUUUAGACAUGGGGUAUCCCCACAAAUAAUAUGUCCCCUGAUAGCCCCGAUCUGGGUGACCAACAUAUUCAAAUUUCACCCAGAUCGGUUUAGGGGUUCUCAAAAAGUGUGGAAGUCCUUUGUGACCGGGUGGUUUUGUCGGUCUAUUCAGUUAAGUGGCAAAAACCGAAUAAUUCCAAGAAUGGAUUCCCCUGGCUCUUAGCAGCGAUUGUUCUCCUCAUUCGAAUGCACAAAAGUACUGAAUAGCGCUCUUUUAGCUAUUCGGGAAAUAGAGAUCCAGCGUUCGCUUGUUGAGACCGGUGUUCGGGAAGUCGAGUGUCCGAUUUUAGUUCCAGACACUCGACGACCAAGUCCCGCUGCCUUUGCUCGCCUGAAAAAAGAUGGCCGCCGUUUUCUCAGCCACGUGGCGUUCGGUAGUACGAACGCUGGCUGCACAGAUAGAGGGUUCAAUUGAAGCAUUCUUUGAAAUUUAAUGUGCCGGGGGGGGGGGGUAGAUAGUUAUAUCUACCGAAUGAAUAUGGAAGAAAUAGUACACAUAAAAAGGGAUUUCUUCACAAAUACAUAAACACAAACUGCUGAAUACCCAUGCACACCGACCGACUGCUGAAUACCCACGCACACCAACCGACUGCUGAAUGCACACAGACUGCAUUGAGGGGUGCAGUGUACGUGUUUGUGUGUACAGGUGGUGUGUGUGUGUGUGUGUGUGUGUGUGUGAGAGAGGUGCUGUGUGAGGAGUGCCGUGUGUGUGUAUGUUGCAGAGUUUGAGGGGUUCAUGUAGCAAAUAUGUUUUUUUUUUUUUUGUUUUUAAAUAAUGCUAUACAUUAAUAAAGUCUUCAUACCCCCUCCCUUUUUCUUACCAUUGGUGACGGAGAGGGGACAGAGCCAGCCGUGGCGGUCCGGUGGUGGUGAGUUCUGUGUAGCUUGCAGGCUGUCUCCUGUCCUGCUUGCAGGAAGAGCGACCUGCCUUGCAGGUUCCUCCUCCCUUCCUUCGGUUCCUCCUGCCCUCUCUCCCUGAUCGAAGGGCCCUUGGGCUGGUGAGGGAGAUGUCUGUUCUCCUCGCAGGCCCGAGAGGGCCCACGGCCAGAAAAUCUCCAUGGGCCGGCAGAAGAGAUCAAAGUAUCUCCCCUGUCGGUCUGGGCAGGGCGGUAGGGUCCCCAGGCAACUGUUCAGCAUGCCCAAGGGGAAAGAUGGCCCUGGUCCUAAAUAGUAGAUCACAAAAUAAUAUUUUCUGGAUCUUCAACUUGUUAUGCUGCUUAGCCCCUUUAACCCCUUUUGUGAUUAAACUUUUCCCGGACACUGGAUUUGUGACAGAGGCCUUUUUGAAGAUCGUUGUAUUUGUUCAUUCCUCUGUGAUGUAACCCUUUCUCUUGCACCCAUACAUUCUAUAUAUUGUUUUUUCAGGGUACAAUUUUUUUUUUUAGCCCUGUAAUGUUGUUAUUGCAGAGCUAAACACACCUUUACUUGCUGAUUUUCUGAUAGCCACUAGAGACACUUCUGCGUUGUCAACAGUCGACAUCAGAGUCUAACUCUGUUUUGUAAUGUUCGCACCAUCAAAUGCUGAUCAUAAGGAAGCAAUGUGGUUUUGUAAGGGGCUGUGACAAAAGUAACCUCAUCACUGGUUUUUGGAGGGGCCUGUUUGCCAGCCUCCUAUCCUGUGAUUAUGGCCCUGUGACAAAUUGAACCUCGUCAAGGGUUCUUGGAGGGGCCUGCAAUAUAUCUUGCCCAAUGCACCUUAAAAGGCUCUAUACAUGUGAAGUAUGUACUUUUAUACUCCAGACAGAGAGACCGAUCGUUGGCCCUAAUUCUCUGGAACUGUUUUGGGCAUGGGACCAUGUGCAUGGUGGGUCAAAACUAUGACUUCCAGGAAAUUCCUAAACCGAUCUGGGUGAUUUUUGGAUAUGUGAUUCACCCAGAUUGGGGCUAUCAGGUGAUGUAACUUUUAUGGGCGGAGGCUAGGGACACAAUGUCUCCCCUGGUAUAAAAUUAGUGGCCUCACCCAAUGUCCAUGAGUGGGUGCAUGGGGUAGACUAAGCCCUCUUUAUUUUACAGGUUCCAUCUCCAACGGAUUGGGCUUUUUUUGGCACUUUUAUGUGUUUUAAUGCACUUUUUGGGGUUUCAUAAAAGUGUGUUUUUCUGUGCUUGGAGAUAAUUGGGUUAGAUUAGUACAGUUCCUGAUUCAGUUAUCUCCCAAGCACAGAUGAAGGAUUCUAUUGUUUGUGUAUGGGAGUGUCUCACUGUAUGACUCUAUUUUUAUUGGUUUAUUCACUUUGUGUCCCUGUGCCCAACAAGGUCCACCUGGGUGUCAUCCUUGUUGGGAAACUUGCAUAAAAGGCCAGUGUGCCUCCAUUAAAACCUGUUCCUGCUUACCCUCAACAUAGUCUCAUCUCAUGUGUGGGAGAAAUGGCUGUAUCUGUCCUGGGGAUUGCUAUAUCACUAUACUCACGUAAUCAAUAUUUUCCUAUUCUAUUUCCUACAGCUUAUUGAGAAAGAGGAAAUGCUGGUGUGUGCUAGCCCAGCAUCCCCAGUUGUUUCCUUUAGCUCUGUGUAGCAAACAAAAGCAGAAGAAACCUUCCUCACUUUCUGAUUGACAGCCAGGGAAGCGUCUGCCUCUAAUUAUUGAUAUCCGCAUUUUAUAACGGUCACAAAUAUAUGGCAGACUCCAGACACAUAGCCCUUCAGCAAGCUAAAGUGCUUUAGGUUUCUGGAUUGUUGCUUUAAACAUAAAGACUCCUUAAAGGGACACUAUAAGCACCCAGACCACUUCAUCCUUUUGAAGUGGUCUGGGUGCAGUGUCCAGUCCCCUCAAGCCUGCAAUGAAAAACAUUGGCGUUUUAGAGAAAUUGCAAUGUUUCCUUGGCAGGGUUAAGACUGCAGACAUCCCAACUUGCAAAAAUGCAUUUCAGGUAGGUGGCUUCACCAGCUACAGCCAAUGUUUACUACUCUAAUGUUUUUCAUUGCAGGCUUAAGGGGACUGGACACUGCACACAGACACACACAACCUGCAAACAUGUUUGAGCAUCUUUACACACAGAUAUAUGCACUGGCACAUAAACACUCAGAUAUACACGUUGAAACACACACCCAGAUACGCUCUGACACAUACGCUCAGGUGCCCACACUGGUGGGUACGCUCAGGUGCCCACACUGGCGGGUACGCUCAGGUGCCCACACUGGCGGGUACGCUCAGGUGCCCACACUGGCGGGUACGCUCAGGUGCCCACACUGGCGGGUACGCUCAGGUGCCCACACCCUCAGAUACGCACACUGACGCCAACACUCAGAUACGCACACUGACGCCAACACUCAGAUACGCACACUGACGCCAACACUCAGAUACGCACACUGAGAUACACACACUCAGACGCACUGGCACAUACUUUAUAUACAUUUUCCGCCACCCUCUAGUUACCUUAAAUUUCCUUGUCCUGGAGGGUGGCUUUCUUGGAGCUCUGUCUGAGGCUGAUGGGAGUGAGCUUGCAGUAGCAUCUCUCUUCUGCCUCACUGGUGCUGACUCCACGCUGCCUCCUUCCUCCAUUCCUCCCGUGCUGGCAGUCUGUGAAGCAGGGAGGAAAUGACGGACUGUCAUCACUUCCUCCUUUCUGGCUGAUACUACAGAGGCACGGUCGGCUCUUAAAGGGCUGGCACCUGACCAGGCCCCAUUUAGUGACUAGUAUGAGGGAGGGGGUCACAAAUCAUGUAUAAUAUCCUGGUAAUCCAUACACACAAUCUUAUAUACAUUGUAUGUCAGAUUGUUUGUGUGAUUUCCGGGAUAUUAUACAUGAUGUGCGGGUGUCAGCAAGCCACAUGCAAAAUGAGGGAGUUUUCUGGAACUAUCGCGAGACUUGGGAUGUCUGGGACUGCCUCAUGUGGCUGUCUCCGAGACAGCCCUUACAGGCGCUUUCUGCAGUUUCACGGAGUUUAACUCCAUGAAACACUGCUGGAUAUCCUCGUGUUGUGCACGAUGACAUACAGCAUCAAGCAAAACCCCAUAGGAAAGCAUUGAGCAUUGCUCUCCACGCAUUGCGCAUUAGGUUCCAGAUCAUGCUGAUGUUGGAAGAAGAGGAGGAGACUAAUACAGCAUUGAGGGACCUCAGCGCUGGAAUCGGUUAAGUGUUUAAAGGUUGUUUGUUUUUUUGAAUUCUUUAUUUUUUUGGUGUGCAGAAAUACACAGACAACUGCAAUGCCACAACAGUCAGUUCAAGCUUAGUAAAAUCAGGCAAAAUAUAAAACAUGCAUGGCAUUUGAAGAGUCUGCGCAUGUGUGUGGUUUUUUGUUUUUUUUUUAAUAAUUAUAACCGGUAAAAGAAUAAACAGGUCUAAGAGUGCAAGGGAAACAUAUAUAGACCUGAAAGUAAGGUAUCACAGAAGGGGAGAAAAAACACAGAUUUAAGGUACACAGAGUAUGCAUAUACACCUUGAUAGUGUCAUCAGGAUACGAGGGAGAACCAUAGUGUAAUUGACUGGUGUACUUUCCUCUCUGUUAAGCUUGAGGUUAAUUUAUACCUAGGACCGGAAUACACAUGCGAAGCCAAAGUCAGUAACUAGAAGUAAAUGCUCACAAACACACUCUCGGACAACCACUAGGAAAACCACGACAGGGCAAUGAUUAAAAGGCACAAUGAGUUUAAAUAAGCCUACUUAAGCUCGGAUUGGCUGGAAAUCGGCCUUUGACCCCGGAACGUCCGCACGCGUUUCCCGCGUGACGUCGCACACUGACGUCGUCAUCAACAUGGGCGGAGGUAGGGCUAUAAUCCUAACGGGGUUCCGCAGCGUCAUUCCUUCCUGGGCUACAGGGCCUCGGUGUUACGAGGAUAGUACAUGGACGCCAUCUUGUAGAGCAGGUUAUUUUCCAAGUUGGAGCCGGUAUAGUAGCCAAGGUCUUCGCUGGAGUGUGGUAGUGGUUAGUGGGCACAGGGAUAGCUCGCACCGGUCGGGGGGUAGGGGAGAAACCGGAUAAGACAGUCCUGUGAGAAAGCCGUUUUGCUUUGAAUGAGAGUGGCUGCCUCACCGUCCGGCAGAUCCACUUGGCCUCACUGGAACUUCUGAGAAAAGCCACAGUUACACUUAACUAAAAUGCUGCUGCCUUCCACCAAUCUACAGCUUCAUUAUAAAAAGUAUUGGACGCAUUCAGCAGCAUCAUGCUGUAUGUGAAGACCUUCGUAAAUCAGACUGAUUGCCACAGGAGGUUUGUUUUUUGGACAAAUGUAAAUAAUGCCAUUUCUCUGAAAUAAGUGUUGUACUUUGAAAUGUACUGGUUUUGGUGUGUGUGUGUGUUGAAAAUAAUAGCAAUAAUAAUUUCAUUUUUUUAUUUGCUGUAAUCAGAUUUGUUUGAUAAUAUUGUUCCUCUCUGCCAGUAAAACAGUUUCUUAAAAUUUGUACAUCUAAUAUAAUUUAUCCUAUCAAAAUAUACAAUAUCUUUCAUUAGACCAAAUGUAAGUAUAACAAGGAUAUAUAUAUAUGUUUUAAAUAUAAUCUUAGUAUACGUUUAAGUUUACCAACAUAUAUUGUGUUUUGACCCAGCACAUUACAGUAACAUGCAGUGUUUGUGUAUGCCCAGAUCCUCUUAUUUUUUUUUUCCUGUACAUUGUUCACCCUUAGGGCCUUUGCUAGAGAUUUCUCUGGGGAAACCACCUGUCUAUGCUCUGCUUCACUGGCUCUCUCUAGUAGUUUCUCCCUUUUAAAUUUGAUCUGAAGUUGCAAUUAAUAUUUUUUAUAUAUAUAUAUAUAUAUAUAUAUAUAUAUAUAUAUAUAUAUAUUUAAACCAUUUUUGUCUACUGAGCUGCGUAUUUGUUUUAUUGUUUGUGUGUGAGAAUUUUUUUUUUCCUGUCUAGAUAUUCUUCUUAGCCUUGCGAAAUACAGUAUUAAUCCCUUAAAGCUAUACUUUAAGCACCAAAACAGGUUUUAUGUAUAGACCAUGCCCCUGCGGUCUCAAUUCUUGGCCAUUUAGGAUUUGAAGUACUUUGUUUUUGUAUCCCUGGCCCCAUCUCCCUUGGUUGUAAACCAUACAAUAUUCCUGAGGGGAAAAAAAGGUUUUACUUUCACAUCAUAGUUUGUUUACUUUAGAAAUUAAUAUCUCCUGCUUGUUUUUUUUCUUUUCUUUAUUUUUGCAGUGCAUUGUGUACACAAGAUAGUAAAAAUGAGAAAGACCUGAAAAUAUGAGUUAUGCGUGAUGAAAACAAUGUACUUGAAAAAUGUAAAAAGAGAGAAACCAAAACAUUGCCUGCCUGUGGACAAAUGGAUAAUAGGCCAUUUUUCCCGGGUGCUGGAUUAUGUAUAUUCUUUUAGGUACAGUGUGGAAGUUAUUUGCGUAGCUACAGAUAGUGACAAAUGCAUGGGAGCACUAAACCUACAAGGUAGUGUUCCUAAACUAGGUUGGUUGGUUGCCACCUACUGAUUGCCUAUCUGCUUAAACUAACUGCUUUGCAUUGUGAGUGGUUUCCUCUAACCAUGGGGCUUGCGGGGUGUGGGAUGUAAACGUAGGUGUCGCCAGUUAGUGAUAACUGCAGGAUUCUUGAUACUAAAUGGUGCUAUAACACUCCGGUCUGAGUGGCUCUAAUGAGUGUUCAUGAUAGUUAUCGGUAGGUCUGAGCCUUUUGAAGUCACAAAUUAACAUAUAAAACACAAAACUAGAAAAAUAAAGAAAAUAAUACAUUUUGUGUCUAACUUGUGAGUUGCCUUAUUGAAAUGGGAGCAUCCGACAGGGACCUGCAUUGUGAUGGGUCAAGAAAGUCAUCUUUCCUAUUCGUGGCACUGGGGCUCUGGUGGUGAUUGGCUUCAGGAUAAAAGGGACAAUAUUAUUAGGGUUCCUAGAUUUCAUUGAGGGUCCUGCUGCAGGGCAGGCGUUUGAAACUUACAGGGUUCCCAGAAGUGUAGCAUCUUCUGCUGCUGAUUAGAGAGUAUGGCACAUCCUGUAAUGGGUUGUGUUCAAGGAGCCGUUUGCCCACUAUCUGUAGGCCAAGCCUGCUACCUACCUUUAGUUGCUUAUAUCUAAGCCAAAUGAUUUACGCCAAAUUACAGUGGGCUUAACCUGUCCUAAAAGAAUGUUAAGGAUGAAUCCUCGAAGGUGAAGGGUGUUUUACCUUUGUUUCUGUGUAUCUCUUGACUGGAUUGGAAUUUCAGUGAAAUUCAAAGACAGUCAAAAUGAGUCAUUAAAGGGACAUAAUUGUCACCAGAACAACUAGAGCUUAUUGUAUUCUGGUGAGUAUAAUCAUUCCCUUCACACUUUUUGCAGUAAACACAGUUUUUUUUUCAUAGAAAAGACAGUGUUUACAUUACAGCCUAGGGAUACCUCCACUGAUCACUCCUCAGAUGGCUGCUAGAGGUACUUCCUGGAGCAGUGCAGCACUGACAGUCAAUGUCUCCACCCUCUGCAUGGAGACUCAACACUUUCCUCAUAGAGAUGCAUCUCUAUGAGUAGAUGCUGAUUGUACAGGGCUGUGUUUGGCGUGUGCUGGCUCUGCCCCUGAAAUGCCUCCUUGAGAGUAUCAGCCAAUCCAAUGCUUUCCUGUGUCAAAGCAUUGGGAUUGGCCCAGAUCACGACUUCUGAUAAUGACAGCCAAGCAGGCAGAUAGGGGCAGAGCCAGCAACAGACUGGAAUAAAAGUAAGACUUUGCUAUAUUUAGGGGGGCAAGUGUGGGCCAGAGGGACUAGAUGGUGGUUUUAACACUAUAGGGUCAGGCAUACAUGCUUGUGUUCCUGACCCUAUAGUGUUCCUUUAAGAUUUUAUCUUUAUGAAUACUGAUUCUUUGGCAAGGUGGGUAAAGGUAUCCUGGCUACAGGCAGGACACGAUUGUUGGGCAUGCUAUGCUGCCCUAACGGCAUUUAAGCCCUCCUUUUGUAAGACUGCAUAACAAGACCUAAUGUUGAAAAAGGACUAAAGCUUCACUCACUCAUGUAUACUCUAGGAAUGAUCACCAGCCUGUGUAGAGGAAUACCAUCAUCUACCAGAAAUCACUAGUCCCUUAUAUAGGCCUUUAAAUUUGCUGAAAUUUACAGCUUACUCCCUGCUCGCCAACUGUGCAGGAAGUUUAAUUGGAUCAUUUUAUUUCUACAGGCAGAGAUUGAUAAUGAUUGCUAUAGCAGUAUCAAAUACCAUUUUUGAGAACUGUUUGAUUGAACUGUGUUUACUGUAUGUGGGCAUUGUGCUCAAUGCAGACAUUAUUUUUACACUCUGUUGGCAUUUUCAAUAAGCUGCACUAUUAGUAAUGCCUUCACAGUCCUUACAAAGAACUACAAACAAGGCAUUUGACCAUUUUUAUUUCUAUGUUUUUGUCACACCUAAUGUAUGUGAGAAACAUUGCAUUUUUUCCGUUAUUCUAACUGUUAUUAUUAUUAUUAUUAUUAUUAUUAUUAUUAUUAUUUAUAUAGCGCCAUCAGAUUCCGUAGCGCUCUACAAAGGGUGGCCUAACAGACAUUUAAUUGUAACCAGACAACUCGACGUACAGGAACAGAGAGGUGGAGGGCCCUGCUCAAUGAGCUUACAUUCUAGAAGGAGUGGGGUAUAGUGACACAAAGGGUAAAAGUAGGGGUACGAAGUAAGUUGCUAGAGUAUUCGCUGAGGGCUUGUUAGGUAAUUUUUGACAGUUGCAGGAGAGGAGUCAUGGAGGGUGGGGGAUAAAAAUCUGCUAACCGUUUAAUUGAUAUGCUUUCUUGAAGAAGUGAAUUUUCAAUGAUUUUUUUUUUUUUUUUUUAAUGAGUGGAGACUGGGUGAAAUUCUUACGGAGGAGGGAAGGAAGUUCCACAGAAGAGGUGCAGCCCUGGAAAAGUCUUGGAGGCGAGCGUUAGAGGUGGGAGUACGGACAGAGGAUAUACGUAGGUCUUUGGCAGAGCAUAGGGGCCUCGACGGGACAUACUUGUGUAUUAGGGAGGAUAGGUAGGUUGGAACAGCAUUAUGUAGGGACUUGUAAGCAAGCACCAGAAUUUUAAAUUGAGCCCUAUAUCUAACUGGAAGCCAAUGCAGGGACUGACAGAGCGGUGAGGUGUGGGAGGUGCGAGUGGACAGGAAAAUGAGCCUUGCCGCCGCAUUCAUUAUAGAUUGCAAUGGUGCAAUCUGAGAACACGUAAGACCACUGAGAAGAGUAUUGCAGUAGUCCAGGCGAGAGAGAACAAGAGCAUGGAGCAGCACCUUAGCCGCAUCCGGGGUUAAAUAGGGGUGCUAUGUUUUUUAGAUGGAAGCGACAGGAUUUGGCGAUUGAUUGGACAUGAGAGGUGAAAGAGAGGUUGGAGUCAAAAAGAACAUCCAGGCAGCGUGCCUGCGAGGUAGAGGUGAUGGUAACGCCGUUGACUUGGAGGGAGACAGACACUGGAGUAGUAACACUUAAAGAUGGAAAGACCAGAAGUUCUGUUUUGGACAGGUUGAGUUUAAGAAAGUGAGCAACCAUCCAUUUGGAAAUCGAAGAGAGGCAGUCAGACACGAGUCAAGAUGGGCGGAGAGAGAUCAGGAGAGGACAGGUAGAUUUGCGUGUCAUCAGCAUAGAAAUAAUAAUGGAAGCCAAACGAGCUGAUGAGUUUGCCAAGGGAGGCAGUGUAGAUAGAGAACAGUAGGGAACCAAGGACAGAACCUGGGGGGAAGAGGCAGAGUCAGAGAAAGAAACGCUGAAAGAGCGCUGGGAGAGGUAGGAGGAGCACCAGGAGAGAGCAGUAUCCCGUAGACCUAAAUUACAGAAAAUGCAAAGAAGCUGUUGAUGAUCAGCAGUGUCAAAGGCAGCAGAAACAUCUCAGAUCCUGUGUGAAAUAUAUAGAUAAAGGGCACUGUGUGCUUUCUGAGAAUUUUUGUUUCCCAAAUAUUUUUAUAAUGGCUAAAUGAAUAAGUGAAAUAUAAAAAUUGCGUAACUUGCCUGUUGCAUAGCAAAUUUAACCAGCCAGUUCAGAUAUUAUUGAUUGGCUUAGUGUGUCAAUCCUGGCAUAUAUUUUUUUAUUCUACAGCAACUAUCUAUCGAGCAUUAUAUUGAAAUAGGUUCAACUUUACCUUGUUUCUCAAAUAAAAAAAUAAAAAACAGUCCAGUUAACUCUCUAAAUUUCAUAUUCCUGUUGUAUUCAUGCAUUGGUAAAUGCCAUCUUGUGAAAUGUUUAUACAUGCCUGUUAAACUAUGCACUGCAGAAAUAAAGAAUUAAAAAAUUAAACACAAAGAAAUUGUGUAAAUUUACAUAAUUCCAAUUGUCGCAUGUUAUCUGCACAGCGAUCCAUACACAAAAUUGGUGCUUUAUAAUAUGUUCGUAUGCUGGCUAUGCAUUCCUUGCUUCAAUAAAUGUUAUUAUAUUUUUAUUAUUUAUAUAGCGCCAUCAGAUUCUGUAGCGCUGUACAAUGGGUUAUGCUAAUCAUUUUUUCAAUCAAAAUAGUUCUCAGUAGUGAAGUUGUUAAAGAAACAAUAUAUAAAACAAUUUUAUAUAUUUUUGAUGAAUAAUUUAGUACAUCAAACCCCAAAGAGAAAAACAUCAUUUUUUUUUUUUUUUCUUUCUAUUUAUUCUUUUGCAUGCUUUAUAUGGUAGUAUGCAAAAAAAAAAAACUCUUGCAAAAGCUGAAGAAAUGUCCUCUCCUCUUUCCCUGGCAGAGGCUUUCUGCUACACCAAUCAGAGCUUUCCUAUUAGGAAGCUUCUGUGCUGAAGCAGAGUGUGCACAUAUGAUUGCAGCUUUCCAAUACUUAUCAUUUAGCUGUAGUGCUGCUCAUCGAGAAGGGGGGAGACAGGUGCUCACAAGCCCAGUGUGCCUGCUGCUAUCGUUGGCUCUAUGGAGCUAAUGGAAGAGGAAGAAAACCUCUCCGGCAUGCUGACAGCUAGGGAGGCAAACGUUUUAUAAAAGUUCUGAUUCCUAAUCGAAAUUGGUACGUUUAUUAACGGUCACAAAUUAAAGACCGUUAGCAAGCUGAAGUGCUUUAUGUGUCUGGAGUGUUCCUUUAAAGGCACAGUAUGCACUAACAUUUCACAACGUUUGUGCCCUGAAUAAUUAACUGUAGUUAUUUAUUUUGCUCAAUGUUUUUUAUAGUUUUCUUGGAAAAUAAAAUUUUUGGCAGCGUAACACUGAUAUCUGUGAAUGUUGUAUUGCGAAAAAGUCCAUUCCUGUGUACUUGCAUGCAUGGCCAAAAGUUGCCAGGACACCCCUGGAUAUUUUCUUGUUUGUUGCUAGACCUAUUGCCAACCAGAUUCUAUCCUGUAUACCAUUUGAUACUCCAUUUAUCUGGGGAUUGAACCAGUUGGAAAUGCUACAGUUACGUGAAUACUGUAAAGUAAUGUCACCACACAAUUUCCAAGACGGCUGCGGAGCUAUAACAAUUUAUACCCGUGUGGCAACUGAUUUGAUGUGAAUACUUUGUAGAAAAGCAGAUGUUACUUCCUUGUAAAAAAAUAAAUGCCAACCUCUUCACUCACUCAAACUCUGGUAGGGAGGGCAGUCCAUAUAUAUCUUCGCUGAGAAAGGGUGUAUAUUUGUGACGUUUUAUGAAUAUUUCCAUAAAGUUUGUGUUUUGUUUUACAAUAACAUACCAUGUACCUGCCAAUUUACAUUUUUACACACAUAGUUACAGUAAAUUGGAAACAAAAUAUUAUAUUAACUGCUAUAGGCACCUAGACCACUUUAUCUCAGUGAAAUGGCAGAUUAAAACUGUUUUUAUCAGAUGGUCUCAGAGCGGCCAUCUGAUUGGCGCAGUGCAGUAUUUUGCAAUGCAUAAACAAGUUGUAGACAAUCUUAUUAUAAUAGGUGAUGAUUGCACAAUUGUUUUUUUCCUUAAAAAGUAUAUAACUACUUAUUAAGCCACUGUGAAAAUAAUUUGUUCUUCUUUUUAUAGCUCCAGAAUGUUGGCAUCAAUCCUGCUAACAUUGGCUUCAGCACAUUGACCAUGGAGUCAGAUAAGUUUAUUUGUAUCAGGGAGAAGGUUGGGGAGCAAGCCCAGGUGGUUAUAAUCGAUAUGGCUGAUCCCAACAACCCACUGAGACGCCCAAUUUCCGCUGAGAGUGCCAUCAUGAACCCUGCUUCUAAAGUCAUUGCUCUGAAAGGUAAGUUUCCAAGAAGUACACAAUGUGUAAAUAAUUAUUGUAAGUCUAAAGUGAUUGUCUCAAUACAUCUGCCAAGAUCAAUUAGUCGCCUCUUUUAAAAAAUAUUUUUAUCAUCCUGUGCCUCCGUCAUGCACCACGGGAAUCAUGUAUACUUGGUACAGCCAAAGGGUUCCCGUGAGCAUAAGUUAAAGUAGGAACAUGGGGUUGGAAGAUGAAAGCCUUGUUAACUUUUAAUCUGGCAGUUUUGUAAGUAGUACUGAAAGCAGUUCCUAAUAUAACCCUUGAACCUUUAAGAGUCACUGGAAUGUUCAAUGAGUUCACAUUUUUGUGGAAUAAUUAUAGUUUAAUUUGGUCAACUAUUGCAUUAGAAAUUGUGUUUUAAGUGAAAAUAUAUGAAUUAGUUGCUGGGAAUUCUAGGUACAUCAUUUGUCACAUACUGGCAAAUACUCUCAAAUUAUCUCACUUUUAGAGUGGAUUGAACUACAUCAUUUAUUGGGUUACGGUUUACAAUUUGUUAAUGAAAAUUGGAUGGUAGGAUCCACGUAUUGCAGGUGUCUCUGUAAUCUAAAGGCUAUUGAAUGUGGUUAUAUUGUAAUCUUCUUAAAUAAUGCAUGAAUGUCCAAGGCUUUUUUUAGCUAGAAUAAUUCCGUAUCUAGAUUUAGAGACUCUCCAGUCAUGUAAAGAAUAUAAUUCGUAAGUGACCCAGAGUAGAUAAUGGAGGGCAGGACGGGACUUAAUGUGCGUUACUGCAGUCUGCUUCAUGUUAUCCUGAUCAUUCCAAUUUCAGAAAUACCUCCUGAAAAGGGAUUACAUUCUUAGAGUGCUACAGAAAAUAUUUAAACAACCAACCAAGCCAAAAUUCCAUGGAUCAUGUUCUAGAUUUUACAGGAGAACUCUUAUAUCAUUUGGAUGUUAUAAACCAUACCAACACAUCUGUUCCAUGAUGAAAGCAAGGUGUUAUUGAAAAUAUAAGUGAAUGGCUCUAUUUAAAGAAAAAAUGUUUGUGUGACCUUUACUGAAUUGCUCUUCUGUACGACUUCUUGCAGCCUCUAAGGGUUAAUCUUGUAGGGUAUGUAGGGUUUAUGCCUAAUGUUUUGCAAUUACUGAAAAGAGCAUUAUUUUUCAGGGUCAAUAGGUCAGUUUAUUUACUAAAUGCCAUUCAUAAGGAAUGUCUAUGCUUAACCGACCCUUCACCCACCUAUUGUACAUAUGCUCCCCGUAUUUAAAGGGACAUUCCAGGCACAUUGUUUACUAGCAUGCAAAAUGGGGAAAAUGUUUAAGUAUUUUUAGGAAUAAUUUGCCUACUUGUUCAUUUCUAUGUGGUGUUUUUUUAUUUAUUUAUUUUAUUCUUUCCCAUGCUUAACCCCUUAAGGACCAAACCUCUGGAAUAAAAGGGAAUCAUGACAUGUCACAUGUCGUGUCCUUAAGGUUUUAAAGGACCACUAUAGGCACCCAGACCACUUCAGCUUAAUGAAGUGGUUUGGGUGCCUGGUCCAUCUAGGAUUAACCCUUUCUGCUGUAAACAUAGCAGUUUCAGAGAAACUGCUAUCUUUACCUAUGGGUUAAUCUAGCCUCUAGUGGCUGUCUCAUUGACAGCCGCUAGAGGCGCUUCCGCGCUUCUGUGUCAGGAAAACGAGUUUGUUUUUUUCUGGCACUAUCACAGUGAGAAGACGCCAGCGUCCAUAGGAAAGCAUUGAGAAUGCUUUCCUAUGAGACUGGCUGAAUGCGCAUUCAUCCGAUGGCAUCAGAAGAGGGAGGAGAGUCCCAGUGCCGAGGGAGCCCGGCACUGGGAAAAAAAGGUAAAGGAUUAACCCCUUCCGCCCCCUUCAGUGCCACGGGAGUGGGACCCUGAGGAUGGGGGCACCCUCAGGGCACUAUAGUGCUAGGAAAACGAGUUUGUUUUCCUGGCACUCUAGUGGUCCUUUAAAGAGACACUAUAGUCACCAGAACAACUACAACUGAAUGUAGUUGUUCUGGUGAGUAUAAUAGCUCCCUUCAGGCAUUUUCAUGUAAACACUGCCUUUUCAGAGAGAUUGCAGUGUUUACAUUGCCUCUAGGGACACCUCUAAGUGGCCACUCCUUAGAUGGCCACUGGAGGGGCUUCUUGGCUCAGUGCUGCACAGUAAGCAGUCCCGCCGUUCAGCGGGGAUGCUGAAUUUUUCUCAUAGAGAUGCAUUGAUUCAACGCAUCUCUAUGAGGAGGUGCUGAUUGGCCAAAAUGGUGUUUGGCCCCGCCCCUUGCCGGUUUUAGCCAAUGCUUUCCCGAUGGGGCGGGGGCAAGCCACCUAAAUGGUGGGUUUUCACUAUAGGGUCAGGAAUACAUGUUUGUUUUCCUGACCCUAUAGUGAUCCUUUAAUCCUCAACCUACAUAUGUGACAUGUAAGCUCCAUAACCAAAAUUAAUAUAUAGCAAAGAAUGUUUGGGUGUUAUCCAACUUUGGGCAACAAAAAUUGACUGAGAGGGUUGAGAUAACAUUUCUGUUAUUGCUAUCAAAGUUGGAAAGCCAACAUGAAAACAAUGAGUUGAAGUGGUUACAGAGCUUAGUGUUCCUUUAAUUCUUUCAGACAUUAAUAUGAGUGUGACAGACCGCCUGGUACCUCCGUCAAUCUCGCUUCCUAGUAGUCGCCGAGUACUAUAAGCACUGCACCAGACACCAUAACCACCGUAGCACCCCCUUAGCUGCCGCAGUUCGGCUGGGGUCUCGCCGUCCCUUCCCACCCUGGACCAACACCUGGAUCCAGCUCCCAGUGAGAAGAUCUCUCCUCCAAGAGAGUAUAAUAAUUCAAAGAGCAGUAUAGCAAUUCCCCCCACACAUGAGCCAAGGCUUAAAGGACCACUACAGGCACCCAGACCACUUCAGUUCCAUGAAAUGGUCUGGGUGCCAGGUCCCUCUAGUGUUAACCCUGCAGCUGAAAACAAAGGUUUAGAGAAACUGCUAUGUUUCACUGAGGGUUAAUCCAGCCUCUAGUGGCUGUCUCACUGACAGCCGCUAGAGGUGCUUCUCACUGUGAAAAUCACAGUGUGAAGACUCUGGACAUCCAUAGGAAAGCAUUGAGAAAUGCUUUCCUAUGGGUGGUUUGAAUGCACGGGCGGCUCUUGCCGCGCAUGCGCAAUCUGCGCUGACGUCGGCAGAGGGAGGAGAGUUCCUCAGUGCCGAGGGAGCCCAGCGCUGGAGAAAGGUAAGUGGCGGGAGUGGGACCCUGAGGGUGGGCGGGACCUAAAGACCCUAUAGUGUCAGGAAAACGAAUUUGUUUUCCUGGCACUAUAGUGGUCCUUUAAUGCUGGGAAGUCGUUUGUUUAAUGGAAGCACAGUCAUAGAAUUUAUAAAAGUUACAAAUUCCUCCUCGGUGCCUGAGAGAUAAGGAGUCAGGAACUGUACUAACUCAAUUAUCUCCAAGAACAGAAAAACACAUUUUUCAAACACACCAAAAGUUCCCCCAAAACACAUGAAAACCUCACAAAAGUUACAUCCCCUGAUCUGGGUGACCUACAUAUCCAAAAAUCACCCAGAUCGGUUCUGGGGAUCGGGCUUUCUAUGGAAGUCCUAAUUUGACCGACCGUGCACAUGGUCCUAUGCCCAAAACCGUUCCAUGAAAUCGGUACUAAUGGUCGGCCAAGUUCGGUAGUUUAAAAACUAACAAACUACCCAACGUAGUCUAUAGUUCUACCGUGGAGCUUGUUCUCCUCAUCCAGACGAACGAAUCCACUGAACAGUGCCCUUCUAGGUGGUGUAGAAUCCGAAUGCAGGCGAUGAUGGAAGUCCAGCGGUGUUCAGGAGUUUCCGUGUCCGAUGACCAAACACCGCUGCCUGCGUAUGCGAAAAACCAGAUGGGCACCACUUCAUUGUCAUUCAUAUGAAUUGCAGCCACUCAGACGAACAAUUAGAACACUGUGGUUAGAAUCGUUAAGAGGUGUCAAUUGAGCUUAACAAGCUCACGGGUAUUCCCUGGUUCGUGCGCCUGUUCGGUUCCUGAACAGCAUGGGAAAAUGGCACAAACUAAGUCUUUUAACAGGGUUUUUGCAGGGCCCAUAGUCUUUGUGCAGGAGGCUAGCCAGCAAACCACUCCAGGAACACUUCUGCCACAAUGAACAUAUAUUUAAUUCACUUAAUCUGUGCAUGGCCAAAUUUAAUGAAAGUCAUUGAGUAUACACUGAGCAGCCACAACAUUAAAACCACUGACAGGUGAAGUGAACAACAUUGUUUAUAUCAUUACAAUGGAACCUGUCACCUGUGAAAGGGUGGGUUAUAUUAAGCAGCAAGCAGUUCUUGAAUUUCAUGUGCUGAAAGCGGGAACAAUGGCAAGUAAAAAUAUCUGAAUUACUUUAACAAGGGCCAAAUAAUGAUGGCUAGAUGACUGGGUCAGAGCAUCUCCAACACGGCAAGUCUCGUGAGGGUGUUCCCGGUGUGCAGUGAUUAGUACCUGCAAAAGUGGUGCAGGGAAGGACAACCAGUGAAUCAGGGUAAGGAUCAUGAGCGCACAAUGCUGAUUGGGGAGUGUAGGCUGGCCUCUCUGGUCUUCUAACACAGAAGAGUUACUGUAGCUCAAAUUGCUCAAACUUAAUAUGCUGGCCAUGAUAGAACACACAGUGCAUCACAGUUAGCUGUGUGUGUGGCUGCGUAGCCGCAGUGUGCCCAUAAUGACCCCUGUCCACUGCCGAGAGCACCUUCAAUGGAGGCGUGAGUGUCAGAACUGGACCAUGGAGCAAUGGAAGAAGGUGGCCUGGUCUCAUUUUCUUUUAGAUCAGGUGGAUGGCCUGUUGAGUGUACAUAGUUUACAUGAGGAAGAGAUUGCACUAUGGGAAGAAGGCAAGCCGGCUGAGGCAGUGUCAUGCUCUGGGCAAUGUUCUGAUGGGAAUCCUUGGAGCCUUGCAUUCAUGUGGAUGUUACUUUGACUAGUACCAUCUACCUAGAAAAUGUUGCAGACCAUGUACACCGCUUCAUGGUAUUCCCUGUUGUGACUUCUUUCAGCAGGAUAAGUCAAAAAUUAAGGAAUGGUUUGAGGAACGUGACAAGUCCAAAUUACCCAGAUCUCAGUCCGAUUUGAGCAUCUGUGGGAUGUGCUGGAACAGGAACUCUCAACCAUGAAGGCCCCACCUCGCAACUUGCCGAACUUUGCAGCUAAUGUCUUGGUGCCAGAUAUCACAGGACACAUUCAGAAGUCUUGUGGAGUCCAUGUCUCAACGCAUCUGAGCUGUUUUGACAGAGAUGUAUUCUGAGGUAAGUAUUUAUUGUAAAUGCUGUUUUACUGCAUUACACAAAAGGAUAUUAAAAUCCACCCUGGAGUGUUCCUUUAAAGGGAACUUUACUCACCCAGGCUACUUCCACUUAUUGAAGUGGUGUCUGUGCAGUGUUUCUGUCCCCUUAAUCCUGCAAUGUGGAACAUUGCGGUUUUAGAGAAACUGCAUGUUUACAUUGCAGGGUUAAAGCUUCCUCUAGUGCUUGCUGCAGUUUAACUCUGUGAAACAACACUGGACGUCCUAAUGCUGGGAGUCCUCUGCGCUAGAAUCAGGUAAGUGGUUAAAUGGUGUUUAUUGCAGCAGCCGGGGGCGGGUGCAAAGGGACACUGUAGUGUUAGUAGUACAGUUUUAUAUUCCCAAUGAUGUUGGGCACACCCCAGGAUCAUAUUGCAUUAAUGGAGAUUUAUCAAAUUGAUCUGGAAAGUGUCUCCAAUCUGUUCUAAAAUGAUUGAAGAGUGUCUGCAUUUCUCUACCUAAUUUCCAAUUUUUUGCAGAUAAGUGAGCUGAAUUUGUCUACCAGGAGUGAUGGAAAGAUUGAUAAAUAUAUAUAUUAACAAAUAGGGUGUAAUAGUAGGAACAGAUAACAAAAAAGAAAAAACUUACAUAUUUAAAUGGACACUAUAGUCACCAAAACAACUACAGCUUAAUGUAGUUGAUCUGGCAAGUAUAAUCAUUCCCUGCAGGCAUUUUCCUGCAAGCACUGCAUUUUCACUGCCCCCUUGGGACACCUCCAGUGGCUACUCCUCAGAUGGCGGUUCUGGCGGAUUGGAGGUUCUUCCUGUGGCACUGCCGUUCAGAGUCUCCACGCUCUGCAUGGAGACACUGAACUUUCCUCAUAGAGAUGCCUUGAUUCAAUGGAUCUCUAUUAAGAGGUGUUGAUUUGGCUAAGCUGGCAUUUAGACCUGCCUCUUUGAUGAUUGCAGGUUAAAAUCAUAAAUUCUGAUGUCUGCAAGGAGGCAGAUCAGAGGCGGGGCCAGUUCCGGUGGACCUGCGUGGCGCUGGACAUAAAGUCAGUUUUAUUACCUUUUAAGGGGGCAAGCCACCUAAGUGGUGGUUUAACACUAUAGUGCCAGGGACAUAGAUGGGUAUUCCCUAUAUUUUUCCUUUAAAAAAUGUUUUAAAGGAAAAAAAACAAGGUGUGAAACUUUGAUAAAUCUACCCCAUUGUUUAAUUUCUCCUCUUCUUUGUAUGCUUUCUCCUUCCUGCCUGCCAGAUACAAAGGGCAGAGCUUAUAACAGUGAUUAAUGAAGGCACUCGGUUUCAUAGCAGUGUGGUUUUGGAAGUUUGUUUUAUUUUCAGACCUCACAAUAACAUUUUUGCGAAAUCUAGGAUAAAAUAAACCUAAUAUUCAAAAUAAAGUUGGUGACUGUUCCUUUUUAAAGGGAAAGUGCUUGUUAUUGUAACAUAUUCUACAGCAAUAAUGGGGAUCUAAAUUUCUUAUUUUAAUUAAACCAGCUGAAAACCAGAUAGUUGUGUGGAAUAAAAAAUACCACAAUUUUUCAGAUUACAAAAAUAUGCAAUUGAAGAGUGGCUAGAUAAUUAGAAUUAGCAAGUUAACAAAUUGUGCAGGGUGUACUCUGAGCUCGAUUUCCUCAUUCAGCUAAUUAAUUGAUCAUCAGCCACAUCAAUAAUACUCACGGCUUACUUUCUCCUGGAGCCAGCCGUGGUGCCCCAGAUCUGCUACCCGCGGGUGCAUGGUACAUCUAAUUUCACCCCCAACUUGCAAAACAAAGCUGAAGUUACCUGGCAAGCUCGGCAGCAAUAGGCAGUAAAAACAAAAAGCAAAAACUGGCACAAGUAUUGCUGAGCUAUGGCGGCGGGCACAUGGCGCCCUUGAGACCAACAUGGCCGCCUAUAUCGACUCUGUUAAACAACCCUCGGACCCCGUAGAGACCUGCCUACCCACAACGCUGAUACCACCGCAGCCCAAACCGCAGCCGGACUCAGCCCUGGUCACGAAGGCAGUCAUGCAAGAACUGCUGGCGGACAUACGAAAGGAUAUCCAGGGCCUGACAGGCUGCAUGGGAACCUUUUGAACUCCCGCAGCCACACACAGCAAAUAACAGUGAUACAACCGGAGCUAAAGUCGCUACAACAACAGCGCUUAAUUAUGGAACAAAAGAUGGCGGCACUGGAGGACUCGCGCCACACUCAAAAUAUCAAGAUAAUUGGCAUAGCAGACUCGGUCCCGGACACUGAACUGCCUCAGCUCCUGAGGCGCCUGGUGAGUGAAAUACUCCCACCGAAGCAGGCUAAGAUAGUAUGCCUAGAUUGCGUGUUUAGAAUCCCCAAACCAACGACGGCCCCAGCAGCACCAUGGGACCUAAUUUCAGAAGCGACAGGACAAAGAGGCAGUCAUGACCGCCAUCAGGGCCCUUACAUUUUAUACGGACUUAUCCAGAGGAACUAUGGCCUGGCGCACAGCCCUCGGGCCCUUUACCUCCCUGCUCCAGGCACACAAUAUUAAGUACCAUUGGUACUAAUCACACAAGCUCCAAGUAAUCCACGGAGAAGCUAUGUACUUAAUAGCAUACCUGCAGGAAGCGAGGACGCACCUAUCAACCUUUGGCCUACCAGAAGACUCUAUACGGCAAUCCCGCUCAACUCCUAAGCCCUUUGAGUGGAAUCCAGCUACCUCUGAGACAUUUGUCCCAAGGGGGUCCAACCACACUGCACAGGGGACGGCCCCUGCCUGAGCACCCCUUGUGGGCCUGCAGGACCACACCAACCACUCUUACUGCAGCCUCAGUGCUGUCAGAGGACUGAAAAUGUUUUACGGUUAAAUUUUCUGUUUGCACCUUCUUCACAGAGGUACUCACACACUAUAUGAGACACCCCUGCUACUAAACAGCAAUUAGUUACACACAGUCCCCCUGCAACCAUGAACCCCCAUGACAUCAAGGCAGCGGAUUCUUACACACCACCCUCACCUAGCGACACUGGUUCCCGCUGCCAUGACACGGAGAUAAAAUCUUGGGGGCACACUGUACUUACACAUGGAGUGUCACUGACCCCGAAACAUGCCAUCCCCGGCCCCAGCAUAGUUUUGUCCACUCUUAAUUAUGCUUUAAGUAACUAGCACGCUUAUCCGGGCGGUUCAGAAAUCAAUUUCUGUAGUGCAAACCGGACGACCCUACCCACUAAAGUACCACUCGCCCUACGUAUACCGUGGCCAUAAACCAGGCCACCCUAGAACGCAAUAUACAGGCAUUAGGGAUCGCAUCCCCCAGGAGCACCUAACAUCAUGCCGACUAUUUGGUCGCAGAAGACAUAAGAACCCACUAACCUCCCGCACAAGCCACAACUCACAACCAGGUUUACACUAAGAGAGGACCACACAUGUUGCUAAAUAUAUUAACCUGCACCCGACACCUUUUUCAAUGUCAUUGUUCCCCAGUGCCACUGAUAUGCCCUAUUCACUUAAUUGCUUACUCUUUUUAUCCCUCACUGUAGAACUGACUCAAACUUUACUAUCUACUGAAGUUAACUUAAAGCGCUUGAACUAACCUUGCAAAUCUCCAUAUAUAAAAACAAAAGUGCAAUGUUCUCGAUAUUUCUGUUAUGUGAAUUCAAAUCUUUUCGCACCUACUGUUGUGGCGGUGCAAAUCUGCAUGUCCAAUAUUUGCACAAAUAAAAUAAAGAAUAAAAAAAAAAAUAAAAAAAAAUAGCGGCUCAAAAUCUACAACAGAACUUCAACCCUCAGCAACCUGAGACGGAACAUCUCUACCCUGUAAAGUUAACUCUGAGGAGGCUGGAUGAAAUCUUUGACCGCUUCUGGGCCUCGUUGGAGGCAUGCCAAACAGCCGCAAUGCCUCAACAUCAGGAGGAGGACAGGGAGGAUGAGAGCUGGGAUGAGAGCUGGGUGGUGAGUGGGCCCCCUUCGUUCACUUACAUCUCUAAAGCACAUACACCUCCUUUUAAAGGCUAAGGGCCAACAGAGGCAGAGCCCCACGGCAUCGUCCACACAGACGGGGACCAUCCGCUAUCAACGGUUACCUACCACCAAGGCCUUCUGUUUAUCCCCUACAGGGAAGGACUGGGAUCCCAGGAGCCCCCAAGUCCGUGGAUUGAAGAUGCUGGCCUGUCAACCGGCCUGGGGCUGGAGGGAUGUCCCACAGAGCCAUCAGAGUGUUGCAGCCUCCUUAACCCUUUGUCUGCAGGACUCACAUUUCCCAUCUUCAGGGAUAGGCUGAAUGCAGGCUUGCUACCCAGAGCCGUGUCACCAGUCGCAUUAUGGGACUAACCGUAAACGGCAACUGUCACUGUUGGGAUUUCCUCACUUAACCCAUACAUUCCAGCCCAAUUGUGCUCCCUAUAUGCAUGCAUAUCUCGGCUGUUUGAUUUUUUUAUUUUCUUGUUUUUUGUUUUCUUUUCUUUUCAUGUCUUAAGUAUUAAUCGUAUCUACGCUUUACCUACUAUAAUGCUACAUAGAUACAAAGCCAGUGGUUUCUACCGCCACCAUAUCAACUCAUGUCUUGAAACAACCUGUUAACUGUUUAACUAUUUUUUGCUUAGUGUUUAGACAUGUUUGCCAUCCUGAGCAUAUAUCUACACAACAACGUGCCUAUGUCUUUUUAUGCAUGCAAAACGUAUUAUUACUCAAAAAUGUGCUGUAAUAUCGACUGCUCUUCACUGUUUAACUAUGUGUACUAAAUCACUUGCCACUGCUGUCGGGGCAGCACAAGACUGUUUGUUUGUUUCUCUGAUGCACAAUAAAAAUAAAUGUAACACGUUAUUUGUGACCAGAUGACUGUUUUAAAUCUACCGUAUAUACUCGAGUAUAAGUCGACCCGAAUAUAAGCCGAGGCCCCUAAUUUUACCACAAAAAACUGGGAAAACUUAUUGACUCGAGUAUAAGCCUAGGGUGGGAAAUGCAGCAGCUACUGGUAAAUUUCUAAAUAAAAUUAGAUCCCAAUAAAAUUACAUUAAUUGGAUAUUUAUUUACAGUGUGGGUAUUUAAUGAAUGCAGUGUGUGUUUGUGUGUAGUGUGUCUAUAAUGCAGUGUGUGUAUAUAAUGCAGUGUGUGUGUUGUGUGUAAACUGGGUGAGGGGAGGGCAUUUAAAUUUUUUAAUUUUAAGAUUUUAAUAUUAUUAUUUUAUUUUAAUAUUUGUAUUUUUUUUUUUCCCCUCCCUGCUUGUUGUUAAUCCCUGGUGGUCCAGUGUGGGGGCUGGCAGAGAGCUGUUACUUACCUUUCCUGCAGCUCCUGUCAGCUCCCUUCUCCUCCGUGCAGCUCCCCUGUCAGCUCUGCUUACAGUGUAAGUCUCGCGUUCUGCGCGGAGCGUUGUCACAGUAAGCCGUGGCAACGCUCUGACUCCCGUGGGUGUCGCGAGACUUACACUGUAAGCAGAACGGAGCUGACAGGGGAGCUGCUCGGAGGAGAGGGGAGCUGACAGGAGCUGCAGGAAGGUAAGUAACAGCUCUCUGCCAGCCUUCAACAGGACCGCCGGGCUUGUAAUGAGCCCGGCGGUCCUGGUCUGUAUUAUGGCAAUGUAAGUUGCCAUAAUACAGACAUUGACUCGAGUAUAAGCCGAGUGGGGGGUUUUCAGCACACAAAAUGUGCCGGAAAACUCGGCUUAUACUCGAGUAUAUACGGUAUAUUAAGAUUUCUCAUCAGUUAGCAGUUAUUAACGUAGGGGUAAACAGAAAUUAUGUCUUCUCUCCCCUCUUCACUUCUAAUAGCUUUUUAAGAUUUGUGUUUUGAUCCAUUGAAUUAUAUUUACUUACUAUACAAAUAAACACUGCCCUACUACUAUGCAUUUUAAAUUGGUGUAAUCUCUUUGCAUGACACACAACAUCCAUUUUUAAAAUUUAAUUUAUUAAUUUUUUUCAUGCAUUUUUCACAUAAACUGUCUCCACUAUCAUUUAUAUUUUAUUUUUAUAUUUUCACGAAGUCACUUCAUUACCAGUGAAAAACCUCAUUUUCACGAAGUCACUUCAUUACCAGUGAAAAACCUCAUUCGGAUUUACCCAACCCAGCAAUAUGCAUCUGUUUAAUAUUCAAUUUUUUAGCUUGUAUGUCUUUAUUAUUAUUGGUAUUGAUAUAGCGCCAACUUAUUCCGCAGCUAUUUACGAUAUUAUAAAGGAGGAAAAUUUAAUAAAAUAUGAGUAGUGAUGUCGCGAACGGUUUGCCGCGAACGGUUUGCCGCGGAUUCAUCAUUGAGAAAUCUUUGACCCUGUACCUCACAGUCAGCAGCAGACCCUCCCUCCCAGACCCUCCCACCUCCUGGACAGCUCACUAAGAAUGCAGCUUCACAAUGAAUGUAAAAUGGAUGCUGUCCAGGGUCUGGGAGGGAGGGUCUGCUGCUGAUUGGCUGGAAUGUGUCUGCUGACUGUGAGGUACAGGGUCAAAGUUUACUCAAUGAUGAGUCCGUGGCGAACCGUUCGGGACAUCACUAAAUAUGAGACAUUUACAAAGUGAUGCAGAAACAUUAUAUUUUUAUAUUUUCACUGUCACUUCAUUACCAGAGAUCAUGAAAAAAAAAUCUUAUAUCCAAGAUUAAUGACCAAGAUUGACCCUACGUAUCUUCCAUGUUGAAUCAUGGUAAUGCUGAACAUCCCUUGAUAUUUCCCACAUUUGAAAAUAUCAUGACGCUACUUUGCUUUUAAUUUAAUUUAUUUCCUUUUAAAUACUAUGUUGCAAUAUAAUGUGUUUGUAAAAAUGUCAAGUUUCCCUGCUGUGCGCUCUCUAUAACUUUACCCUUCCCGUUUUAUGAAUCGCAGUGCUUUUUCUCUCUUGUUUUACAUUUGUUAUUUAUGCUUUCUGUUUUCUUUCUUCCUGCUUUCUCCUCUCAAACAGACGGUGAGUUACUUUAUCCUGUCUCUUUUGCUGUGUCUGUGUCAGAACAUUCCACGAAUAUUGGGACUGAAAUAAGGAAUUGGAAUUUUCUACUUGAGUAUACUUUCAGGAAAUGGUUCAUUAUAAUAUGUGUUUUAUAAUUUACAUAUAUGUUUUAGAAUAUGCAGUGAAAUACACCUGUGACCUUCAGACAUCAUUACACUUCUAGAUAGAGCAUAAAAACAGCCUGUAUUGGAUCUUAUUCGAUCAAUUGUUUGGCAGUUCCAAAAGUAGAACAGCCUUGGAAACCAAUAGAAUGUUCCUUCUGAUUGUACCAACUUUGCAAAAUUAUAUCAUAUCUCUUUAUACAUAGGCUCCAUUGGGUCUAACUUUUUUAUUUUUAAACUUCGAGUUUAUAAUAUUUGCCCCCCCCCCCCUUUUUUUAAUUUUUUUUAUUUUAAUGUUCAGACUAUUUAUUUUUUAUUUUUUUUACAUUUAGAAAUAUCAGGAAGUAUUACUUUACUGAGAGGGUAGUAAAUACAUGUAAUAACCUCUACCACUUCAACUGGAAGGCUAACACACAGUGAAUGAGUUUGCAUGGUAGGACAGGCAUAAGGCUAUCCUUGACUUAAGAUAAGGCCAGGGACUAAUGAAAGUAUUUAGAAGAUUGGGCAGACUAGAUGGGCCGAAUGGUUCUUACCUGCCGUCACAUUCUAUGUUUCUGAUACUUUGUUUGAUGAAAUGAAGAAAAUUGUUUUGUUUUGCGUUUUUCUUUCUUACUCUUUCUGAUUUGAAUGUAAUCCUGCAGUGGACUACAAAUUUCUCCUAAACAAAUUAUAAAAAAGAUUAUACUUUAGUACAUUUGCUUUUUUUCCCUUAGCAACUCAAUUUGUACACUACUCAACACUACAAGUGUUGCUGUUGAUAAAACAGAGCAACUUUGGCAGACACCUUAUUUAAAGGAACACUCCAAACACCCUACCUUCUACAGCAUAUUGUAGUGGUCAUGGUGCCAGGAGUGCGCUGGUAAGUAGUUAAACCAUUUGCAGAUGUCUUAAAAACUGACCUGUGGUCAGCCAGAUGCCGUUCACAGCCUUUGGGAAUUCUUGAAGCUCCUGCAUGAAACUUCUGUAAGCUUCCCUGAGCUAAAUGCAGCCUCAUGUUCGCAGUGAGCUUCUGGCUGUCCUGCAGGAGGUGACCGGCAGCCUACAGACCCCGAGUAAGUUGUAAAACAGUUUGCCGCUAUAGGGGUUAUGGUGCUUUGUGUGUUCCUUUAAGUUUAAUAAUUCAUUUAGCUAAAUGUUAUGUUGAACUAUUGAUCCUUCUAAGAUUUACCAAAUGGCCAUAUAUAUAUUUUUUUAUAUUAAAGGCAUAAACUCUUGCCAUUUUUUGGGAGAGUGGUCCUUUGCCACAAGGUCCAAUCAAAGGCUUCUGUAUGAGAAGCCUUUGAUUGAAGGAUUUGACCGGCUCAAAGUCCAUGCAUGCUGGGUGGUGGGGGGGUGGAUUUAAAAAAAAAUAUAUAUAUUAAUGGGUGGAGGGAGGGCUUCCAUCUGUGUGGGAGGGAGGGAAGACAAGAGCUUGCAAAGGAGAAGCAGUUACUGUCACCAGUGUGUAGUGCCUGCUGAUUAUAGACUUAAUUUAUGCACAGAUUUGACAUUAGGCAGACUGCCUAAAUCAUGUAUGCUGGGUGUGCAACAGCACACAUUUAAAAUAUCUCUGGAUGUGCAGCGAAACACUCCUUCUUUAUUAAACAAAAUGUUUGAUUCUUGCCUGUUAAAUCUGUUGCUGAUUUUGCUGGUCCCUGAAUAUUUUACAUGUCUGCUGAGAUUAUUCAUGUUUCUUACUAGUCUGUUCUUAAAUUAUUUCAUAUAACUGUUAAUUUAUUGAUGAGUUAUCAAGAGACACCACCUUCUAUAUUUGCGCAUGAAAUCAGGUCCAGUUGGGCAAAAAAAGAAAACUGUUACCCCAAGAACAGGCCAGUUUUUCUCUUACUGUUGGUCAUCUAGGGUCAGAUUCUGUUGAACUGUGUUUUUUUUUUCGUUUUUUUCUUUUAUUGCAUGAGAACCCUGAAAGUUCAUAGAAGCUUGUGUCACAUGUAGUCAGUUCAAGAAUUCCGUUUUAUUUCUGAAACGUCGAGUCAAUCCAUGUUGAUCUCUGAAUAUCAAGGUCUACCUAAGUUUGAGUGUUAUAAUUGGUUUGUGAACUGCUGUACAAGCCAUCACAUUGGCUUCCUCUAAACCCUUUACUAUUGUGGAUCGCAGAUGUUUCUUUUGAAGGGCACAGACGUUUGAUUUUUGUGAAGACUCAUCUUGCGCGGGAAGAACUGCCUCUGAUUGCAAGACAGACUAUUAUGUUUCAAUAUACAGCAUGUUCUUAUGUCAAAAGGGCAUAAAUGGUCCGUCACAAAAUUAAGAAAAACCCAGCAAUAUGUAUCUGUUUAAUAUUCAAUUUCUAACUUGUAUAUCUUUAUUAUUAUUGGAAUUUAUAUAGCACCAACAUAUUCCGCAGCUAUUUACGAUAUUAUAAAGGAUGAAAAUUUUAUAAAAUAUGAGACAUUUACAAAAUGAUGCAGAAACAAUAGGCAGAUGAGUAUCCUGUUCAAACACGCUUACAGCCUAGAGGAGGCUGGGUGUAAAAACACAAUAGGGCAGCAAGAGGGACGGCAACCAAACAAGGUGGGAAAGUAGCCAAACUGGAGGUAUAAGUGGAGUGUGGCUCUUUAGAGAGCCAGAUAUGGGAGAGAGAAGUUACUCUAGGAGGGACUUCUUAAAUAAUUGAAGACUAGAGGAGAGUCUGAUGGGGUAGGCAGGCUGUUCCAAAGGAAAGGAGCUGCCUGUGAAAAGUCCUGUAAGUAUGAGUUAACAGUAAGGGCAUGAGCAGCGGACAGGAGAAGGUCACAGGCAGAGACCGAGAAUGGACAUAUCUAUGAAUCAGCGAAGAAAUGUAACUUGCUAGAGUUGCUUAGAGCGUUGUAGGUAACGGGGGCUGAUAAAACUAACUAAAACAGUUCUCAACAAAUCCUGGGUCACCAUGGCGACUAGGAAUUUUGUCCUGGAGCCUGGGAUUUGUCGAGCCCUGUUUAGUUAUAAUGCAAUCUUUUAAAAUCUUUGGUAAUGGCAGACCCUAAACAAGUGUCCAUUUUGUUUGCUAAUCGUGUACCCACAACGUAUGAGUCAAAAGAACUCCAGAAAUGGGAAAACUGCAGACAAAGGAGAAAGAACUGGGGGUGCCAGGGUAUUAAGAAGGGGGGGAGGGGGGAGAACACAAAAAAGCAAAACAGUGAUGCAUGUUAAUUAAGGCAAGGAGUAUAAUAAUCAUUACGAUACAAGGUGCACAGGGAAAUUAAAUCUGAAAAAAAACAAAACACCAUGGCGGUUGUUUUUAAAUGGUUCUACAAAAUAGAAUAUAGUAACAUAGAAUGUAGGCAAACUGUCAGGAUUACAGUAUGAUCCAGCAGGUAGAAUUGUGUAACACAGCGGACUGAUAGGUAGCGUACACCGGACCUUAGAAUGGCCGGACUAACGUACCAAAGAAUAGUCUGGAAUAGCCGAGGUCAAGGGAUACAGAAAGAGACACAACGAUAAGGAAAAGCCGGGGUCAGGGAUGCCAGAAAACAGGGAAGUCAAAAUCAAUGCCAAAGAUAAAUAACCAAAAUCAAUAACCCUCUCUCGGACAACCACAAGAGAAACCACGACAGGGCACUGAGCAAGAGGAGAACUUGGCCUAAAUACCCCGCCUGUGGAUCCGAUUGGUUGUAACUGGCCUUUGACCCCAAAGGCAGUUACCAGGCUCCUAUUUGCAUGAUUGCUGCUCAGCACAAACCCUCCUGUGGAUUGAUUGCUGCUCGGCACAACUUUUCCUGGCAGGACAGCAAUGCUGCUCGGCACAACUUUUCCUGUCAGAACAGUAAAUGCCAUUAAUACCAUUUUUACGUGUGGAUGAAUACGUGACACAAACAUCAUGCAUUACCCAAGAUCCCUGGUUAUGUAGCCACUGUGGUAAUGAUGAUGGCUGCUGAGCUGGAGAAAUAUCCGUGUUGAACAGCGGUGGAAACACCAUGUAGCUCACAUUAGAACAUCACUGCUCCAUUUUUCAAAGUGUGAGAGCUUUAUUUACUAAAUGCCAUAAGUAGACUGAAUCAAAAUCAGUCUACCUUACUUGUUUUGCAACUGUGAUUAAUAAUACGGUAGUGAUUAAACACAGGAACAAAACAUGGAAGGUAGUACAACCCUGAUUACAGCCUUGUGCGCCCAGCUGCUUACCAAUAUGUUCCUGCUUUUCAAGUAAAUUAAAUUCUUAUGGUUUGAAAAUCAAGGCAGCAUUAUGUGUGUGUUUUCCCCUGAAGGAUCCUUGGAUAUUUGUUUCAUAGAGAAGUUCUCCUCUGAGAAGCAUCUGAUUGCUGACCUUUCAUAAGUAGAAUUGGGCUGCAGUGAAGUGUCCCAGUGCUAAAAACAGGCAAAAUUGGAAAAAUAAUUUAUUUUAAACACGGUCAUCUUUUUUGUGGGGACUCCAGUUGUGGACUAUUCAGUCUUUUCUAUUAAGAUUUGAGGAGAAUAUUUUAAUUCUGAACAUGUAACAUAGAAACAUAGAAUGUGACGGCAGAUAACCAUUCGGCCCAUCUAGUCUGCCCAAUUUCUAAAUACUUUCAUUAGUCCCUGGCCUUAUGUUAUAUCUAGGAUAGCCUUAUGUCUAUCCCACGCAUGCUUAAACUCCUUUACUGUGUUAACCUCUACCACUUCAGCUGGAAGGCUAUUCCAUGCAUCCACUACCCUCUCAGUAAAGUAAUACUUCAUGAUAUUAUUUUUAAACCUUUGCCCCUCUAAUUUAAGACUGUCCUCUUGUUGUGGUAGUUUUUCUUCUAUUAAAUAUAGUCUCCUCCUUUACUGUGUUGAUUCCCUUUAUGUAUUUAAAUGUUCCUAUCAUAUCCCUGUGUCUCGUCUUUCCUCCAAGCUAUACAUGUUAAGAUCCUUUAACCUCUCCUGGUUAAAGUGAUUUUUUUUGACAGUUUUAGAUACAACUCAGUAACUAAUUCAAAGUGUUUUUUUGUUGUGGUUUAUUUUUUUUAUUUUAAAUCCGGUGCGUUUGUGCAUUGUCAUUUUAAACUAUUCCUGGUUGUUUGUAUCAGUUCUGCCAUUAGCAUUGGAUUGCAUUCAUGUCCUCAUGACCCCAGUUCUGGUAUAAACCAUGAUCUUUUUCAGGUUCUGUUGUGGAGUUGGGCUUAAAAGAGGAAAAUUGACUGCACUAUGUUGCUGUUCCUUCUUUGCCAGCAGUUUUGUUGCAGCCCAGUAGUAUUCCUCUGAAAUCUUUUCCAAGAGGACUUAUAAAUAUAUAAGAUGUGGAAAGAUAGUGAUAGCGAUAGCAUUCACAGACUUUCUUGUAAUGUGCCACUGCCAUAAUUGCCUACCCUGCUCUAUGCCAUGGAACUUGUUUUAGUCAAUGUUCUCUUAAACCAAAUUCUAGUGAUUUUUUGUUUUUUUUUAAUUUUUUUUAAAUCUUAUCUGAGCAUAAUAAACGUACAAAAUAAUAAGCAUCAUACUGACUGAAGAAGAGCAUCAAAAUGCAUGGUUCCGCUUGCUCAAGGAAUUAAGUAAGUGUUUGUGCUCGUUCCCCAUGCACUAUGGAAAAAAAAUGAAAAGGAUUUGUAGAGGUAGUCAAGAUGUGGGUGUAGGGCACAAUUGUACAAAAGGGGCAACAUGCCAUGGUAGCAGUAUGCAAAUUAAGGGCAAAAGAGUUUUAGAAUGCUACUGAUUGAGGUACACUAUGUUCUUAAGAAGUAGGGAACUAUUGCUCUUCUCGACUUCCGCCUUGUUGGACCUCCAUUUUCCGCAUCCAUUAAGUUGGGUUUAGUGCCUAGAGCUGGAUAUUUUUUUUUUUAAAACAAAUAAAAUAUCAUAUUUGUUGUGAUUUGAUGAAGAGUAAGACAGGUGUAAAAAGUACAAGUACAUCAUCAUAAACCAACAAGACUAUGUAUGCAGAUACAAAUUUCUUUGCAGGACAUUUUAAAAAAAAAAACAACAAUUUUUUUGUUUAUUAUUUUAACAUCAUGAACACUAAAUAAACUAAACAAAAACAUGGUCUCACACACUUCAUUUCAAAAUUAGGAUAAAUAUGUAGAAAAUAUUUUAUUUAUUGCCAUUGUAGGUCGGAUUAAGUUGAGGGUAUUAAAAAGGAGUGGCCCAUCUAUAGGAUCCCAUUUCAUUGUUUGACAGGUGGUUUAUCCGCUAUUACUCUAGUUAAGAUACCAGUCUGUGAAUUCAAUAAUGGAUUUUAUUUUGGACUGGAGUGAUCUAUCUAAAGAAGUAAUGUAAUUGAUAUAUGUUGCCAUUUUCACACGUUUGUAAUGAAGCUUCAGUAUUUGUGAAGCAGUGACACACCAUGUCCACAUAUGCUAUUAUCUGGCCUCACGUUAGACAUUUGCCACAACGACAUUGGGUCAUUCAAAUGGUCCAAAUUGUCGUCUUUGUAGCUGGAGCAGGCCUCCUCCAACAAGUUCCUAAAGGAGUUGUGCGUAUUCUCUAUUGAGGAGUAAAUGGGCUAGAAUAGAUGAAAAACAAUGUAUAUGGGGAUAUAGUCCGAAACAAGUAUGCUGUAGAUUUCAGCAUGUAUUAGUUUUGGAAUUAGUUCAGGGGAGAAAUCUAUCCUAGAUUGGGUAUUGUAGGCUCUGGAUGUGUGUGUGUGAGAGAGUGUGAUUGCUGACCUCAAUGUUCUAAAUGUGCCAGACAUCUGUGAGGCAAAGCUUCCUCUGAAAGUGGAGAAGGCCCUGGUCUUCCUGGGAGAGGGUUGAUGGAGCAGAGCCAGAUUUAUUCACCCAUCUAUCACCACAUUAAAUUCUCCAAUUAUCAAAUUUGAACCUCUAAAAGAAAGUAAGAGAUUAAAGGAACGCUAUAGUGUUAAGAAUAGAAAGCAUUGACUCAAUGCUUUGCUAAGGGGUUUUUCAACUUGUGAGUAUGUCCAUUGUUGUUUCACAAAGUCAAACUCUUUAAAACUGUAGGAAAUGCUUCUAGUGGCUGCCUGGCAGAUGGCCAGCGCUGCGGAAUUUGUUGGUGCUUUAUAUAUAAUAAUACUAGAGGCAGUCUUAACUCUGCAAUGAAAACACUGCAGUUUCUCUAAAAUUAUCUAAAAAUGUUAGCGGUAACUAUCUAGUGCUAAAAGGAACCCGUUCUUUCCUAAUCUUACCAGCAAAUACAACUCUCCAGGGUUCAUUUAUGCUACUUUUUGUGCAUGCUACAUUCAAACAAAAUGUUACAUUUUUAAAAAAUUAUUUAGGUCUUCCUUUUAUUUUUUUUUCAAGCUGUUCCUAGGCUUUAAACCAAAAAGGGUCUAGUGUCCCUCAGUCAAUAUUGGUUUUUGAAGCAUGCAUAUAUCCUGAACACUUCUGCCACUGAAUUAUGGGUGCUAUAGUGUGCACCCUUGAAUGGCUACCAUUAAUGGCUGUGGGGAAUGCAUAGUCAUAGUAGUGAGUGUUUAGCUUUCUGUUCACUACAGCCCCUCUGAUGAAAUCGAAAUGCCCAACAAUCAAUACGAGCAAUAAUGGUGGAAAUAUAAGAUCUUCCCUCCCCCUCUCCAAUUGUAAAAUAUUUUUUUAAAAAGGGGCACACAGCAGUGGGAGGGUGUAAUAGAAAAGUAAAUGAACUGUUAUGAACUGUGAAUUUUGCGCUUUUUGUUUUUAUUUUUUUGUUUAAAUCUCAGCUGGGAAAACCCUUCAGAUCUUCAACAUUGAGAUGAAGAGCAAAAUGAAAGCUCACACUAUGUCAGAGGAAGUCAUUUUCUGGAAGUGGAUAUCUGUGAAUACUGUGGCCCUUGUGACAGAGACAGCAGUAUACCAUUGGAGCAUGGAGGGUGACUCCCAACCUCAAAAAAUGUUUGAUCGUCAUGCCAGUCUGGCCGGAUGCCAGGUCAUCAAUUACAGAACAGAUGAGCAGCAGAAAUGGCUUCUUCUGAUUGGCAUUUCUGCUCAGGUAAUAAAAAAAUAGAAUUAAAAAAAUCCUUUUAUUUAUUUAUUUAUUUUUUAAAAUUCCGCAGAGAGAAUUAAACGUGCUCUGAGUUAAAUGAACAGUCUUUAAAUCAACUGUAGAGAAAUGCCUUUAUGUUCACUGGCCACUCUAUGUUUAUUAUAAAGGGGAUAUUAAAAUACUGGAUAUCUCCUCCUUGUAGUGGCGAGUCUGUGAUAAAUUUGGCCUCUGUUUUGACAUAAACUGGUAUUUUGGCUUCAUAGCGUAUUAUCAUCAUAUUUAAGGCACCAAAGUAUUGUGCAGAGCUGUACGUUGAGUGGACAUGCAAGUCCAUUAACAAGGAUAUGUUUGACUAACAUAUACAGUUGGUUGUGAAGGGAUUGAUGCAUUAUCCGUAAUGUCUUCUGUAAGGUUCAGACAAUGCUUUUGGUUUAGAACUUAGUGUCUUGUAAGUACAUAAUGAAACCCUGGUUACUUAUCUACUUUUGUUAGUGUGACCAUAUUGGUGUAUUGGUUGCCAUGUUGGUAGAGAUUAGUAGCUCGUAGGGAUUAGUCAUAUUCUCUUGGGUCCUUGAUGUGUUGUGGGAUGUCAUCCCAUUUUGUAGCAUUUUGUAUCAGUGUCCCUCCAUCUUCUCCAUAAUUACCCCAUAUGAUUAGUAUACAGUCAACUAAAUGAUCAGUCUUGGCAGGCUCCAUGCAGUAAUUAAUACUGUUCUGUUUACAAAGAUAUGCUUUGCAUUAAUUAUUUAUGUUCGGAAUUUAAGUUUGCUUGGGAUGUUUUUUUUUGUUUUUGUUAUUUUUAAUGGUUUUCUUUAAUGAUUUUUGUUUAUUUUGUAUUUUUUGGCAAACUACUCAAUUUGAAAGAAUUUUGAAAGCCUUUUCUCUUCUUCAUCAUCGUCAUUUCUUGUUAACACAUGUAUUCUGGACAUGCAUUCCGUACCAUAGGGCUGUCCAUUUGUUGUUUGACAGCAGUUCCAUGUUAACUGAUUGAGAUGUGGUUCUUACUGGCUUAUUGUUCUGUAUGCCAUAUUACCCAUACUUCCAUCUUGUUUCCUGCAUACUCUUUUUUUUUUCAACUAAUCUUUUUCAAUUAUAUAUAUUUACAUACACACAUGACAAAAUUAUAAAUGUAGGACUUUUGUUUUUGCUCCCAUUUCUCAUGAACUGAACUCAAAGAUCGAAGACUUUUUCUAUGUACACAAAAGGCCUAUUUCUCUCAAUGGCACAUUUUAGAGUGGCCUUUUAUUUUGGCCAGCCUAAGGCACACCUGUGCAAUAAUCAUGCUGUCUAAUCAGCAUCUUGAUAUGCCUGUGAGGUGGAUGGAUUAUCUCGGCAAAGGAGAAGUGCUCACUAAGACAGAUUUAGACAGAUUUGUGAACAAUAUUUGAGAGAAAUAGGCCUUUUGUGUACAUAGAAAGUCUUAGAUCUUUGAGUUCAGCUCAUGAAAAAGGGGGCAAAAACAUAGUGUUGCGUUUAUUAUUUUGUUCAGUGUGUGUAUGUAUAUAUAUAAUUUUUUACAUUUUGUUUUAAAUAUAUAUUUACUUCUUUAAUCCUUGUAGCAAAACCGUGUUGUGGGAGCAAUGCAGUUAUAUUCUGUGGACAGGAAGGUCUCCCAGCCUAUAGAAGGCCAUGCUGCAGCAUUUGCUGAAUUCAAGAUUGAAAGAAACUCAAAACCUUCAACUCUGUUCUGCUUUGCUGUGCGUGGGCAGGCUGGUGGCAAGGUAAGUCCUGGUUCUCUACUAAAGAUACUAGAAAGUAUAGUCUGUGUAUGCAGGACACUUGACAGCAGUUCUAGUGCUGCGCAGAUUAUCAAGGAUACUCUUAUAAAUAACCAGGUAUAGUUCUUAUAGUACAUUGGAGAAUGAGGAAGUAAACCAUUAAAGGGACACUAUAGUCACCAGAACAACUACAGUUUAUUGAAUUUGUUCUGGUGAGUAGAAUCAUGACCUUCAGGCUUUUUGCUGUAAACACGGUCUUUUCAAAGAAAAUGCAGUGUUUACAUUACAGCCUAGUGAUAACUUCACUGGCCACUCCUCAGAUAGCUGUUAGAGAUCCUUCCUGGGUCGUGGCUGCUUAAAUGCAUCCAAACAUUCAGUGUUAGACACUGAACUUUCCUCAUAGAGAUUCAUUGAUUCAAUUCAUCUCUAUGAGGAAAUGCUGAUUGGCCAGGGCUGUGUUUGAAUCAUGCUGGCUCUGCCUCUGAUUUGCCUCGUUGUCAGUCUCAGCCAGUCCUAUGGGGAAGCACUGUGAUUGGAUCAGGCUACCACUUCUGAUGUCAGCAGACUGCUUGUUUUUUUUUUUGGCAAACAGCAUGCAGAGCUACAGCUUCAUGUUUGAAUACAGUAAGAUUUUACCAUAUUUAUGGAGGCAUGAGGGGCCCAGGGGGGCUAGAUGGUGGUGUUAACACUAUAGGGUCAGGAAUACAUGUUUCUGUUCCUGACCCUAUAGUGAUCCUUUAAAUGAUUUAAUGCACCAACUGUAAAAUCUUGACCUGUUUAAGGUAAAUAAUAAGGUUUAAAAUAUUUAACCUCUGUGAUGGUUUUGUUUAUAUAUUUUUUUGUUUUCUGAGAUAUUUAAUUUCUCUGUCAUCCUUUCUGAUAUUCUGUAGAACAUGUGAUAGAGCUUGACUAAUAUGUCAGUAGUUGGCCACUAAUAUAUGAACACAUGCUUUAGCCUGGCUGCUGUAAUAACAUUCUAAAUCUUAAAAUUUUACAGUGCGUUGCAUAGUAUUUUUACCAUUUGAUUUAUACAUGGUAUCUAACUUAGAAGAUUAUUUUUUUUUCUUCCCUCUAAUGCAAAUAUGUAUUAUUAAAAACACAAAACAAACUGGAACAUUGGCGGCAUAAAGUAAUUACCCUAUGAAACCCUUACGUUCUUGGACAACAAACUGCUUUCUGGAAUAACAUAUAAAGUUGAACGGAGUCCAUCUGUGUGCAAUGAAAAUGCCACUAUGUCAAAAUAAUACAUUACAAUAUUAUUUAUAAACUGCCAACAUAUUUCACAGUGCUGGAUACAUCUAGAUGUACCUGAGUGGCCCCAGUGUUUUAAAGACAACUUAUCUAAACAAACUGCAUCACGGUCACCAAGUUGCUAUUGUAGGAAGUGAACUUUGAACAUCCCAAUGGUACCGUUAAAGGGAUACUCUAAGUAUCAUAACGUCUAAAGUCUAUUGAACAGGUUGAAUUUAUGAGCAGUUUUUCUCUACUUAUAUUUUAGAGUAGUUUGACCAAAACGUGGGCAUUCAUAUCUUUUACAGACUAGCACUCACUACCUACUUUAAAUUUGGGCAAUGAUAAGCCUGGGACUGGUUAGCCCUGUGCUCCCAACCUAUGAUUGCCAUCCUACGUUGGAUGGACUAAUGCUGAAGUUCACUUUCAAAUUCAUCCAGCUCCAGGAGAACCUUGUUUUUGUCAAACUGCUCCAUACCAAACCAUGUGGACUAGCCAAAGACUUUUUGCGUCAUGACCAUGACAUUAAGAUUUAGUCAUUACUAUUCUUUGAAUGCUCCCUUAAAUCUGUUGUUUGACAAAACAAACAAACCUGAAAGGGUUACUCCAAGUACCAUGACGAUUUUAGUGAUUUGAAGUGUUCAUGGUGCCUGGAGUCUAUAUCUGCAUGUUGAAACAUUUUGCUUUGCACACACAGUUUAAAGCAUGCUUUCCCAGCCAAUUACACUGGGAUUGGUGCUGAUUAGCUGGCAAUGCCCAGCACCGAUUACAAUCGCUUGUGAACAAUGCCAGUGAGCAUGAUGGCUCAGCCAUCAUGUUCGUAAUAAAUUUAAAAUGCUGUAUGCAGCACUGACAUUCAGCUCACCUGUCCGUCUCGGGCCACUGAAAAAGCCCAAGCUGACAUAGGGGAGCACCAUGUAUCUACUGACACCUGGCUCUCCUGCUGUGAACAGGGAUUUAACCCUGCUCAUACCACAUUGCAGCAAUAGGCAUUUAAAUGCCUACUUAAAAUGUUUGAGCACAGCAUACAGCUCACCUGUCACUCUGGGAUCACUAAAACGGCCCCAGCUGACAAAGGGGUGCCCCAUGUAUCAAUUGAUACCGAACAGACUCUGGUGUGAGUGAGAAUUUAACACUACUAACACUAAAAUGUAAGGAUGUGUCAAUAUGUCCUAAUGGUGUUAUAGCCCAGUGUAGUUAGGACAUUUUGACAAUUCCUAACUUUGUUAAAGUGAUUAAACACAUAUGUAAGAUACUGUAUGAGUGAGGUCUCACAUACUGAAGCAGUAGGUGAUGUAACCUCCACAUGCACACAUUUUCCUAACUCUACAGAAUUUGUUAGAGAAAGUUGGAAGAUUAAAAACAGAUCUCAGAUAUAAGUUCUGAUAUGUACUUAAUGUAUCUCCAGCUGCAUAUCAUUGAGGUCGGACAGCCUGCGAAUGGGAACCAGCCUUUUACCAAGAAAGCCGUCGAUGUUUUCUUUCCUCCUGAAGCUCAGACUGACUUCCCGGUGGCAAUGCAGGUAAUAAAUACUGUACAGUAAGGGGGUUCAGCAGCUCAGUUUGAUUCCUGUUUGCUCUCUUAGUAAAUUUUGUUAUUAUUAUAUCAAUACGUUUCUGUGUAGGUGAUAUGUAUAUAAAUUGAUUUGACAUUUAGAGAUUAACAAAUAUUAUGAUCAUUCCAAAAAAAACAAUUAGAAAGUUUUUCCUCUUCAUGAGUAGGUGUACCGUGUGAUAUUUCUGUUUAUGAUUGGAAAUACCUUUUUUUUCAAUUGCCCAAAUGUAUCAACUGUUUAUCCAAAUGUGGGCUGUUCAGAAACUUAAAUUGAUCACAGAUGGCUACCCACUUACUAAAUCCAGACUGCUGCAAAUAACUCUAAGAACAUUACACAAACUUCAGUCCUUUCAGGAACUGAAAUACUGGCUUAUGCCGAGUUUACAAACUUCUGUACGUCAACGGAGCUCUCUUUAACCAUCUGGUUUAAUUUUUUCACGCAAAGAGGCAAAACAGCCCUAGACUAGCUGUGAGAAAUAGUAUUUAACCACUACGUAGAAACUAAUUAUUUGAGUUCUCCAUGCAUUUCUCAGUAAAGAGCACAGUAUCUUACCACGUCAGCGUCCCUGUUUUUUUUUUUUUUUAAGGAGAUGUUUUUGUUUAAAUCUUCCACUGCUCACCUGAUAAUGGAUUUUAAAUUGAAAUAAUCAAUUUUAUUUUAUUUGCAGUCCAUUGUGAAAUUCUUUCUAAAUGUGUAUAGUCACUGUUGCAAUAUGUCGGUGUAGCCUUUUUUUUUCUUCUUCUUCGUCUUCAGAAGAGAUAUCUGCAGGGCUUUCUUUCUCUUUUAACAUUACAGGAAAUAAUAUGCAACCUAACCUGUCUAUUUGCAGUUCACCAGUUACCCGAGUAAAUAAGAAAUAGCUCUGAACAAAGUUGGCAUUUGGAGACACAAGUGGCAAUACAUAUAAAUAAAUGUUAGUCAAAGCAAUUCAAUUCAAUGAAAAUUAAGAAGAAUCCAUGUGUAAAUUUAUUAGAGUGGAGAUCACUUCAUUUUACUACAGAAAAUUAUUCUGUAUGUUGGAAAGAGACCUGUUUAUUUUAUUUUUUUUAUAAUCUCUUGGGGUAGGUAAGCCAUGAAAGUGGGCCAUUUACCACAUACUUUUCUGGACAACUUGCUCUAAUGAGAGUUGUCAUGACUGAUGAAUUGUAUCAUUUUUGGCUGAAUUUUGAAAGGCCUGAGAAGAGGAAGAUAUAGUAAUUUUCACGAAUUCACCAUGCUAUACACCUGGUGUGCAUUAAAUGACUGUCUUUUAUAUGUUUAAACAGAUAAUGUGGAGGUAAAUGUAGACAACAUUUUAAUUUAAAGAUUAAAAGCUCUUUAAUUUAAAGCUCUUUCUCUAGCACUUGUGGUUCUUCAUUUUCAUUGUGUUUUUUUUUUUUUUUUCCUCCUACAGAUUGGUACUAAGCAUGGAGUUAUAUAUCUGAUCACAAAAUAUGGCUAUAUACACAUGUAUGAUCUGGAAUCCGGUGCCUGUAUCUAUAUGAACCGCAUCAGUGCUGAUACCAUCUUUGUCACUGCUCCUUAUGAGCCGACCUCUGGUAUUAUUGGUGUCAACAAGAAAGGGCAGGUAGGUAUUCAUUUUCCAUUUAGGAUGUCCAUUACAAUUAUAUGUGCUUACCUUAUGUACACAUACAAGCAUUAUUUAAAAAUAACAGAACAUUCAGGAUUUCACUGUAUAUAGUGACUACUUUAUUAUAUGCAGUUAAGUCAAUGCACCUUUCCUCUACAACUUAAAAGACUAACCUAUAGUCCAUCUGAUGUGAAACUAAUUUGAUAUGCUGAAAGCUUUCAAAGACUACUGGCACCAUCCCAUGGUAAGUAUUGAGACCAUUAUUUGUACGGUUUAAUUACUUACCUGGGUCCCCGACAGGUGUCCGCAGCAGCCUCUGUCUGUCUACUCCUAUAGGAGAUCUGGGUAUUUCUACUUGGCUGUAGUGGUUGGGAUGUUCCUUCAAUACAUUUUUCUAGAAUUUUAAAGAAUUGACCAAAAAUUAAAAUCCAGGAAAACUUUCAUUAACCACAAACUCCUACACGUUAGUGCUUUCUGCCUUUUUACUCGCAUGCAAACGAUAAUCAUAACUAGUGAUGUCCCGAACGGUUCGCCGCGGACUCAUCAUUGAGUAAACUUUGACCCUGUACCUCACAGUCAGCAGUCACAUUCCAACCAAUCAGCCGCAGACCCUCCCUCCCAGACCCUCCCACCUCCUGGACAGCAUCUAUUUUACAUUCAUUGUGAAGCUGCAUUCUUAGUGAGCUGUCCAGGAGGUGGGAGGGUCUGCUGCUCAUUGUCUGGAAUGUGUCUGCUGACUGUGAGGUACAGGGUCAAAGUUUACUCAAUGAUGAGUCCACGGCGAACCGUUCGUGAACCUUUCGGCGAACCGUUCGGGACAUCACUAAUCAUAACACAUCAGCUACUUUUAGAAGGUUAUCCCGAAGUGCCUAUACUCACACUCAUGUAACACACUACAUUAUGCUCAAGAUGUGUCACAUUUAAAAAUCUGUUUCUACAUUCACAUUUUCAGAAACAUAGACCCAAUAAAUUCUAUAGUUUUACUCUUUCCUCUUAUUUUAAAAUAUUGAAAAGGAGUAUAUUAAAGUAAAUUCUAUAGCAAAUACUACUGUAGUGAUUUAUUUUUUAUUUUUAUAUAACUUGAUACAGGAUAUGUACACUCAAUUACAGAUAUAUAUGUUUUUCUCGAUUCUAAAUCCAUUUAUUGUACCACUCCCCUGUUAGGUGCUCUCAGUCUGUGUUGAGGAAGACAACAUUGUGAAUUAUGCCACCAAUGUGCUGCAAAAUCCAGACCUGGGUCUUCGCAUGGCCAUCCGUAGCAAUCUUGCAGGGGCCGAGGAGCUGUUUGCAAGGAAGUUCAACACAAUGUUCGCCCAAGGAAAUUACUCAGAGGCAGCAAAGGUGGCAGCAUCUGCUCCAAAGGUAUCCUUCUCUUUUCAGUAUAGUACACAUCCCGUGAUGCUUAUUAUACAUUUUCCCUGAAAUUAUUAUCUAUGUUUCCAGGGAAUCCUGCGCACAGCAGACACAAUCAGGAAGUUCCAGACUGUUCCUGCUCAGCCUGGGCAAGCAUCACCUCUGCUCCAGUAUUUUGGUAUACUAUUGGAUCAAGGGCAGCUAAACAAGCUGGAGUCACUAGAGCUUUGUAGGCCUGUUUUGCAGCAAGGGCGCAAGCAGCUCUUGGAAAAGUGGCUGAAGGAAGAUAAGGUAAGCUACAUGCAAUUUAAUUACCUAUUCGUUCAAUUGAUCAUGCUAUUAGACCACCCAAGUUAUUUCAAACAAACAGUGGGCUUAACAAAUUAUCCAAAGAUAAAGUGGAAAUAAUGUGUACCCAAAGCAAGUGAAGCUUGUUAAUGCUUAUCAAGUUGCAAGCCAUCUUACUUGUUGUUAGCUGUGACAGCUCCUAUGUUUCUCCAUGCUGCAUUAUGUUCCCUUUAUUUGCCAUGCCCUCUAUGUGGACCAGCUUAGCCAUCACUUCCUUAUUUUCCAAACAGAUACAUGUUUUGAUUGUGAUGCAUAUGUAGGGAAUAAUGGAUUAAUUUAUCACCGUUCAUUAAUAAUAAUCCAGAUUUGCAGUUUUGAGUCUUAAACUGUUACUAUUAUUAUUACUGGAAUUUAUAAAGCACCAACACAUUCUGCAGUGCUGUUUGAUUGUGAAUUUUUACCGAGUGUUCAACUAAAGCAAAUAGUUCGCAUACACGUCUUCCUACUUUGAAUGUUACUGUAUGAUACAAAAAAAGCUAUAUUUCUUUCCUAACACAAGAUGGCAGUGCCAGAUCAUGUACUGGAGACAAUUCGUGAAAUAAUGUUCAGCUUACAAGAUUCAGUUAGUUGAAACUUUCAAGUGAAACAAGGUCACCCAAGGGUUUAUUCCUUACGUUUUAAAUACAUUAAUUUUUUUUAAUUUUUUUAAAUUCUUUAUUUUUGUUGUGGAAAAUUUCCACAAGUUUUGGUGAUAACAUACAUUCUUCCAGUUCAGAAAGAUAAAAGACAAACAUAACAGUAAUUAGUGACAUACAAGAGUUAAUUGUGACUUAACAGAUGGGUCCCCUGUUGGUUAAGUUUGGAUCUCCUGACAUGUCCCUGUGAGGUGCUCUCCUUUCUCUCUCUUGAGUCGUACGUGCCGUCUCUAUCCCGCUUUUCACUUGAUGCCUCCCUUAGUCUACGAUAUGGCACAUGUGCACAGCGUCCAAACCUUUUAAAUACAUUCUUAAAUCUGAACUGAAAUUUUAUUUAAACUUUCUUAUUAUAAUCAAAGUUAUUUUUAGCCAUAAAUAUCAAAACAAGACAACAUUGAUUAUAAGAUGCUCAUCUUAUUUUUUUUCAUUCUUUAUUUUCGUACUGCAUUGCAUAAUAAACAUGUAUUCAUAGACAGUUCACAAUAAUAUGAGCAACAGUAAACAAUGUAAGUGGGUGCUCAUCUAGAAUUGUAUUGAAAUAAAACACCUUUAUCUCCCCUUCUUGAUAUUUUUUAAUGUUCUGUACUGUGCAGAUAGUAUAGAGACAUUCUAGUCCCUGUCAUUAAUUCUCUAGCUCUCAUUUCCAGAAAAUUAGAACAGUAAGUGCAGACAAGUGGAUACGUCUGUAUCAGCUGGUUCCUGUGAAUUAAAAACAAAAGUGUAAAUGUACUAAAUAUUGUCAAAGAGUAGAGUAAAUCUUGAAAGAUAAAUUGUUUAAAUAUUGUGUUGACUGUGGCCAUAUUUUGAAGGAUACAUUUAUGGCAAUCUUUAUAGGGAUUUUCAUUGUGAAUUUUAGUGUGUGACCAAUACUCUAUUUUUCGGUUCAGCUGGAGUGUUCCGAGGAGCUUGGAGACCUGGUGAAGGCUGUUGAUCCGACUCUUGCUCUAAGUGUUUACCUACGUGCUAGUGUGCCAAAUAAAGUGAUCCAGUGCUUUGCAGAGACGGGACAGUUCCAAAAAAUAGUGUUGUAUGCCAAAAAAGUAAGACCUCCCCCAAUAUAUGUCGUGUUAUACUUUACAAUGAUUCAUGUUAGGGAUCGACCGAUAUUGUUUUUUCAGAGCCGAUACCGAUAAUCUGUGAACUUUCAGACCGGUAGACGAUAACUUACCGAUAUUCUGUACAUUUACGAUUUUGAAAAAAUAAACAAUUUCUAAAGGUAAAUGCACAAAAUAUACAUGCCACAUGUAGUGGAUGCAGUGUGUUUAGACAGGGGAGAUGUGUUUGUUUGUGUAGUGGAUGCAGUGUGUGUUUGUGUAGUGUGUGUAUAUAAUGAAUGCAUGGUGUGUUGUGUAGUGGGUGCAGUGAGUGUUUGUGUAGUGUGUGUGUGUGUAUAUAUAGUAAAUGCAGAGUGUUUGUGUGUGCGUUUGUGUAGUGUGUGUAUAGAAUGCAGUGUGUGUGUAUAGAAUGCAGUGUGUGUGUGUAAAAUGCAGUGUGUGUGUGUGUGUAGAAUGCAGUGUGUGUGUGUGUGUGUGUGUGUAGAAUGCAGAAUGCAGUGUCUGUGUGUGUGUAGAAUGCAGUGUCUGUGUGUGUGUAGAAUGCAGUGUGUGUGUGUGUGUGUGUAUAAUGUAGUGUGCAUUAUAUACACACACACACUCUGCAUUAUAUACACAGUGAGUGUGUGUAUUGUGUGUAUAUAAUGCAGAGUGUGUGUAUAUAAUGCAGUGUGUGUGUGUAUAAUGCAGAGUGUGUUUAUAAUUUAGUGUGUGUGUAGUGUGCAUUAUACACACACACACUGCAUUAUAUACACAGUGUUUGUGUAGUGUGUGUGUAUAUAUAGUGUAGUGUGUGUGUAUAAUGCAGUGUGUGUGUAAAAUGCAGUGUGUGCAUAUAAUGCAGUGUGUGUGUGUGUAGUGUGCAUUAUAUACACACACUGCAUUAUAUACAGUGUUUGUGUAGUGUGUGUAUAUAUAAUGCAGUGUGUGUGGUGUGUGUGUAUAUAAUGUAGUGUGCAUUAUAUACACAGUGUUUGUGUAGUGUGUGUAUAUAAUGCAGUGUGUAGUGUGCAUUAUAUACACACACUGCAUUAUAUACAGUGUGUGUGUGUGUGUGUGUGUGUGUGUGUGUGUAUAUAAUGCAGAGUGUGUUUAUAAUGUAGUGUGUGUGUAGUGUGCAUUAUAUACAGUGUUUGUGUAGUGUGUGUGUGUAUAUAAUGCAGUGUGUGUGUGUAUGUAGUGUAGUGUGUGUGUGUGUGGAUAUAGUGUAGUGUGUGUGUAGUGUGCAUUAUAUACACACACUCUGCAUUAUAUACACAGUGUUUGUGUAGUGUGUGUAGUGUGUGUGUGUGUAUGUAGUGUAGUGUGUGUAGUGUGCAUUAUAUACACACACACACACUCUGCAUUAUAUACACAGUGUUUGUGUAGUGUGUGUGUGUGUAUAUAAUGCAGUGUGUGUGUGUUUCUGAAGGGAUGGAAUUUGUGUAAAAUGGGGGGAGGAGGGAAUUAUUUAUUUUAAUAUUUGUUUUAUUUAUUUUUGUCCCCCCUCCCUGCUUGUUGCCUGGCCAGGGAGGGGGAUAUGGCAUUUAGCCUUUAGCUCCCCUGUGUAAAUCUCGCAGUCUGCGUGCCGUGCGGAGCAUUGCCAUGGUAACACGUGGCAACGCUCUGACGGCCGCAAGACUCGCCAGAUGUACACAGGGAGCUGAAGGUAGCUGCUGGGUAUGUAACAGCUUGCUGCCGGCCCUCCAGGACCGCCGGGCUUGUAAUGGGCCCGGCAGUCCUGGUAUGUAUUAUUGGCAAUAUCGUUAUCUCUCUUGGCCGAUACCGAUAUUGCCGAAAAUACUGAAUAUCAGCCGAUAAUAUCGGUAAAACAUAUAAUCGGUUGAUCCCUAAUUCAUAUUGUACUUGUCUAGUUAAAAGAAAAGUUCAUAUAUUUCAUUAUUGUGGAUAACCAUGUUACCAUGUUAGGUUGGCUACACUCCAGACUGGAUCUUCCUCCUUCGGAGUGUCAUGCGGAUAAGUCCAGAGCAAGGCCUCCAGUUCUCCCAAAUGCUAGUGCAAGAUGAGGAACCUUUAGCAAACAUCAACCAGGUAAGGAGUUCAUUUUAACUGGGGAAAAGUGUGUGUUUUUUUUAUAUAGCAACUUUAAUCUUUCCUAUUUACCCAAAAGACAAGAAAAGAGAUAAAAGAAAAAUGUAAACUUGUUGGAUGUUGUAUUAGGUUUAUCGCCCUAUCAAUAACACAAAUGCCCAAAAAUCGGUAAUGCGUACUUAUGUAAUUAUUUGUAGGCUAUUUAGUCUAGUCCCUAGUUUGAAAGCAAGAGAUUUCUGUACUAGACAAGGCUAGUCUUUGGCUGCCUCAAAGUAUAUGAGGAAUGUUUUUUUUGAGCCUAGAGGGAGAGAUUGAUUAUGUAUACUGUUGAGCUGAGGUAUUCAUUUGUUGUUUUUUUUAUUUUAAUGCAAGUGGACAGUGUUUCACACAUAUUUGCAACAUUAGACAUUGAACAGAGAUUCAGCACCUCUGGGUCUAAUAUGAUUGAUUCUGAUUAGUUACUAACACCUCAGUUGUUCUCUCCCUCUAACAUCUUCCUUUUUAGCUGAACCCCUUUAACUGUAUCACUGAUUAUUUGGAUGUUUGGGUUAUUGAAAGCAGGGCGAUAUACCUACUACAACAUUUAACUAGCUUUACCUUUUUUACCCCAUCGAAAUACUGAGAACGCCUUGUUUUUGUUUUUGGUAAAGCAAUUUUUUCUUAUUUAGGGUUCUGUUUUGCUACAACCAAAAAAAAAGUUUUACACGAUUUACUGUUCAGGGUGUUCUGUAAAGAUUUACCAAGCAGCACCUAUUGUGUUCAGCAAAUGUAAAUUAAAUGUAACUUAACUAAGUGCAGGAUUAGAAUGAAUUUGGGCUAUUUAAUGAGUAAGAAUGCAGGAAAGAUGAUAUCCAGCUGGAUCAUUUAAUGGUUCUUCAUUCUAUUUUUACAUUAAAUGGACCAAUUAUACGCCUAUCAAUAAUUAGGCUGUAAUUACAUCUCUCUGGUGGAGAAUACAGUAUAAACCAAUUAUGGGUCAAGAGGUCUACACAAUGUAAUUAAGAAUCCAUGUAUUACAUGUAGCUAAUCACAUCUGCAUUUAUUUAUUGAUGUUCUUGUUCUGCAAUGUCAGUAUCAUGUAUAAUAUGAUGUUUGGCCUUCAGUGACAGUGUUGCUACAGUAAACAUAUUAAAAAUGCUUGUGAUGUUCAUAGACUGUCCUGGAAAACAACUAGAACAAGGUAAAUAAAUCAGUUUUGGUUGCAUUUAUUAAUUGGAUAACUAUUUUUUUUUUUUUUAGCAGCGUUUCUAACUGCAGCCACAGUCUGUAUAUCUAAGUACAAGUUCUCAAUCUCCUUUAUUUAAUCAAAAACUGCAUUUGAUUGUGCUUCGUGGUUCACUGCAAGCUUUGGUUUCAAGCAGUUCUAACAUGCAAUAAAACUAUAUAUGGUAUUGUACGACAAUUAGUGGCUUAUCAUUGUAGUUGUUAUGGUACCAUCAUCCUUUUUGAUGACAUCUCCCCAUUUUUAUUCACUCAUUUAUUGGAUAAAUGUUUUUUUUAGUUUUUUUUUUAUAAAAGAACCUAAAACACACAUGCACUUUGCAGCUGCUCUGGUAAUAUGGAAGAUUCACUUAUGUAUUUUGCAUCCUAAACCUUCCAGCCAUGAAUGGCAGUGAAAUGGUAGGGAGGGCUAGCCUUGCACUCCCAGCCUUUUUUUACCAUCCGAGGAGAUUUUAAAUGGACAAUGUAGAAAUAAGGUUUCCGUAUUAUCUGGGCCAAUGCAGAAGGACAAACUUUGGCUGGGGUUGUGUUUUUUUUUUAAAUUUAUUUAUUUAUUUUUAAUAUUCUACAGAGAACAAGUAUCAUUUAGUUUGCAACUUGUCUUCAGCAUCACAUAUACUACUCUGUCCUUAGAUUGUGGAUGUCUUUAUGGAGAACAGUCUGAUCCAGCAGUGCACAUCAUUCCUGCUUGAUGCAUUGAAGAAUAACAGACCAACUGAGGGUCAUUUGCAGACUCGCCUGCUUGAGAUGAACCUUAUCCAUGCUCCACAGGUAUGCCCUUGGGCCUCCUGCUUAUUUUAGCAAUGGAACCUGACUUAUUAAGUUAAUAUUCUAGGUACGAUUAUGCAUUAAAAAUGAUUCACAUUUUGCAUUAAAAAUUUUGGCAAAUAAUAAUAAAAUUACCUUUUAAAAGUGUUCAUUUGAUGCACUGCUUAGUGUUCUCCUACACCAGGAUGAGAAGCUUGAAUCAAGGUUAUUUCAUUUUGGUCUGUGUGGACUGAUCAUAUCCCCCUAAUAAUAAUGUUUGCUCCAGCAGAGAAUUGUGUAAUAAAAAGUUUAGCCCAAAAGAGCCAUUCCAGUUACCACGUAGACGGACUUCAACUUCUCAAUAAACUGAUAAAAGCCAUACUGCUACAACUACUAUUCAUUUAUACACUUCCCAGUUUACUGUGUUUUGCUAUGACCUGCGAGUAUAGGAGGGUGAGAUUGACCCUGACCACCUGGAACAAAUCUUUCCGGGCUCUCUCAUUUAUAGGUGUGGUGUGCUCAUUUUAUUUAUUUUUAAACUGUUGUGCUGGAUUAAGAAAAUAGGUUGGGUGUUUUUAAUUGUGUACUAUAGUGUACUAAUGUUUGUACCAAAAUGCAUUUUAUAUAGAUCUGUUGCUGAACUGAACUUUGUGUUUAAUUUUACACAUGUAAAACUACACUGGUGGGGGAAAAAAGCUCCAGUAGUUUUGUCUGGGUCUUUUCCCUGACUGAUCCAAUUCAUUAUAUACCCUUGCGAUGGAGUAUGGGGAUGAGAGAGAAACAGAUUGGCAAUGUUGUCUCCUAUGGACUACAUAGACUGUGCACUUCUUAACUAUGACUAAAGCUUCAGGGGAAUAUAACCGAAUGGUGGAGAGAUAAACCGUGCAUAGGGGUAGAUAUAUAUAUGGUAGGCGAUAUUCAUAUAAAUAAAAUGAGACCACACAAUAACCACAGACAACGUUUAAUUACUUUUCAAUGGGCUUGGCUGUGGUGUUUAUUUAAACCAUAACUUUGUAACCAUAGCCAUAUAACAUAUGGUUCACCAACUUUUAAAACUUUUAACUUUAUUAACCACCAUAUUGCCAGUCAGUCAUAACUAACAUGACCGCCUUUUAUUUAAAACCAUUUACCACCAUAUCCCUCCUUAGAACUUGACCCUGAGAAUGACUUUUGCCCCACCGCCUCAACGGAGGUAGACACUACCCCAGCGGAGACCCCCCCCCCAUCCAAGAAUCUUCCAUCAUGUUUUGUAACUCCAACUUAAGUAUAUUAACUCCAAUAUAUAUAUAUUAACUUGCCAAAUGAACUUGAACCUUACUAUAUAGGUAUAUGUAAAACACCCAGCUUAAUGCUCAAUUUUUUCAACACCAUUACUCAUUAAACAGUGCCGUAAAUGAAGAGAUUUAACAAAAUCUACACUACUCCCUAUUUGCCCUAUUUUAUAGCUGUAGUUGUCCAUCUUGCUCUCUGAUCAAGCUAAAACGGUUACAGGAAAUAAUUCCUUAAUGAUCCAAUAACUCAAACCAUGCAAUAAACAGACUUCACUAAACCUACAAUGUUACCACUAUGUGAAUGAUUAAAAAACUGCUGUAGCUGGCCAUGUAGAACAAUCCAACCUAAUGACCAUAAUUCCAAAAUCUCAGAUAAACUAUAUUUGUACAUUGCCCUGAUUGAAGUUCUGGUUACGUCCAUAUAUGCUGGCUCUUGCUCUUUGCAUGGCCUGCCAGACCCCUUGAGUGACCUAGAAUCCAAACAUUUUUUUAUGGUACCUGAAAAUAAAAGAAUGACAAGAGGAAGAGACAGCAUUAAAUUAAAUCAAAUCAUCACACACGUAUAACUGAAAACUAGUCUGAUUACAUUUCCCAAUCUUCUUGAUUGCAUUUGCACCAAUCCAAUAUAGCCGCUUUGCCAAAGCCCAAACCUGAAAGAAUCGCAUGUUAUUUAUCUUCACAACCAAGUAUUCAAAGCGUAACUGUAAUACCCGCUAGAUUUUACAUGUUUUAAUGGACAAUCUUAAUUAUAAACAAAAAAGGGGGCCAGUAUCAGAAGGUGCAACAGCAAAAUAAACUUGUAAAGUUUCGACUGAACAAAACAAAUCCCUCACUGAUGCAGUACAAAUGAAUCCAUUUACUCUUCCUAUCAGAAAUGUAUUUAUUUAUAUAUUUUUUGCAAACUAAUACCUGCUUGAAAAUUUAUAGGGAAAGUAAUUAAAAUCCUAAAACUACAAUUCUGACACUCUAAAUCUACUAAACAAAACUAACCAAUUCUCAAUUUAGCAAAGAAAGCUAAAGAAAGGCUACUAAAAAUAAAAAUACUUCAAAAAGAAAAAUUAGAACAUUCACAAAAAGUAAUAUGCUAACAUAUAAGGUAUAGGACGCUUCACAUCCUUUAACUACAAAAUAAUCCAUCAACAACUGUUUAAUUAUAAACUCUUUCACCGUUGUCUUUUACCAAACCACAUAAAAUAUGCUCCCUGUGCUAUAGUAGAUAUGCUACCUGCACUAAGUGCCUGAAGAUAACUUCUUUAGAUAGCAUUAUUUGAACAUUAGUCAGGUAUGAAAGCAUCUUUGAUAUUACCACCAACUCUGUUAGCAGGGGUCAAUUGAUGGAAAAUUACCACUUAUCGCAAGGUGACACCUAAACAUACCCAGUGUUCUAUUUGAGUUCUUUCAUAAGAAUUUGAUCUGCUAUUAAGAUUAACUUAAGUAUUCUAGCAAUUCCCCUCUGCAUUUUCUGCAAUUAUAUGGUACCAAACAUCUGAAUGUGCUAAACGAAAAAUAGAAUUCGCUAUCCUGUUCUUAACUAGGAAUAUGCACUGCCUUCUGCCAACCAUUAAGUUACCAGUAUAAGAAUACUAAUUUUCUAACAAAUUAAUCACAAAGAAACUUUUUGAAUGCAAUAAACUGGAAACUUGUACCACUGACUCAUUGUCACAGUUGAAUAAUAUCCUUUUAUUUUGGAGCUAUAAUCAAAGAUUAAAACUGCUGACACCAUUGGCAGCAAUUCCAACAGGGUCAAAUUUUGUAGGUACUUCUUACAGCACCCAUUCAAAAAUCCAUCUUUUGUUCCAAAUAUGCGAAAAUCCAACUGCCCAUGUUACCUCCAGAAAUAACUGUUUCAUUAACUUGAACAUCUGAAUGCUACAAGGAGCAGCCAUUGAAAACUUGCAAAAUCUUUUUAAAACCUUUAUAUCAUUUUAAUUCAUGCAAGCACGCGAACAAAAUUUUAUCUUUGCAGAUGUCAAAAACACCCUUCUACCUUAACUCUUCUUACAGGCGAACUCAGACCUGUAAAUGCUUACAAACCUAACUAUGAUUGAAUUGUUUUAACAAUCAGCGCUUGCCAUUGUAUUCAUCUACAUACAUACACAUAAAUACACACACUCACCACCCCUCCCCCGAGCUAUAUUCAAUAAUCUUCAUGAAAAAACUAACAUAGUGGUGUUUGUUUUUAUUUUUUUAUAACACACAUACACAUAUUCGUUCCCACUAUGCUUGAAAUGUUGGCAUUAGCAGCUGGUCUGACUGCCAAACUCUGAGGCAAGAUCUGAUUCAACCAACCUCCUUAUAAUCCAUCUAAAGGACAAUUGAACCCCAAGGUAUUGUUUUCAACUCUAAUUGAAGGUAACCAUACUAAACCUCUCCAUUAAUAUGCUUCAAGCUUAUCUUCUAAAUCAGUGGCUCCCAAACAAGACCCCAUGACACAGUAACAGUUCAGGUCUCGUCUGCAUCCCCAUUGAAAUAAAUCCCAGUCUGUCGGUGGGCCGCAAGGACCGGCCAGGAACCACUGCUCUAUAUGUUAAAGAAAUUGACUACGUAAGCUCAACUUCUUUAGUACCAGAAAACUUUGAAAUGUCAAACAAUGAAAAUAAUGUAACUCUACCUUGAUCUUCUUUAACUUUGAAUAUCAAUAUGGCAUAGCUUUUUUUAUUAUUAUUAUUAUUAAACUGCUAUCUGCUAUUAACUGCUGUGUGUCAGGUUGCAGAUGCAAUUCUUGGAAACCAAAUGUUCACUCACUAUGACCGGGCCCACAUUGCCCAGCUGUGUGAGAAAGCGGGACUUCUGCAGAGGGCGCUCGAGCAUUACACUGAUCCGUAUGAUAUCAAGCGAGCAGUGGUGCACACACACCUUUUGAACCCCGAGGUAAGCUUCACCUGGCUCAUGCUCACUUUCACUUUUUACAUGGGGAACCAUUACUUUGCAGAAUUGGCAAAAGAAGAUCAGUACAUUUGUUGAAAAAAUGUGGAUGUACAAAUAUUGUAGUUAAACACGUGAUCCCACAACCUAGAAUUGCUUUUUUUUCUUUCCCCAGUGGCUGGUAAAUUUCUUUGGUUCCCUAUCUGUGGAGGAUUCAGUGGAGUGCUUACGUGCCAUGUUAUCUGCAAACAUACGGCAGAAUCUUCAACUCUGUGUUCAGGUGGCAUCCAAGUACCAUGAGCAGCUGGGCACACAAUCCUUGGUUGAACUGUUUGAAUCUUUCAAGAGUUAUGAAGGUAUGUGUUUUAAUUAAGUGGUUACAAUUAACAUAAUUCCUCCUCUAAUGUACAAAUAUGUGGUUGGGUCUAACAUUGUAUUCUGUAAGUGGGCAUUAUACCCACGUGUUUAUAUUCUGGUCAGUUUAAAAAAAACACAACAUAUUUUUCCAGAUGUGCGAUUAUUCAACUUUUUGCUAUUGUACUUUUUAUUUAUUAUUUUAUCAAAGAAAACUUGCUAGUGAAGUGGUUAUGAAAGUAAUUUAGAAGCUGCUGUGUAUUUUCAGUAUAUAUUGGAUCAGCGUAAUAACUUGGAUAGUGUAAUAACUUUAUUCACAAAUUGAUUUGUCUUGAUUGAAAACAUAAUAUAGGAUGCACUUUUUUUUUUUUUUUUUAAAUAUUUUAAACCUGUUAUUUUAAGCAACUUGGCUAAUAAUCACAAAUGUUGUGUUCUUUCCAGGGCUCUUUUAUUUCCUCGGGUCCAUUGUCAAUUUCAGUCAAGACCCUGAUGUACACUUUAAGUAUAUUCAGGCAGCCUGCAAAACAGGGCAGAUAAAGGAGGUGGAACGGAUCUGCCGGGAAAGCAACUGCUACAAUCCGGAGCGGGUCAAGAAUUUUCUCAAGGCAGGGUCCUUUUGUUUAUUUUUGUUUUAAAUACAAUAUAUCUAAAAGCUACAGGCAGUAAGAGAAAAGGGAAUAGAUAUAUAAACUAUGUUGCUGUUUCGAACAGUUCGUUUUAUUUUGUGACUGUGGUUGUAUAAUUUGUUUAGAGGUUCUUGCUAGGCUUCAUGGACAUGAAUAAAAUGGAAGUCAGUUACAUUUUUCUUUUUAGGCUUUAUGAACAUAAAGGAGUGUAAUUACAAUUUGCUCUAUUUAUCUCAACUUCUGUCUUCUUAACAUUAGGAGGCCAAGCUUACAGAUCAGCUGCCAUUGAUUAUUGUCUGCGACCGUUUCGACUUUGUACAUGACCUGGUUCUGUAUCUUUACCGCAAUAACCUCCAGAAAUACAUUGAAAUUUAUGUGCAAAAGGUUAGUCGGAGAUUGUGUGUUGUGUGAUUAAUCCCACCCUUAAUCUGCUUCACCACAGAAAUUAUAUGUCUACAAGUGAUACAGGUUAAAGUGUGUGUAGUUUGUUCUUGUUUGUUGUUUUUUGUUGUUUUUUUGGAAAUGUAACUGAUGGAAAGUCUACAUUGAAAAUAAAAACUUUAUUUAUAACUGGACUUUUAAAGGAGAAUCUUUGGGGGAAAACUCAUGUAAAAUGCAUUAUAUAGAUAAUUAAAAAUGCAUAAAUAAGCAAAUUGCUAUAAUAUCCUGUAGUUGCAUAGCUGAUAGAGACUGUACAGCUACAAGCAUGAUACUAUGUAAAAAUGGAGUGUGGACAGUGAAAACUGUCAGAGAAAGGAAGAUUUUUUUUAAAUUUUAUUUAUACACAUACACAUAACUUCCACUUUCCCCCAAACCAGGAUGAGGUGCCACCAUUCAGGGAUUUCUUAUUCUGGACCUUAUCCAGUCCAACAAGAGUUUAUUGGGUAAUUGUUUAUCCCCCAGAUGCAGGUCUUCUCCUCACAUAGGUUGUAACCAUUUAAAUAUUUGAAUUUGAGCAGAAAGCGUUUAAUGUAUUUGACAAAAUAUGCCAUUUACAGUCCCUAGAAAACCUUUGGACAGUACCAUUAAAUUGGGUAAUAGUAACCCCCUGGAUGUUGGGCUAAGGUAACAUCCCCAGGACGUACUUGAAAACCAGAGUAAUCUGAAUGUACCUUUCCUGGUUAAAUACUUUGUUGUUAUUUACACAUCGCAUGAUAUUUAAAUUGCUAUAUUUUGAGCAGUAAAUACACAUAUAAUUAUUACACUGAAAUACUCUACCAAAUGUGCUAUAAGGCUAAAUAGGAGUCCAAUUAAUUAAGAAAUUGGACUGUCAUCUUCCAGUCCAAAGUGUAUUAAGAUCUGCCAGUUCUUUGAUAAGCUCCUAGCCUCAAAAUUGUACAUGUAGUUAUUUCACAUUUUCAUACUAAUCAUAUGUUUUCCUUUUAUCCUAUUCCAAAACACUAAAGGUCCAUAUAUCUAAAAUACAAACAUAUAGCAAAUAGUUUGUGUGGCGUUAUAUAAAUAAACUGUUACAAUUUGCUGUGUCGGUGUGAAUGCUUUGCCGUCCAUGACAGAAAUGUUUGUCUGCUUGUAGGUUAACCCCAGCCGUAUUCCUGCCGUGGUGGGAGGACUCCUCGAUGUUGACUGCUCGGAGGAUGUUAUUAAGAACCUGAUCAUGGUUGUACAUGGUCAGUUCUCCACAGAUGAGCUGGUUGCUGAAGUGGAGAAACGGAACAGGUGGGGAGCAAGAAUAUAUAAAACAAUACUUGAUGUGCACCUGCUGGUUUCCCAUAUUAAAGGAACACUAUAGUAACAGGAAUACAAACAUGUAUUCCUGUUGUUAGAGCUGUGAAAACAUUAUUUGGAUGUCUGGCCCGCUACACUCCUUGGCUGAUAUCAUCAAACUUAACAAUCUCAGCCAAUGCAGGCUGUGGAGACGCUAAACGUUAUUGCUGCACACUGUCUGUAUUUGCUUCAUAAAACUACAUUCAUGAAAACAUAUGAAUAAAGCUGUACGUAAGACUAAUAAAGGAAGCAGUGUGGUGGCUUCUAUUCGUAUAUUACAUAGGUUAAUAAUAUUAGUUGUGGAACUAAAUAGCUUUUACACCCCUGUGCAGGCCCUCAUGUAAUAUCGGCAAGAUUCCCUUGAUGUUUAGAGCUGUAUGUAGCAUAUGAACAGAGCUAGCCCUGUUUUGUGUAAGUAAUGAGAGGGCCAGUAUGGGCAGAGGAAUGUCUGCAGCUUUUUAGUUUCAACAAGGAGAUUCAGAUGUGUAAUUUUUUUUAUUUUUUAGCAGGUUUGUUUUUGUUUUCCUCUUUCUUAUACUUUAUUUCCACUGAUAAACUCCCAAAUGUGUGGCCUCUCGCUUCCUUUCUUUGGCAGGCAAGGUUACCUGGCAUUCUGCAUUUUUACAAAAGAAUAAUACUAAUACUAGGGGGCUGACCUUUCUUCCACUCCCCCUCCAUCCCCCUCUCCCUGUUCCCACCGCCUUCAUUUAAUUUUCCUUUGUUUUAUAUUUAUAUUUAUUAUUUUUUUAUCCUCAACCUGUCUUCCUUACAACAAUGUGUAUACUCUUGUCAGGGCUAAAAAGUCCUACACUGUUAAACAGCCAUACAAAUUAUUUACCAUUGCAAGUCUGCAGGAUCCAAGGAUUCUACUCCCCAAUGGCUUGUGGACAAAUGGAAAUUUUGAGCUCUGCUGUUGCUUGAAACAAAGUUACUCCUUUUGUCUUUCUAGAUAUUUACAAUCAAUGAACAGUAUAAAAAUAGGUAUAAGAAAAUAUAUUAUCAGAAAAAGGGCAGCUACAUAUAACUUCUAGCGACUUAAAGGACCACUCUAGCCACCCAGACCACUUCCGCUUAAUGAAGUGGUCUGGGUGCCAGGUCCUUCUAGGGUUAACCCAUUUUUUCAUAAACAUAGCAGUUUCAGAGAAACUGCUAUGUUUAUGAAUGGGUUAAGCCUUCCCCCUAUUCCUCUAGUGGCUGUCUCAUUGACAGCCACUAGAGGCGCUUGCGUGCUUCUCACUGUGAUUUUCACAGUGAGAGCACGCCAGCAUCCAUAGGAAAGCAUUGUGAAUGCUUUCCUAUGUGACUGGCUGAAUGCGCGCGCAGCUCUUGCCGCGCGUGCGCAUUCAGCCGACGGGGAGGAGAGAAGGAGGAUCGGAGGAGGAGAGCUCCCCGCCCAGCGCUGGAAAAAGGUAAGUUUUUACCCCUUUCCCCUUCCAGAGCCGGGCGGGAGGGGGUCCCUGAGGGUGGGGGCACCCUCAGGGCACUAUAGUGCCAGGAAAACGAGUAUGUUUUCCUGGCACUAUAGUGGUCCUUUAAAUGAGUAAUAGACUCAGAAUAAACAAAGUGGUAUGUGCGCUCCUAAUUAUGAGACAAUGAAAAUAAGAUAAAUACAGUAAAUAUAAAUGUUACUAUCAAUGCCUUUGUCUUAUUCUUUCCCCACUUGGCUUGCCUAAUCACUAUACCUUCCUGAUAAAUAUUGUUUAAACUUAAGUAAAAUAAUUUAAUUACAGAAAGUUAAGGGGUAUUUUUUUCCCAACUAUUUUUCGUGCAAGAGAGAAAAGUCACUUUUACAAAUAUCCUGUUAAGUAUGGGUUGAAAUGUGGAUGUUGUGUUUGUCAUGGUAAAACUGAGAAUUCCUGUUUAUGUGAGAAUAAGGUUUACCAAUUUCUCAAGUUAUGUUUUUCAUUUGGUUUAAACUUGUUCUGAAAUUCAUGUGAUGGUUCUUUUCCAUAUGGUCAGGUUGAAGUUGCUCUUACCUUGGUUGGAAUCCAGAAUACAUGAGGGUUGUGAGGAGCCUGCUACACACAAUGCUUUGGCUAAAAUCUACAUUGAUAGCAACAAUAACCCUGAACGUUUCUUGCGGGAGAACCCAUUCUAUGAUAGCUGUGUGGUGGGCAAGUACUGCGAAAAAAGGGAUCCUCAUCUAGCUUGUGUGGCUUACGAAAGGGGGCAAUGUGAUUUGGAACUCAUUAAGGUUGGUGUAUUGGAUUUGCAAUGGAAUGUUAUGUUUGUUUGCGUAUGUAUGCAGUUAUAUUGAUUUGUUUUCUUCAAUUUGUUUGUCUACAGGUGUGCAAUGAGAACUCCUUAUUCAAGAGUGAAGCCCGUUACCUGGUACGUAGGAAAGAUGCUGAACUCUGGGCCAGUGUGCUUGAGGAAAACAAUCCUUUUAGAAGACAACUGAUUGACCAGGUGAGCUGAUAAGAGUGCAACAAACAUAAAAUAUCCUUGCAAUAGUGUCUUAUGUGAAUGGUUCUUUGUUUUGUAUGCCUACAGCAUAUAAACAUUUUACAUGUUGGGUGCUUGGUUAAGAAAAGUUAAACUUAGAUGAUCCAAACCAUUUUUGCAGUGCCUACUUUUGUUCAUUCUGACCGUAUCCAAUCAAAUGCUUCUCUAAAGCGAAGUAUUGUGGAAAUCAUAUAUAUAUAAUACCCUUUUCACAUCACUAGACUAAUACGGCUACAAUCUCUACUUGAACAAUAUAAAUCUGUAUUAUCUCAAGCCCAUGUGAUGCAAGUGAUCAAGGGCUUCAUUAGUUGCACCAGGUGUGCUUGAAAUAGCGAAUGCAUAUGCUACAUCUUUCACUUUUCUUUACCCUUUUUAUAAAUUUAUGCAAUGGUUUCAAAUUCUUGUGAUUGACCACUGUCAGUAUUAGUAAUUCUUGCUGGGUUUCAGACAUUGUUCUAAUCGUGGUGAUAAGAUUAUUCUUUUUAGGUUCAUAUUUGCAACUGCUAAAAACUGUUUAGAUAAUAAUUCCCCUUUUUUUUCCUGCAAGUAACUGUUCCUACAUUUUAAAUAUUGCCACUUCCUCACCUCAAGGGAAUACCUGAUACAUUGGGAAACUAGCUAUUUCAAGUCAUUUAAUAGGAUUUACUUAAUUAUGCAUAGAAAAGUGGUGCUUGCUUUUGUAAUUAAACAUGUGUUAAAAGCUUACUUUAAAGGACACUAUAGUGUCAUGUAUGCAAACAGGCCCCCUUUAAAGAGUCAUGAAACAGUGAUUUUACUCAUCUUUUUACGCCUCUGUGGCUGAGACGAUCAAUUUUGGUUAUCUAAGCCAAUUCACUGCUUUUCCAUAGGAAAGCAUUUAGAGUCUUUUGGGCACACACGACAAAUUGCCGCACUGCACCAAUCAGCAUCUCACCAUAGAGAUGCAUUAAAUCAAUGCAACUCUAUGGAGAAUGUUCAGUGUCUCCAUGCAGAGUGUGGGGACGCUGAAUGCCAGUGCUGCGGUUUCCAGGCACCAUUGUAAACACGGUCUCUAAAAAGGCAGCAUUUACAUUGAAAAGACUGCAGGGACAGGUCAUAGACACAAGAACUACUACAUUAUUAUUAUUAUUAUUGCAAUUUAUAAAGCGCACACAGAUUCCGCAGCGCUGUACAAUUAGUUGAGAAACGUACAAUAUACACAAACAAAUACAAGAGGUAAGAGAGCCCUGCCCGUAAGCUGAUAUCUAGCCAUUGGAGCUCUUUUAUACAAAGUGCUUAGCUAGAUGGCCCUUGAGCUUACAAUCUAAAGGAUACCAGGGGGAUUUGAGACAAAAGGUAGCAGGGGAAGUUUGGAGGUGAUGGCUGAAAGAGUUAACAGAGAAGCAGCUAUUGGUAAGAUGUUAGGGGAAUGAACAGGUAAUUGGGUGAGAAUCUCGAACAGCUGGAGGAGCAUGCUAUAUAUUUAAGGGGAGCCUGGGUGGGUGGGAAGUGGGGAGAAAAAAUGCAGUCUUCACUGAGUUGAUUGUGAAGUGAGGCCUGAGGAAUAGAGAUAGAACAAUUAAUGAAGGUAUUUACGACAGGGGAGGGGAAAAGGAGAGUGUGAGAGGGGGAGGGGGGGGGCAGAGUAGGCAUGUGUUAUAGACUAUUGAAAAGUUUAGCAAUCAAAUUCUAUCACCCAAAAUAUUAAUAACUGUCUACAUGAAAUAUUGGUCACAAACAUUAAAUGACAGUGGUACACACUGCAUGCACAUAACAUUACAGUGGCAAACUACAGGUAUCAAUUGUAACAACUCUAUAGUAACACAUGAGAAUUUUGUAGCAAUCCAGUAAUACGGGAGGUGGAGUAUCUUCCAAGCUUCAGUCAGUACCUGAGAGUGAUGGGUGUUUCUGCAGGAUGGUAAAUGCAGUCUUCACUGAGUUGAUUGUGAAGUGAGGCCUGAGAGUGAUGGGUGUUUCUGCAGGAUGGUAAAUGCAGUCUUCACUGAGUUGAUUGUGAAGUGAGGCCUGAGAGUGAUGGGUGUUUCUGCAGGAUGGUAAAUGCAGUCUUCACUGAGUUGAUUGUGAAGUGAGGCCUGAGAGUGAUGGGUGUUUCUGCAGGAUGGUAAAUGCAGUCUUCACUGAGUUGAUUGUGAAGUGAGGCCUGAGAGUGAUGGGUGUUUCUGCAGGAUGGUAAAUGCAGUCUUCACUGAGUUGAUUGUGAAGUGAGGCCUGAGAGUGAUGGGUGUUUCUGCAGGAUGGUAAAUGCAGUCUUCACUGAGUUGAUUGUGAAGUGAGGCCUGAGAGUAAUGGGUGUUUCUGCAGGAUGGUAAAUACAUCAAGCUGUAGUUGUUUUUGUGACUAUAGUGUCCCUUUAAGGGUGUUAAAUUCAGUUGUGUGAGAUGCUCACUAAUUCCGUGUGUGAUUUAUUUGGUGAUCUCAAUGUUGUCUAUAUUUCUUAAUUUGAGGUGUUAUUUUGUUUUCAGCUGCAGGCUGUCAGCGGUCAGGAUUAGCGAGCAUUUUCGUUCAGUAGGUUCGAUUGACAGGGUUGCCAUUUAAUGAUGUAGUAGUUCCAAUGUUGAUGUUUGGAGAUUUUUCAAAACUGAUCACUUAAAGGUACACCAUACUCACCAGCAUCACUACAACUUAAUGUAAUUGUUUUGGUGAGUAUAGUCAAUCCCGGCAGGCUUUUUAACCCCUUAACGCCGUUACUGCGUUCUAUGCCAUCCCGCAUUAAAUGGGCUUUCAAGCCGUUGCGGCGGCAUAGAAUGCCGUAACGGCUUUCAGCCCCAGGAGGUAAGGUUUACUUACCUCUGCCGCUAUCCUCUUCUGGAGGGCUGCCUGACAGCCCAGGCAGCCCUCCCCCGGCAAAUAUGGCCCCCUAUAGCUGGCUGUGGAUCUGCUAGCAGGGGGGACUGUCUGGGCUGUCAGACAGCCCCCCCUGCUGGUGGGAAGUAUUAAAAAUAAAAAAAUAAAGAUGUUAAAAUAAACUAAAUGCAUAUAUAUAUCAAUCAUAUAUAUGUAACGUCAUACGUAAUGUAUUUUAAUAUUAAUUUUAAGUACAUAUACUAGUAUUAAAAUUCACUUUGAAUGAGGCGGAGUCUGACUGCUGGAGUGGACGGUCGCAUGCUGCCCGAGCUCCGGGCCCAAGACCAGCAAAUCAACAGAAUACCAAGCCAAAACUAUUGACAAAUUGUUCCACUCACCUAAUGGGCACUAGUAAGCAGUCCGGGGACACGGUGCAUGCGGUAAACCCGCCGACGGACAGCUACUCCACGAUGAGGCAACUGCGCGGCCUACGGGAGGCCGAGGCGGGGGGAGACGGCCGCUCUCCUUGCACUCCGGUUGACCGUGGAGCCGAUAUUUGCUCCCACCCUCCCCCCUAUGGACCGGCGGGGGUCAUCCCGGUCCCCCAGAAGGUACAGGCAUGCUCACCCCGUCCUAGCCUGAGGGGCCCUGCAGAAUCGGAUUCCCACACGGAAGGAGCCAAGAUGGCCGCCGGACCGAAACCCAUCUCACCUCAAACCUCCAAGAUGCGGGCCACCCAGAGGGACGGUAUCGCCAGGGCCUUUGAUGAAUUCUGGGCCAAAUACCAAGAACUAACUCUACAGAGCGAGGCACAGCGUGCUACCGAAGAACCGACCCACAGCAAUAGAUGGAUUGACAUGAAUCUGGGCCAGGCAGACCCUAAGCAAGCCACGAGGAAACUGGAGGGAAAGUGGAAACACCACAACAGGUGGAGUGCCAACCAGGGCCUGACCCGGUCUCACCCACCAGUCCGACCGCAGCCUACCUCCAAGCGCACUUCUUACAGCACCUCAAGAAAUACACUUAAGGCACAGAGGCCUCUCUCCACACAUAGAUCACGAGACCAUCAGGCCGGUCAUCAUCACCAUCCACCCAAACACCCACCGAGAGACCCGGGGAAAAUGCCACGAUGGAACAAACAUAAGCAGCAGUCUAAACCAGGAUGGGGCCAAACUACAGCAUGGAAAGCAGGGAGGAGAAGGCGGGAAACCCGACGCAAGCCCCUGCGGGUCAGCAACAGCCCACCAGCGGUGAGUCACCUAACUGAAAGGAGACAAACCCAAGGACUAUCCACCCAAACCCCCCCUCCCCGCGCUGUGAUCACAACCCCACCUGGGCAAAGUCACCAUGGCAGAGACCACCAGACUCCCAGGCACAGCCCAGCCCAGUACAACUACCUAAAAGUGCUGUGGCGCGAUGGGGGACCUCCUCAUACUCACCAAACUGCCUUAACAGAGGAUACCAAUCACCAUAAAACCCACUAUCCCCACCAGGGACAACAAGCCCACGACAUGCUCAUCACAAGACAGGGGACUUAUGCAACCAUACCCUCUGAAUACACCUCGGCUGGACACUGGAAGAGCACUGACUGGGAGGACCCCCACCGCCUACUGCUCCGGGCACUAACCCGACGGCUGAUGGGGAUCAGUUAGACCACACAGGCUGGACAUUACGUUACUUAGUACAGAUGCAGCACACUAAGCUAACACAAUAUGUGCACUCAAUUUUUUUUUUUUUCUAUACCUGAGCUUAUAUUAUAUGUGAUUGUAUUAUAAUUAUAUAUAAUUAUUAGCACUAGUGGAAUCUUAACAAUCUAGAAAUCGCUAAACAAAUGUCACUAUACCUUUCACUCAUGCAUAAUAUGCAUUAGAAAUGCCUUAAUCUAUAGUGCUAAAUGUAUGAUCCUUCGCUAUGUCUAUACUCGUAUCUUACCUUUUCUGUUGAGCAGCAUAGAAGAACUCCUAGAUAAGCAACAUUACUAUAUAAAAAUGUGCAGUACUCUUUCAUGCCUAACUAAUGUACCUAUAUGUUAGCAAACUGCUUACCCUAGCUGUUGUGGCAUUGUAAGCCUGAUGUGAUAUAUCCGUGCACAAAUAAAAUAAAUAAAUAAAUAAAUAAAAAUAGUGAGCCAUGUAGAGAUGGCUCCAUACCUUCGAAACAUAAGCAUGACAAGCAACGUUUUAUUAUAGAGUUUUACCCCUCAUGCCUAGCCAGCCUCUCUGAGCUACCAAAACAAGUUCUAUAGCUUAGACAUGAGGAACAAGCCUUUAUCCCAUAGUUAUCUACUUGAAGCUUGUCGUAUUUUCACCCAGUAUAGCACAUUUAAAAUUACAUUAACAUAAUGACUCUGCAUAGGCAGACACCGCGAUACAUGUGUUUAGCUCAGUCAUAUAAUUCCAUGUCUUAGCCUGUUUUCCUUUUAUUGUGACUACUGGGUAAUGCUUCCUAGUUAGCCAAGAAAAGUUACCUUUUGUUUUUUAUGAAGCCCAGGGGAAAAUCCUGUUUACCUAUCUGUUAAAAAAUGUGUGCAGUACCUUUCUAUUCCACAAGCCUGUUUUAACAAUGUCACCCACUCUACUUGUUAUUGCUAUUGUGGCACAACAAGCGACUGUAUUAACUGAAUGCACCACAAAAAUAAAGAAUUUAAAAAAAAAAAAAAAAAUUCACUUUGAAUGCCGUUACAUAUAUAUGAUAUAUUUAUUAUAUAUAUAAUACAUCUAUAUAUAUAUUUAAUAUUUAUAUAUACACGUAUAAUUACAAUAAUAAAUAAAAUAUUUUAAAAAAUAAAUUAUAUAUACAUAUGUAAUUUCAUUCUAACUGUAUUUUGUUAUAUAUAUAUAUAUAUAUAUAUAUAUAUAUGUGUGUGUGUGUAACAAAAUACACUUAGAUUGACAUUCUAUAUCUAUCUAUAUAUAAAAUACAAAUAACUGCAAAUAUAUAUAUAUAUAUAUAUAUAUAUAUAUAUAUAAUUACCUAAAUAACUAUAUAAGUGUACACGUAGUCUUUAAAUACAUAUAUGUGUAUAUUUAAUAUUUUAACAUAAUUGUGAUUUUAUUAGUUAAAAUUUGAUUGACAUGCCCGAGAAUUUGAAUUGCAAGCACAAUAUUUAACCCUGUAAAUUGGGAGACUUCCCUGAACACAAAUAUUAGUGUUUCAAAAUGGUAACUUGUAUUCCAACAAUUAUAUUUUUAGUAAAAGUGACGGUUUUUGCAUUUUUCACACAUGAACGGCACUUUUACUGACAAUAUUAUUGUUGUAAUACAAGUUACCAUUUUAAAACACUAAUAUUUGUGUUCAGCAAAGUCUCCUGAGUAAAACAGUACCCCCAUGUACAGGUUUUAUGGUGUUUUGGAAAGUUAGAGAGUCAAAUAUAAGGCUUGCAUUUCAUUUUUGUCACAUUCAAAUUUGCCAGAUUGGUUAUGUUGCCUUUUGAGAACAUAUGGUAGCCCAGGAAUAAGAAUUACCCCCAUGAUGACAUACCAUUUGCAAAAGUAAAUAACCCAAGGUAUUACAAAUGUCCAGUCAUUUUUAGUAGCCACUUAGUUACAAACACUGGCCAAAUAUUCGGUUUUUUGCUUUUUUCACACAAAAACAAAUAUGAACGCUAACUUUGGCCAGUGUUUGUGACUAAGUGGCUACUACAAAAGACUGGACAUACCCCACCUGCAAUACCUUGGGUAGUCUACUUUUGCCAUCAUGGGGGUAAAUCUCAUUCCUGGGCUAUCACAUGGUCUCAAAGGUAACAUUACUAAUCUGGCAAAGUUCAAUGUGAAAAAACUGAAAAAUGGAAUGUGCUAUAUUUGACCCUUUAACUUUUUCCAAAACACCGUAAAAACUGUUAAUGGGGGGUACUGUUGUACUUGUGAGACUUUGCUGAAUCCAAAUAUGUGCUUUUUUUGCAGUAAAAGCUAACAGUAUUAUGACAUUUACAGCUAAAAUGUGAGGUGGAACUAUAAAUGUUUUUAAAAAUUUAAACUUUCUCAUUUUUUUUUUUUAAAUUUUAUUCAUAAUAAGUUAUGUUUCAUAUAUAAAUAUUUGAUAUGAAAUGAAAGCCCUGUUUCUCCUGAACAAAAUUAUAUAUAAUAAGUGUGGGUGCAUAUAAUAUGAAAGAGGUGAAUUACGGUUGAACAGACAUAUAGCGCAAAUUCUAGUUUUUGUUUACAUUUUGUUUUGAUCAGAACAUGUACUAUUGCCUCCGUCCUGAAGGGGUUAAUAUAAGCACUGCCUUUUCAGAGGCGGGGGUGUCAAAAAGUCAUCCUCAGGGUUAUGUUAUGAGCACGAACUUGGUUGUAAAUGGUAUGAAAGGCAGUCAGGUCAUCUUGGACUGACUUGCAAUUUGGUUAUGUUUAAUAAAUACAGUGUACAACAUUUUAAGUUAUGUUAUUUGGUUAAUCAUUUUAAAGUGUAUGAUAAGCUCAAUACAAUUUAACAAUGUGUGUCUGUUUUGAUUGUGUGGGCUCUAUAUUAAUAUAUAUAUUUUCUCCUCCUUCUCCUAUCCCACCAGCGUUGUCUAGUUUUAUUGUUUGAAGGCUUGAAAGCAAGGUUUCUAGUGACCUAUCUAAGCCCUCUUUGUCAGAGAGCUGGGGUUCUCACUUUCUUGAUUUCAUUCCCACACCAUGAUGUCAGCAUAGCCUGCUGAUAUUAAUGGAAUUUGAUAAAUCUAGCGCUUUCAAGAUCUCUCACAGCCACAGAAAUCUGUGCAGGGGAGUAAGAGAGGAGGUUCUUCACUGACUGGCCUGGAUCCCCCAUGGCACCAGUAGAUAUAUUUCAUGUCCACUCAGCAUAUAACAAGUAAAACCUCUUUAGAAAGACUAAUCUCAUAGGCAGGGCCUCCGUACACUUCACACAGAGCAACUAUCUGGGCACAGAUACUAGCAUGCCCGUAAAAUUUAAAGCUCAAUCUAGCUCUCCCUAGAUUGAAGGCUCCCAAAUAAAGGAUUUGUGAGCAGUUUGUAAAUGUGCACAGCGUUCAUGGCUUCUCAUAGAAAAGCAUUGCAUUCAAUGAUUCUAAAUGAGAAACAUUUGAAUGGACCGAUGUUAUCUGACUUGAUUACAUCAAAUGGGGUGGAGCUGACUGAGGGAACUGCUGUUGGUGAUGGAAUAGAGGUAAGUAUAUUCAUUUAGAAAAUGUUAUGUGAAAGGGUUUCAAGACACACAAGCUAUGCAAUUGAUUUAAUAAAAAAAAAGUGUAUUAAUUAGUGUUCCUUUAAAUAAUAAUUGUUUACUAAUGAAAUAUUAAUUGUGAUGGAAUAGGUCCAAAAAUAUGCUUCUUUGAUGCAGACAAGUCUGUAGGUUUCAAAGAAUUAUGGUUUCUUCUUGCACAGUUUAGAUUUUUUUUUUUUUUCUUUAACUUAACUUUCUGUAAACUCACGCAGGAGUUUACUUGACAGAAAAUUAACAGAGAACGAAAUAGAAGAUAUAUUUAUAUAAAAACACUAUCCUGAGAGAAGUUUGAAAAUGAAACUUUUUUUAGGAGGCUAUGUUAGUCAUAACUAGGUGUGUGGUAAGGACUGGCUAGGGCUGAAGAAAUAAAUUGAUUUAAUGCCUAAAUAGCAGAGAAUUGAGCACAGAGGCUGAAGGGACAUAACUUGUGCAACAAACCUACCUAAGUUAAGCUAAAAUUGUUUAGAGGCAAGUGUCCUUUUAGGAUUUAGUGAUAAGAAGCAGUUGUCCUUUCUUGGAUUUUAGUUUUUGUUUUUUUCUUUAAAAGUAAGCUCAUAUGAACCUCACAACGUGUUUUAUAUAAUAUAACUUUCACAAUGUGUCCACUUCUUUUUAACAUAUGAAAUCUAUUGGUCAUGAUAGAAAUUGAUUGAUAAAUGCCAUUGCUUGUCUCUUUUCCAAAGGUGGUGCAGACAGCCCUUUCAGAAACUCAGGACCCUGAAGAAGUGUCUGUGACUGUAAAAGCCUUCAUGACUGCGGACCUCCCUAAUGAGCUCAUAGAGCUCCUGGAGAAGAUUGUGCUGGACAACUCUGUAUUCAGUGAACACAGGUUAGAAUGAAAUUUAAAGGAGCGUUCGUGAAACUGGGUAAUUGUGAGAGGUGCCUUAUUUUGUUGGGAUUUUUAUUUUAUUUAUUUUUUAACAGAAAUUUACAGAAUCUACUGAUUCUGACAGCCAUUAAAGCUGACCGCACACGAGUUAUGGAAUAUAUCAACCGCUUGGAUAACUACGAUGCCCCUGAUAUUGCCAACAUUGCUAUUAGCAACCAGCUCUUUGAAGAGGCUUUUGCCAUCUUUAGGAAGUUUGACGUAAACACGUCUGCCAUUCAGGUAUGUUAAACAGCACUUAUGAAUAUACUGUGUGCCCACAUUGUCCUAUGCUUAUCAUGCACAUCUACUUUUUCGAUCUAUCACAAUUUGCAGGUUCUAAUUGAACAUAUUGGGAAUUUGGAUCGUGCCUAUGAGUUUGCUGAGAGGUGCAAUGAGCCUGCUGUAUGGAGCCAGUUGGGUCGAGCCCAGCUGCAGAAGGACUUGGUGAAGGAAGCCAUAGACUCUUAUAUUAAAGCUGAUGACCCAUCCUCUUACAUGGAAGUGGUACAGGCAGCAAGUAAAAAUAGUGAGUGCCUUUGUUUAUUCACUCUCCAUUAACCACAUCUCUUUUUGCCUGUGGGUUUUGGCAUAAUCACUGCUGUGGUAUUAUAUUCCAUCUAAAUUUUUAUUUUGUAUUUUUAAGCAUAUUACUUUAUUUGGUUUUCAGAUAACUGGGAAGACCUGGUAAAAUUCUUACAGAUGGCAAGGAAGAAAGCCAGAGAAUCGUAUGUGGAAACUGAACUUAUUUUUGCCUUUGCCAAAACUAACCGCCUGUCUGAGUUGGAAGAAUUUGUCAGUGGCCCUAACAAUGCACACAUCCAGCAGGUACUAUACUGACGCUUAUUUCUGAAACAAUAUUCAUGCAGAAAAGUUCAGUUUUGACUUGACCCUUUCUCUCUAUUGCGUUUUUUUUCUUGUUUUGUUUUAUUACACCUGCAGGUGGGAGAUCGCUGUUAUGAAGAGAGCAUGUAUGAUGCAGCCAAAUUGCUAUACAAUAACGUAUCCAAUUUUGCACGCUUGGCAUCAACAUUGGUACAUCUUGGAGAGUAUCAGGCUGCUGUGGAUAGUGCACGAAAGGCUAAUAGCACACGCACCUGGAAAGAGGUAAAGUAUUCUAUAAAUAUUUGUUUUAUUUAAUAGUUAAUAGCAUGUACUCAAUCCCAUUUCUAGGUGUUGUACAGACAUACACCCUGGCAAAGUAAAGUUUACAUAGUCUUUCUCAGUUAUUCACUUUUGCCAUUCUUCCAUCUCUCUAGGUGUGCUUUGCUUGCGUGGAUGGCACAGAGUUUCGCUUGGCCCAGAUUUGUGGCCUGCACAUUGUUAUACACGCAGAUGAGUUAGAGGAACUGAUUAGUUAUUAUCAGGUGAGUGUUUUGGUAAUGAUAUUUUGGGGGUUCAGGAUUCUUGAUAGCUAUUCUCCACACUUGUCAUCAAAUUCUGCAUUACUGAAUUUUACUAAAAGGAAACCGUAUAUUCAAUUUUUUUAUGUACAGAGUGCAGUGUCAGAAAAUUACUUUCAUUAGACUCGAGAGCCAAUAUUAUAACAACAUAAUUAAAGCAAAUGUAUUAAAUGUAAUCGUUAUAGUUUUGAAUUGUAACCAUGUUUCUUAAUAGGUAGCCAUUUGUUUCUACUUUUGAUCCAUUCUUACCAUUUUCUCUCUUCAAAGGAUCGAGGUUAUUUUGAGGAACUUAUUGCUCUGCUGGAAGCAGCUCUGGGGUUAGAACGUGCACACAUGGGAAUGUUCACAGAGCUCGCUAUUCUCUACUCUAAGUUCAAACCUCAAAAAAUGCGUGAGCACCUAGAACUCUUCUGGUCUCGCGUGAACAUUCCCAAGGUAAGUAAAUCAAUCCUGUUAUUAUCUGGUCAGUGACGAUCCCUCUUACCAGAUUGUAGGCACUGCAAUUCUUCUGGAGAUAAAUAAUUGUCUAUUUGGGAAAUGCAUAAUUAAGUAAAUUGUAGUCCCCUUAUAUGUUUCUUUGUCUGGAGGCAAAUGCACUGAGAUAUUUAACUUAAAUAAGUGUUAAAGGGACAUGCAUAACUUUGAGACAACUAUUUCAAAAAACCUUACAGAUAAUGGAACAAUUUCCUUGCUCUGCAGGCUAAAUAAAAGCAGGUAAAUAUGUUUUUUUUUUCCAUUUCCAUUUUUACCUGCUUCCCCUAUUCUAUUCUUUCCACAUUAACUCCAGGAGGGUCACUAAUCUAACCAAUCGGUGUCCUAUCCCUAGGAAUGCUGGAAAAUAGCACAGGGCGUGCCUGACGGAGUUACAAAUGUGCUUUUGAAAGAUCAUUAACCUUGCAACAUCCUGACCAGGGAGAAGAGACUGGUCAAUAGGAUUCAUGGAGAGCAGGCUCCAGUGUCUGGUUUCCUUCUCACCACUGUGUUAGUCAGUGCAGGGAGAUUGAGGAGCUUGCUGUUGCCACACCAUGAUGUUUUAUUUCUGUCAUAAGUGGUCUUGUCUGGACUGGAUUAGUGGGUGGGUAAGAGGCAUAGGCUAAAGAAACUCCCCUAGCUGUAAGGUGUGCCUAAUAAUGCAAUCUGACAGAGUUUCAAGUGCGUUUUAAAAGUUUUUCUUUAUUUUGGUUUGUAGAUUUUUCUGUAAAAGUGUUUGUUUGCUGCUUUAAAAUGUCAAGUAAUGCAUGUCCCUUUAAGCAAUUAAGACAUUUCAAUUUAACCCCUUAAGGACACAUGACAUGUGUGACAUGUCAUGAUUCCCUUUUAUUCCAGAAGUUUGGUCCUUAAGGGGUUAAAAUAGUCAAACCAAAAGCUGUUCAUAUAAAUGUAAUAUCUUCAUCCUAUGUAACCUCAUUUUAUAUGGUGAGAUUUACUGUUGAGAAUUUCAACUUGCUUUUCCCUAAGGUAAGGUAAACUAUGAUAGGAGGGUGUCCCCACAAUACUUUCUAAUUCAGUUUGUAUACUAAAACUCUUUGUAUUUUAUAUUGUCAUUCAUUAAAAACAUGUAAAAGUUCUGCAAUAUGCCUGUUCUGUCAGAUGAGUUCUAACCUCUGCUUAGUCAGGUUCCAAUGCUUAAAUUCAGCAGGUAACAGAAGUUUUAUUUGCACCGUAGUUUGCAAGUCUGAAUAAGGGUUAUAAAGUAGAUGGAUUAGUGGGUUUUCAAAAUUACUUUUUGAUUCAGGAGGGGGAGUUUGUCUAGUAAUCCUUUCCUGUGACUCUUUCUAAGACAUGCCUAAUUUUAGCUUCCAGGUUCACCUCCCCACCCUACCCCUACUUGUAAAUUUUACACAUUCUUUUUUUCCUUUACUGACUUGCUUAAACCGUAAAAUAAGAUUUCCAACAUGGUUCUGCUAUUUCAAAAAUAAGAUAAAAAAUAUAAGUGGUAAAAUGAAUUUAAUAAGCUAAAUAUCUCAUUGUUGGUGAGUUUACUAGAAUCUACGUAUAUGGAUUUAAGACUUUAAUGUAGAAGUAGUAAUAAAUUACAAUGUAUAAAACUGCCAUUAAACUCUACUAGAGGUACUUGAGAUGUGAGAUGACAGUGUUCAGGAUAUUACAGGUAGAUGAUAGGUUCUUCAGUGCAUGAAUAUGGAGAAUAAGUGCCGUGCAGAGGAGUCGGCAUAACAUCGGUUAGGAGGCCAACCUUUAUAGCUGUGUCAAAGGAUUACUAUAGGGUCAGUAACACAAAUAUGUAUUCCUGACCCUAUAGUGUUUAACCCACCAUUUUGGUGGCUUGUCCCCCCUAUAGCCCACCUAUAAAAGUUUAAAACUUACCUUAUUUCCAGCACCGCACGGGUCUGCUGGUGCUGACCCCGCCCCCUUUGUGACAUCAUCAAAAUGGCCGAUCUUUAGCCAAUUAUGGGAAAGCAUUGGAUAGGCUAAAAUAGGCAAUGUCAUUUUGGCCAAUCAGGACCUCCUCAUAGAGCUGCAUUGAAUCAAUGCAUCUCUAUGAGGAAUAUUCAGCAUCCCCAUGCAGACCGUGGGGACGCUGAAGGGCAGUGCUGCUCACUGUGCAGCACUGAGCCAGGAAGCCCCUCCAGUAGCCAUCUAAGGAGUUGCCACUUGGAGGUGUCCCUAGGGGCAAUGUAAACAUUGCCUUUUCUCUUAAAAAAAAAAAAAAAAAGGCAGUAUUUACAUGAAAAUGCAUGAGGGGAGUUAUUAUACUCACCAGAACGACUACAUUAAGCUGUAGUUGUUCUGGUGACUGUAGUGUCUCUUUAAAAUAGGAACACAUUUAACCAUUGCUACCUAGGCCCUGCAAUGGUUGAAUGUAAGUUACAGUUGGCAACUCUCUCCUACUCCGUAAUUUUUCUUUCUUAUCUCUAGGUCCUGCGUGCAGCAGAGCAGGCCCACCUAUGGGGCGAACUUGUCUUCCUGUAUGAUAAAUAUGAGGAGUAUGAUAACGCUAUUAUUACUAUGAUGAGCCAUCCCACCAGCGCCUGGAAAGAAGGUCAAUUUAAGGACAUUGUCACAAAGGUAAUGUGUGUUGUUGUUUUUUAUUUUUUUUAAUUUAUUUUUUUAAUUUAUUUAGUAAAGGUAAUGUGUCAUAAUGUAUUGUUGUAGAAUUAACUUUUCUCUGACUUCUGAAGGAAUUGUUACUAUUUCUUUUUCUGUAGGUGGCCAAUGUGGAACUUUAUUACAAAGCCAUGCAGUUUUACAUGGAGUACAAACCUCUGUUAAUCAAUGACCUUCUUUUGGUCUUGUCACCGCGUCUGGACCACACUAGAGCAGUUAACUACUUUUCCAAGGUAAGUGUAACUAAGCUGUAUACAGAACUAACUGACCUUGCUCUAUGAAUGCAUAUAAUCUGUUCAAUCAACUUCGCUGCUUUAGUUCAUAGUCUGGCUAUUAUGCCAUAGCAGUUGAUCUACUCCUACACAAGCUGUCUGCAUUUCUUGUUGCAGUAAAUAUGUCUUCACUACCUCAAGUACCGGAGAAUGUCACUUAAAUAAUGAGCUGUUAUUCUUUUUCAGGUCAACCAGCUACCUCUGGUUAAGCCGUACUUGCGCUCUGUACAAAACCACAACAACAAGUCUGUGAAUGAGGCUCUGAACAACCUGCUCACAGAGGAAGAGGAUUAUCAGGUAAGUGAACAUGACUCUGUUUUUGGACAGUUCUGUCAUUCCUCGAACAGUCACUUGCAAUUGUAAGGCCAAAAUAGUCACAGUGGAAAAAUGAUCCAAGUCAGCUAUGCUCUGUUUGCCUACUUUGGACUUAAAUGUGAAAUUCACUUUGAAUUUACAUCUCCUAUUUACAAAUGACCAAUACAGCAAUAAAUUGAACAUCAGAGAGUAUAUGAGUCACAGCAUAUCUUGUUAUCCAUGGAAUAAAUACAGAAGCAAAUUAAGUGCUAGAAAAUAUUUAGUUAGUUUCUUGUUACAUUUCCAGGCCAAUUAAUGCAUAUUUUUGCAUCUGUCUUGCUAUUUAUGUAAUUUGAAACCACCCCUCUGACUUUUUCUGAAGGAGUCAAAUGUGUUACAAUGGAGAAAUAAAUUGCUAUAUUCUAUUUGUAUAUAAACAAUUAUUGCACUCCCAUAAACUGUUACCCUUAACCCCUUAAAGUCCGAAUGAUGGUCUUUGCUGUCGUGCAGUGAUGGCAUAGACAGAAUGAGGGUCUAUGCUUUAAUGCAGUAUACGUUGAGUUGUUUUUUUAGAUGCACUUGUUUUGUAGAAUGUAUUAAAUGCAAAACUGAGAAAAAAAUGUUUUAUUAUUUUUAUUUAUAUUUACCGUUGUGUUAUGUAUACAAAAAUGUAAUGUAACAUAAUGUGUACAGUUGCCAUUAAACAGGGUGAAAUAGUAGUAAACGCAUGGAUAAAGCCCUUGGCUUAAUAUUGUUGGAUACGUUUUCCAGCUAACUUUAUAUCUUUACAUAAACAUUUACAAUUAAUUUUUUUCAACAUCUUAAAAUAUAAUAUAUGAUAUAAAAAAAAAUCAAUAUAUCAAAAAUAUUACAAAAAUUUUAAUCUUUUUCAUAUUACACCAUUUUAAACAUUUAUACAAAAAUAUUAAAUAGAUUUCAAAACUUAUCCAACACUUCAGUAAAGGAUUUGGUCUCAAAAUGUGUUGCAUCUCAAAAGAUAAGCCAUAAUAAUAUGGAUUAAAGAACCAUAAUAAUAUGGAUUCUCGUAGUACUUUCUGCAAUGCCCAUUUAGUCAAACGUUUUCACUUCUUCAGAGGUAUGGACGAACUUGGAGUUGAAUUUCAGUAUGGGCUCUCUUUUCCCUUUGAGAUAACUGUGGCACUGAAAUGACAAAUAGGCAAAAACUUUAUAUUAUUAAAUUUAAAUAUUUGGGAACUAGGUUUCUAGCACUUACAGUUAAAACAGAUAGGCAGGUCAAACACCCAAACUGGUCCAAUGAAUAUCCGUGUAAUAAGAGGAUGACGCUACACACCCUCCUCCUAUUAAAUGCAUAAUAUUAUUACAUGAAUGUUGUUCACUACAAACUAGUUACAGGGUAGUCUGUGAUAUACUAGGUGACUGUGAAUAUUAAUGCACUAAUUCGUAUUCUCCAUCUCUGCUCUUAGGGCCUGCGAGCAUCUAUUGAUGCAUAUGAUAACUUUGAUAACAUCAGCCUAGCACAGCGUCUGGAGAAACAUGAGCUGAUUGAAUUCCGCAGGAUUGCUGCAUAUCUAUACAAGGGGAAUAACCGCUGGAAGCAAAGUGUGGAGCUUUGUAAGAAGGAUCGGUUAUAUAAGGUAUUAUACAGCAUGCCAGACAGUUGCUAAAACAUAAUUAUUGGUUGAGAAAUAAAAGGCAAUCUUUAAUAUUAUAACACAAAAUCUAUUUGGGCUGUGUUGUCUAUUGAGCUGCCCAUUGUAACUUAAGUAUCAUUAUACAAGAAAGUAUACAACGUUUUGGCCUAAGGACUUAAUCAUGUACAACAUGAUAUUAUACAUGGUGAAGGCCUUGGGUUGAAAAGAACACAUUUGUGUGUUUAUAUAUGAUUAAGGCCUUACCAGAAACGUGUGUGUGUGCAUGUAUGUAUUUGUGUGAUCGAGUUUUAUAUACCGGUGUGAUAUCUAUAUCUCCAAGGUGCUUUCACUCCAGGUAUAUAAUGACUGUGAUGCCUGGGGCAAAUCCAGCAAAAAUCAUAGGUAUUCCAAAAACCAGAAUGCACUCCAGGGUCUUUGUAAAGUAAAAUCUAACUUUUUAUUCAUGUACAAAAUAAAAAAUUAACAUCAAUAUUUCGGCUCACAUCUGUAGGCAGGAUGGCAUCUCAUCUGGAGCCUUAACGUUGAUGUAAAUUUUUUUUAUUUUGUACAUGAAUUAAAAGUUAUAUUUUACUUUACAAAGACCCUAGAGUGCAUUCAGUUUUUUGGAGAUAUGGAUAUCCAAAAUGGAUAUAUAGAUAUAAAUCUCCCCGAAGAAAGGCACAGCUGGGCUUUUUGAAGAAAAUGAUUCGUCUUUAAAACACACACACACACCAAUAGACACACACACACCACAAUAGAGACAGACACACACACCCCAAUAGAGAGACACACACACACACACCCCCCAAUAGAGACAUAUAUCAAAAAACAAUGGCUGCUCACCGGACUUAAAAACAAAAAUCUUUAUUGAAUAACGUUACAAAUCGACCAACGUUUCAGUACCCAUUCGGGUUUUUUCGUUUUUAAGUCCGGUGAGCAGCCAUUCUUUUUUGAUGUGUGUGUGUGUGUGUAUAUAUAUAUAUAAUGUGUGUGUUAUGAAUAAAGACGAAUCAUUUGCUUCAAAAAGCCUAACAUGUGCCUUUCUUCAUGGAGAUUUAUGUUGAUUUGGCUGAAAGAGCACCAUGGCAUUUAUACUACAAAUGAGUGCAGGAUCGUGGAUGGAAAAUGUAUAUAUAUCCAAAAAACUGAAUGCACUCUAGGGUCUUUGUAAAGUAAAAUAUAACUUUUAAUUCAUGUACAAAAUAAAAAAAUUAACAUCAACUUUUCGGCUGAGAGAGAACAGGAACACAAAAAAAAUUAUAUAUUUAUUAUAUAUGUGUGUGUGUGUGUUUCUGUUCUAUAUAAAUCUUUAUAAAGUACCUACCUUGUAAACUGUGGACUUUAAAAAGAUUUAUAUGGAGGUAGUUGGUCUCCUCCACAGUGUACUAGGCUGGACUUUGCGCCAGUGGUGUAUUUUGGAAUUGUGCUGCCCUAGGCAUGACUAAAUUCGGGCACCCUCCUAAUUUAAAUUUGUCUCACCAAUUUGUCAGGGCCACUUUUUUGACUGACAGACACACACCCUCAUUGAUACAUGCACUGACAUACACUCACUGACAGAUACAGUUAUUGGCGCACACACUGUUUAACCAACACACACUUUCACUGAGACACACUCCCUGACAGAUGCUUACUCUGAUACACAUACACUGACAGACACAGACACACACAUCCUCACUGAUUUGACACGCUCUGACACACACACAUUCUCUCACUCAGACACACACUGACAGCUACAUGCACUCACAGACAUACACACUCACAAUGACACUCACACUCCCUGACAGACACACAGACUCACAAUGACAGACACACAUUCACUGACUCAAUCGCUCAAAACAGAAAAAAGAAAUCACAAACAAAUCAAGUAGAAGGCAAAUUUAAAUAAAGAAAAAAAGAAACAUGCUCAAUUGAUUGUUAGAUUGACUAUAAAACACACCCACUUAACAAAUGCAGUCUAACCCAAAAAGCUAAAGGGUCCAAUAGCCUAGAGUCCCAAAUCACAUUAAGUUACAGAAGUACUUUAAUGUAAAACACUUUAACCAGGCUUAAUUACUGUAAGAGGAAUAAAAAGAUGGGGAGAUACAGCGCUAACUCCAAAGGCAGCAGAAUAAGGUCUGUUACUUGGAUACCCUAAUAACCCAAGAGGAACUAGGAAAAAAUACAGAAAAAAGACUGCGCAAAUAAGAAAUACUAGAUAAUCUUAUGCAGAUAUAUGUAUACACAAUAUUAUAUAUAAAAAUAUUGAUAUAUAACAAUAAUAGAGAGUGAGUCACAGCAUAAAGUCUUUUUUUGGAGAUAAGAACCUUUUGAUAGUAGUACUUUUUCGGAGGUCCGUAUGUUCUCCUCCUUAGUGUUCAAGUAGACAAAACUUUAGUGCAGAUGAGGAAUUCUGUUGUUGGUGUCUCAUAUGAAAUAAAACACAAAAGAAACCACCAAUAGUGUAAUAGAGUAUAUACAGUGUCUUAGGUAAAAUUGAUAUCUGACCGUUUCACCCUCCCAUUAUUCCCUGAACCCCACCAGGGCAGCAACCACCCUGAGAUGCAACACUUCUAUACGAAUUAUAAAUUAUUUUAGGCACAUAAUCCACCCAAGUCAAUAUCUUCUUCAAUAAACACUUUUCCUUUCAACCCUCCCUUUCAUUGACCAAAGGUCCCUCCUGAUUUCUUGCUUCUUAUCAACCUCUUUCUUUCUUCAAUACUUUACUUACUGUAUACUCAUUCAGGAUUAUUUAUUGAAGGGAGAAAUCAAAGUGAAUUUCAAAUUGAAGGCUAGAGUUUCUGAAUUGAAACCAUAGCUGAUUUAGAUAAUUUUUCCAGUUUGGCUAUUUUGGAACUAAGUUUGAAAUUUUACGUUGAGUUCAUUUAGCAUUAUCACUUUAGUCGAUAACUCUUCGCCACAUUCAAUGCAUAGUGACUGUAAAGCAUUGCUUCUUGAUUCUUCGUAAUAGUCGCUGUGUACACUAUAUACUAUAGUUAAAUUGUUAAAAAGUACUCCUUAUAUUGGCACAAUCGUGGAUACAUUUCUGUUGCUUUCGCAAUUUUAUUUUCUUGUUCACAAUGAAAAAUUGUCUUGUAGAGUGUACGUUCGUGGGCAGGUUUCUCACCGUCUUUUGUGUGUGUCUACAUAUUUAUCCCGUUUGUAUAAUUAACAAUCUUAUUUUUGUAUAGUGCUCUGGCUAAAAGCACUAUGUAAGAACUGUUCAAUACAUUGGUAUCUAGUGAUAUCCACAGUGAUCCCAUCAAAACAAAAUUUAAGUAGUGAGUAAUAAUAAUAAAAAAAAGAAAAAAUAUAAAAUGACAAAAAAUAAUCCAAAACCUUUGUAAUCAAAAGAACACUUAUAAAGCUGCAACAACUAAUCGAUAAUAAUUUUUUUUAAAAUAACUGUUAAUGAAUCUCAUUAUUGAUUAGUUGGUCUGCCAACUAAUUGAUGAAGGAUGUGGAAGAGGACAGACCUGUAGCAAUAAACAUUGGAGAAGGUUGUUGCAAAGUUUGAGCUUUCCUCUGGAGAAAAUCAUUGCAAUUGAGCAGAACAAUGGUACUAAUAUUUUGUCAGCUGCAAACGUACUGGAGGGGACCAGUAUCUGCUGCACCAGCUCCACCUUGCAGCUGGUGAUCACUGCUGAAUUAUGCAAGAUGUGCAUAAUAAACAAUCACUGUUAACACUGCCAUUUUCUUGUGUGAUAGAGAUUUAUAUACCGGGAGUCCAAAUGAGAGCCAGCUUUCUGUCUCCUCCACCCGAAAAGUCAAGGGAAUUCUUUAUUCUUGCAUUGAAUAUGGUGGGAAUAGACAUUGCAUAUAAUGAGAUGCCGCAAUCAUUUGAACUUGUCUGAUAGACUAACAUUCUUUGCUGUGAUUCUGCAUUAGUCCUUUGAAUGAUUAUUAUAUGUUUAAGCUAGGCUAUUUUUGGAUAAAAUUUGUAGUGUUUUUGCUUUUCGAGAUUCACUUAUUGUAAAGAUUGCUUUUAUUAUGUACUUCACAAAAUUACAGUGGCAAAUUACCUUUGUAUAGAUGGAGUUGGAAAGUAUUUGAUGUCAUUAACAAAGUGAUUGUAAUUAAAUGUUCUAAUGACAAUGAAUAUGUGCAAGACAUUGUUCAGUCUAAUAAUAUUGUUUCAUCACAGGAUGCAAUGCUAUAUGCCGCAGAAUCAAAAGAUAUGGAACUAGCAGAAAAACUUCUUCAAUGGUUCCUUGAGGAAGGGAAGCAGGAGUGCUUUGCUGCAACUCUUUUUACUUGUUAUGACUUACUGCAUCCAGAUAUAGUGCUGGAGUUGGCCUGGAGACACAACAUCAUGGACUUUGCAAUGCCUUACUUCAUCCAGGUCAUGAGAGAGUAUCUUAGCAAGGUAAUACAAGUGUUGUGGCUCCCAGGUGUUGUGUAAUAUGUAUAAGUGUACCAGUUAUGACAACUGAUUUUGAGCACACGUGCUUAAUCUUAGACAGAGAUUAAAGGGAAACUAUAGUGCCAGAAAGAAAAAAAAGUUGUUUUCCUGGCAUUAAAGCUGCCUAUAGUGCCCCCACCCCCACCUGUGGUGCUGAAGGAUUCGAAAAUAUGAUUCCUGGCCGACGUCACUUGGUGCUGGUUCGGGCUCCACCUCCGCUCCUCCCCUUCCGACAUCAGUGGCAAUUGCCACGCUCACAUCAGGACUUCCCCCAUAGGAAAGCAUUAUACAAUGCUUUUAGGUUUAUGGUGACAAUAGAUAUCCUCAUGCAUAGCGAGAGGAUAUCCAGUGUCAAUUAGGCGACCAAAAGUCAUCUAACUAGAGAUGGAGUAAACCCUGGCAGGUAAUUAUUGCAGUUUAUUAAAAACUGCUAAAUAAUUACUACUGCAGGGUUAAGGGACCUGGGACACUGCACCCAGACCACUUCAAUGAGCUAUGUUUGGCUGGGUGCCUAUAGUGUCCCUUUAAGUAACUGACCGGAAAGUGCCCAGACUGCAUUUUCAUUAAGCUCAUUUAUUAUACCCUUAUUUGUCCUGUCACGUUUAUUUUUUUUCAAUUUUCCCUUUGCAUUUCUGGCUUCUGGGCAACUGCUGUCCUGUGAGGUAUUUAAAACCAAUAAAUUUAAAAAUAAAUUUAACACAAACUAAAGUAUUAAAGUAAAGUCUCUACUUUCCCCCCCACUUCUCAGCCUCUGGGGUUUGCAUAGGCCCAUUUUUCUCUUGAAUUCGUCAGAGCUCAUCCUUGUUGUUUAACUUGCUUUACUCCUCUCAGUAUUGUUUGCCUCGUCUCUGGUUUUUUCUCCUCUUUAUAAUGAAUGUGACCUUCUAAAUGAGUAUUUUACUAUUGUUUUGCUGCCUGCUUCUGUACCAAUAAAGUGCUUAGUAAAUGAAGAUAUCAUGGUACAGCAACUGCCUCAGAAUGCAACAUUUACUUGGGUCUCCAGGAUUAAUUCAUUAGUUUUAAUGAAGGCAAACGGUUUAUAGGUCCACCAUCACUGAUACAGCAGACAAUGUGUUGGAAUUCUAUUGACAAAUUGUAACAGAACGGUUUCCACAAGUUUAAAUCUGUUCUUUUUUUUUUUUUUUAAUAGGUGGAUAAACUGCAUGCUGCAGAAAGCUUGAGAAAAGAAGAGGAGCAAGUGACAGAGCCAACCCCUAUAGUAUUUGGUGUGUAUGAGGCGUUUUAAUUUUAGAAUCGAACUCCAAUACACAUUAUUACAUAUAAACCUCCAGCAUGUUCCACUGAGCUCUACAUGACUGUAUGAUGUCAUGCUAUAAAUAUAAUAUAUUACAAUUCUAGCCCCACCCCCUCCACGGAAAAAAAAAAGAACAUUUCACACAGACUGUUAUGAAAAUUCACUGAAAUCCCAACCCAGUCAAAAGAAAUAAUAAGACAAAUAGGGACUAGUAUUUUUUUUUUACGCUUGGAAAAAAGGCGGAGCUACUUUCUGUCGCGCACUCGUGACAGCUGAGUGGAAAAGGGCUCUUUCUGUGGUGGGUCUUGCGGGAUUCUCCAUAUACAUCAGUGUUGUACUCUCGCGCUAGUAGUGGAAGAAGAUGGUGGUGCCCACAGAGGACAGGGACUACUUUUCCCUGAUCUUUAUGGCCACUGGAAUUCACGUAGAGCAGUCACCAUAUGGGGUCUUUGCAAAACCCCAAAAGGUGACAGAGCCACUUUAAUGCAGGUCGUUUUGACAAUUUUUUUUUCUCUAAAUCUUUUAGUAGACUGAAAUAUUGAUUCUACAACCUGUUUCAUUAUAAAGAAAGCAUUGUCGACUGUGUAAUACCAACCAUUUCCUUCUCUUUACAGGUCAGCAGUUGAUGCUCACAGCUGGUCCUAGUGGAGUGGUACCACCUCAGCCGAAUUUUCCCUAUGGAUACACCGCUCCCCACACCUUCACCCAGCACCCCCCUCCUUCUGUCUCUCCUGGCUAUGCCUUUAACAUGUAACCUCCUGUCAUCCAGAUUAUACCUGAAGGGGGAUACCUUAGUCCCCAUAUUCUGGGAGCUGACUGCAGUUUAUCUUGGACAUGUUUAUUUAUUACAUUUGCUCUUACAGACGUUGAUGCGGGAAAGGCAGCUUUUCAGCCAGUCACUACCAUUACUCGUUAAAUUUCUUUUUUUGUUUGUGGUUUUUUGUUUUAUUUUAAUUAUAAUUAUUUUUUAUUUAUGUUUUUUUUAUUUUGUUUUUUUUUAUGGAUGGGAAUGGCCGAGAGCUGUCAGCACUGAUUUCAUGGCUAUCACACAUGCUAAUGGAGCAAAUGUUCUGUACAGUACUGUAAACUGCUGGACAUGAUUCACGGCAGCUCCAUAUCUGUGCACAAGCCCUUAUCAACCGCUGCCAUGUUAAGUAGCUAAUGGUGAACAACCACAACAAGUUUAAAUUUCUUCUCCUUCUCUGAUCUUAGUCUGGCCAACAGCAGUCACUGUCUCUGCCAAAGCCCAAAUUAGCAGCCUGAUACUGUUCUGCCUAAUACCUCUCUGAUAUUGGAGCAAAGAGUCAUUUUAUUAUCAUUAUUAUUGUAAAGACUGUAUGCGGGGAGAUUAGACUUUGCAAUCUGCUACCAUUUAGUGAUUAGUGAUCAUAAUCAAAUAUGUUUGAAAAAGACCUGGUACAGUUAGUAAUGAAUGUGGUCGGUACUUGUUUAUGUGUCACAUUUAUUUUCAGACUGCUACAGUAUGCAAAUGAAAUGCCAAGUACAAUAAAUGUAUUUAAUCAUAUUAUCCAGCUAACAUUUCCACCCACAGUGUGCUUAGUAAAAUCAGUUUGCUUCAGUUACAUGACAUUUUAUUCCUACAGUGAAAGUGUCUUUCUUUCGUACAAAGGCACGCGUUUCUUUUCUUUUUGGUUAGUUACAAUAUGCUGCUGAUAUUUUGCUUAAAACAUUGACAGAAUUGGGUAAAUGUAUUUCUUUUUCAGGUGCUAUUUUUUUUUUUUAACUUUAAUGCCACAGUAAUUCCUGGUAAUGAAAUUCUUCGCUAUCACAACCUUUCGCUAGAGGUACAGGAUUACCAAUCCAUUGUAAGCAAUCUAGUUAAUAUUUAGUCCCAUUACCAGCCAUGUAAUAAUAAACAAACACUGACACAAAGGUCACAAUAAUGUGUAAACAGUUCCUAUUGACUACCCACUGCAGAAACUAACACAUUUCCCAAAUGUUCCCUACAGCACACAGGCAGAAAACUAGUAACUGAUACCAAUCUUCAUGAAACAAAUAUCCAUGCUCAUUUAGCCAUGUGCCUAGUGUUGUGCAUGGGAGUAGCAUGUUUUUUUUUGUUAUGUUUUUUUUUUUUUAAACAUUCAUGAGCUGUUGAAAUAAUAAUAAAAUACCUGUUUCACUGAACAAAAGCAUGUCCUUCAUCCAUAUCUAACUUGUAUUAAUGAUCUUAAUUUUAGUGGUGUUUUUUUUGUUUUGUCUACUGUAGAUUUUUAUAGUGUUUAGAUAUGCUACAGGGAAACAAAUAUAUGUAUCAUAGUAAGACUAGAAUAAUUCAAGUAUCAUUCUACUGGUUUCCAUGAUGAUUUGUAUCAUUAGAUAUCACUUAGGCCUACAGUUGCACUAGUUUUGUCUAGAUGCACGUGGCCUACUAUAUCUUCUAAAAGCAGUAAUUCCGUAUACAAUAUGAACAGAUAUAUUACCAGAUCCUUUUCAGGAAUACUGCAAAAAGGUCUCGAGCAGUCUGUGGUAGAUGCCAAAAACAUUAUUCCAACAUGCAUAGGUUUUAGGACAUAUACAGGGGAAGCUGAGGACCAAAAUAGAGCAGCUUAUAUGUUUUCUACCCAAAGGCACUUACUUACAGACAUCCAGUGACGUUUAUCUCUCCAAGAGACAUGACAACAUUUUGAAUCUCAUUAUCCUUCAUAUAUCUUCUACAGCCAGCUGUUUCAUCAGUGACACUGCUGUGUUGUUUCAAACUGUAGCAACAGUCUGCACUACUUUGAACAAUAUGUGGUAAGAUUGCUGUUGUGUUUAGAACACAUACUGCUAUGGUCUCACACAAAAUAUCAGACUAUCAAAUAAUUAGCAUUACAAAAAAAAGCAUUGUUUUUCUAAUGACAAUAAACAGCAUAGAAUCCUGCCACCCGACAGUGGUUGAACGCAGGAGGUCUUUCUAUGGCACGUGUCGUAGUGUAUUCAGUGUUGAGUAUUAAUCUGUAAGCAGCCCUUCGUAAACUGCCCUACUAAAUAGGAAAGAAAAAAGUAAAAUGUGUUUGCCAUUCUUUCACAAAUACCUGCAUUGUUUAAAAAUUUUAACAAAGAGGGUUAAUUGGCUAAACGUAUUUCAGUGUUAAGAGGGCAGCAAGGAGCAGCACCUUUGUCUUUUCCAGUGACCCCUAUGUUUGCACUGAUGGGCACAAAUCUUAAAAUCACAAUUAUCUUACAAGUACACAAACAGAUAAAGAAGGGUCAGAGUUCUAGGCAUACUAUAUCACUAGAAGAAGCAUGUUUUAAUUCUGUUACAAAUGGUGACCUUUAAGGGACCCUACUGGAAUAAUUAAAAAAGGGUCCACUUGUGAUACUGAAUUUACUCAAACUGGACAGUUUCCUCUCACCCCUUUCCCGUAAAGCAUAUCACCCUUUUUGGCUGCAGGCUUUCUGACUCCUGAGUGACUGCAGUAUUUAAAAUGAGGCAGUGUAACAGACACAUUUCUCCAUUCUUAGGGGAACUCUUCCACCAAUCACAGGGGAGAUGAGAUUGUCUACCCAUGCUGCUGUUUGCAUGUAGGAUUACUGUAAAUCGCCCCAUUUUGAUGUCUUUUUAUUUCUUUUAUAUGUUUUUUUUUUUCUAUGUAUUUACAUUGUGCUAUGUCUCUCUCAGAUCAUAUUUUCCUUAACAUUUUAUGUACUGAACUUAGUUUGCUAUGUAUAACGUAUGGUUAUGAAUAUUGUGCUAAUCAUGAAUAUUAUAAAAGAAAAAACAAUUAUAAAUGUGUAAAAUGAGAUGGAGAUGUUUUGUCCCUUUGAUUAUUUUUUUUUGUGCGUUCAACUUACUAAUGUUUAAAAUGGGUAUCCAGAAUUAUUAUUUUUUAAUAAGGUAAGAUGUGUGUAUG